AGAUGACAAGAGACAAAGAGUUGGAGGAUCCCACGAUUGAGGGAUAUAAUUUGUCACCAGGGAGCAGGACUGGAACACCGGCUGUGACAAAAGGGGAAUGUGUAAGCAGGGACACACUACAGGCAAAUCCCUCCCAUGCUACCCAUCACACGCACACCAGUAUAUACACAGCACUGCACACUACUAACAAAGCACACAUGUAUCAACACUAGUUCACAGAGGUCAGCAAACAUUCCUCAUCAAACAUUCCACAUGCACAAUAGCACACCACACUGAAUACUACUAAGCACAGUAGGCUGAGGACCAGUUCUACAGAAUGACUCGCUAGCCAUCCAAUUCCAAUCUGAUCAGUCUGAGCUGCCAGGAUGUGGAUCAAUCUGCUGGCUCUUUUUUGCUUUGUUCUCCGUGAUGUUGCCACCCAUGUUCCAGGUCAGUAAUCCCACAAUAUCACCUUUUAUAAUUAUACUAAAAUGCACUUAUAUAUAUAUAUAUACUUUUGGUAGCUAGCUAACCCCUAAGUACACAAGUUACUUUGCUAGGAAUGCACGUUUUUGGGACAAUAUAGGCCAAUUCAAUGUUAUAAUGCACUUCAGUUUUUAUUUUCCAAUGAAUGCACAUAUCUCCUAUUGUUAUAAACGUAGUACAUAAUGUAUAUUCCAAACAGCUGCUGAUAUUAUUAGUUAAACCUCUAUUUUGCUUAGAUUGUAAGCUUUUGGGACAAGGAUGCUAAUUUUUUUCUGCACUUAUAUCUAGAAUAUAAAAGUACUUAUCUGCUUUUGUUGUAACCCAAAAGUGCAUAAUGUUUGUUCCAAAUAGAUACUCGUGUUAUUAGUUAAGGUCACCUUUUCUUAGAUUGUAAGCUUUUGGGACAAGGAAGGUCAUUCAGCGUUAUCGUCUACCUCUAUGCACGUUCAAGUAAGAAUAUAGUUACCGUCAUUGCAAUUAUCCUCUGUAAGCAAAGAGUUAAUAGUGUGAGGUUCACCCUACACUUGAAGCUCUGCCCACACUGCAAGGGAUUGUUCCCAUUUAACUAUUUCAUUUCUCACUGCCAGCUGUGAAGCAGCCGCUAGUCAGUGUUAGAUAGACACUGUUAGACUAGACUAUGUUCUCAAAAUAGAACCCCCUACCCAAAACCUCUUUUAUUCGUUUUACUGAUGCUAAAUAGCCAAACUGGAGAUAUUGUCUAAGUCAGCCAUGCUUUCUGUUCAGCUGCUUGGGCCUUCAAUUUCAAACUCUCUUUGAAUUUCUACUUUAAUCAAUAACCCUGAAUGUAUCCUAACCUGAAAAUGUUAUGGUUUAUUAUCACAGAUGGCCAGAUAGCUAUUAGUUAUGGGUUGUUACUACAGCUGGAUAGAUAGCCAUUAGUCUUAAUGUUGAUUGUAUCUGGGUAUGAAAUAAGUGUCUGAUAAAAUUGCAAUUGACAUGGAAAUAGGCUAAAUGGGUAUAAAACAUUAUGGUUAUCAUCAAUCUGUUAUCAUUUUGGCAAAACAAUGAAUUCUGGUUGUAUGGUAUGACCUGCUGUGCUUGCCAAUAUCCAGAAUUUGUUCAAGACGUGAGAUUAUUUAGAGAAGAGCAAAAGUAGUUAAAAGGUCACCCAGUACCCAAACAAUGGCUUGCCAAUUAUAGUUAUUACUUGUGCCAGUUGGUGUGCUAAUUUCUAUCUAAUCCCCUAGCAGCUCUGCUCUGGUGGUGUAAUGCUUCAUAUUUAUUAGAGGAUAAAGAUUUGUUCAAAGAGUAACAAGCAGGGCCUUCUUCGCCUUUGUUCACACGUUAGUGUGAAUUUCGAUCAAUUUUCCCUAAAAAUAAUUUGUAGAUUAUAUGCUUAUAUUUUGGGGCAGGUGAUCCAAACUAAUACAAUCUAAACUCUAUGGAAUUUGCACAAAAAUAACCCUAAAUUACAUUACAAUAUAAUCCUCACAGAAAGUAACCCAAACAAUCUCAAUGAAUUUUAUUUGUGCCUAGUUAAGAAUUAACUUGCUGUAGUUUUGCGACCUUAGGCUAGUAAGCUUAAUGUUCAUCUUAUUAGACACCUGGGGCAUUUUUACAUUCCAAGAGCGGAAACAUACAGUGUUCACAUUGUUUGGUGCAGUGACCCUGUACAUGGCAGCAAAGGGGCUGCUCCCAUUAUCUGAGGUCAAAAACAGCUCUUUGUACCUAAAACAUGAGAGCAGACAGUUUGUACACAACCCCCAACCUCCAACAUACUGUUAGUUUCGCAAGUUGAAACAUCAGAACUGCAAAUAAAACCACAACUAUUAAGGGAGGAUCACAUAAAAAAAUAGCAAGAUUCAUUGUUCUGCCCCAAUAAGGGUUUGUUCACAAAAUAAUGAUUUUAGAGCUAAAAUCACAGUUUAAUUAACUUUAAUAUAAUUAUUAUUUUUAAUAGCACAUUAAAUAGCUCAUUGUUUUAACCAACCUGAAAAUAAGCACACAAAAAAACUAAACAAUCAGGAGUCUUAUUUAAAGAUACUGGAAUGGCAGCAAAAUGGGACAGAAGUAUCUCGCUACAACCAGGAUAAAAUCCUUGUGAAAACUAAAUGUCAUAUGAGAGCAGUGAUCAUUUACCACCUCUUCCUUUAUUAAAUGUACAGGGAGUGAGGGCUGCGAUAAGGAGUGGGAAUUCUAGGGACUACUCUAAUUGAGAAGUGUAGAAUCCCACCUCAGUACCCCCGCUAAUUAAGUAUGCACACAGGAAGGAGCCACAUGUCCUCGUAUACCUCAUAUUUGCCUUGGGGAUUUGUUUACUAAAUGCUCACCCUGACACAUCCUACCUACUGUUUUGAAAAAUGACUACAUUGCUCCAAAUCUCUAGGCUAGGGGAUAUAGAUGCAUGGAACAGGAUAGCCAUCCUUCACAAUGAGUUGGGACCCUACUUUGAGUUAACAUAUUUUGUAAAAGAAAUUGAUGCUGAGGAUACUGAUUUACAUGCAUGUUCAUAGUCCAGUUACUGAUCACAACAGGAAAUCAGUCUGAAAUAUCAAAAGACAGACAAGAUCGGAAACAGAAACCCAGAAAAAGGUAUAUAAAUAUAUUAUUUGCCCUAGACUUGUAGUGGAGCAUGAUCUAAAUACUUAGGUUUCAAGAUAGGAGCUAUUAGAAGAUAUGGGAUCAGUAUGAGAAGUCAGGGCCAGGUUGAGGUGUGCCUGUGACACCAUGUGCAUCACUGGUAAUGUGAAUUGUCCAGAAUGCCUUCCAAAUCACAAAGCACCAAUCUGGGAUGCCUAUGUACAGAGGGCGACACCAGGGAAAACCCCCACAAGAGCAUAGAGUGAUCGAUAAAAUUCUUACAAAUAGAUUUCCAGCAUGUUGUUUGUACAUCAUGGUUUAGCCAUAGGAAGUGUGAAACUUAUAAUCAAGAAAGAACUAGAAGUUACCCAUUUUACGAGUUAGUGGAUAGGUUGUACGCAUGUGAGCCAACAAUAACUUGAGGGGAAUGACUCAGAGGUAUAUAUUAUAUAAUGCGAACAAUAUGUAUCGUUUGGUGUAUGGGAGUAUCUGACAGCCACGUGUCAACGAGUAAAAAAUCCCCAAACCCUCUUCCUGCUUAGCAACGAUUGUAUAAAAUAGAAGAGGGAAAGAUAAAAGAAGGUGAAGGAGGUGAGGAAAAGGUAACAGAGGGGAGUAGGAGGACAAAAAAAGGUAAGAGCAGGCCUGGUUGCAUAGGGUGUUAAUGUGUGGAGUGGAGGUCCCCCUCCAGGGUCUAAGAAUUCCUCUCUUGGUAUAAAAUCUCCCCCCUCACAAAAUAAUUUCAUAAUGUAUCUUGUAAUAUGGAAUAAGCGAUGUGGGAAUUAGGGUGCAUGGAGAGCUUCUGCUAUGGAAGUGAAUCAGAGGGGAACGGGAGCAGUCCAUUACGACACUCUAAGACUGUGCUGCCCCCACCACCCCCGCAUCCCCCACGGCAACAUAAACCAGCCACAGCCGCCAGCGCUCCACAUGUUUCUCGUCAGUUCAGUUCAGGGAGGCAUGGAGAGACUUCGCCAUGUAUAUUUCUUCUACCCUGUCCAUCCAUUGUCCUAUCGUAGGGGUCGUAUUUUGCUUCCAGUGUAAUGGAAUCAAGGAUUUGGCUGUGUUUAGUAGCUGUCAAAGGAUCAAUUAUUUUGUAUGCUACGACAGUUGUCGACGUGGAGUGUGGUAGGACUGUCUCCAUAUCUAGAUGUCCCAUAUUGCCAGGAAUCUUUUCCACCUUCAGCUUUACUUCCUCCCAGAAUGUCUCUAUGUGUUGGCAUUCCCACCAUAUAUUUGUUACCGUUCCCGGUUCCACUCCGCAUCUCCAGCAGACAUUGGGUACGGUCGGGAAAAUUCUAUGUAAACUGUCGGGUGUUCUGUACCAAAACGCUAGGAACUUAUUGUUUGAUUCCUGAUUUUUGGUGCUAGGGGAGCACUUGUGGUGAAGUAUUAGUUUCUUCUCUCACUGAGCGUCGGUGAAGGACUUGUCUAGGACCCGUUCCCAUCGUCUGCUAAAAGUGUUUUUACUCUCUAUAUGUCCCACGAGGAGAUGUUGUUAUAAGUGAGACACUGCUCUAUCCAGAUUGGUUUUGCCAUUGCAGAGAUCUUUAAACCAUGUGAGGUCGCGGUGUAUCGCAUCCCUAUUUGGAAGCUUCUGGUAGAAAGUUCUGCUAUUUUGGCCUUAAAUUUGCAAUUCAUGUUCAAUUCUCACUUUAGUAAAUAACACUGCAAAUAUAUACAUACUUCCCUGCCUGGCGUUUUCAGGAUUAUGCAGCAUUUCUUAUAGAGUGGCUGAAUUCACCUCCAGAUUUUUUACUUCUAGCCUUCCUAAUGACCCCCAAGUUCACUGAAUUACUAUGGGGGGGAUGCAUUUUUCAAUUUCCAUGAACAUACAGAUGUAUAGUAAGAUGUAUUUAAAUUAUCAGCUUCAUUGUUAAAGAAUCAGUUAAACCACAGGUGCCAAGCCUUCAAUCAACUAGGGAAACAGAAGCCUCAAGGUAGACAUGAUGGUUAAUAAUUUUAUCAAAUAUUUAUUUGUCCCAGAUUUUGCACAUUGGGUAUCUCAAACAAUUGCCAGAUUUUUCUGAUAUUGAUAAAUGUGAAAAAUGAGAAUUCAUUCAUAAUGUAAGGGCCAAAUGCUUGCUGGUUUUCUAGAUGCAACAUAUGCAUAAAAUAGCAUCUAAUAAACAUGGAUGCCAACUUUUAUAUACGGGGCUGUACAUGUUUUAUUAGGUCAUUAGGACAGUUUCUUUGGUUUUCUUUGUUGUUUUCCAUGCAUCUGCUAUUGCUCUUAGUUCUACCUGCAUAUAUACUAUCAUCCCUUUUGAAAGUUCUGGAUGUUCUAGACCACUGGUUUCAAGCUCAGUUUACCUUGGAACCACUUGCCAAAAUGUCUUCUCACCUGGGGGCUGCAGAUCCCUACUCCCUGACACUAAGGCCGGACUAGGACAAAAAUUCAUCCUGGGUAUUUAAAUACAGAGCAGACCAAUAUGAGGAGGGCAGGGCCAGAGAAGGGGCAUGUUGUUUGAUCACCAAUUACCAAGUGGGUAUGUCGGUUUGAUGCCUCUGCAGGGCAGCCCACACACAGAGCUCUGCUGAAGAGCUCUUGACCUGUGUUUGUUAUGCACAGUGCAAGCAAAUUUAAAGACACACUUGUUCUGCAGGCAACUUAUCUCAAGAUGAAUAUUAGAGGAGAAAAAGUAACAGGGUUGGGAGAGGGUGUUGAAUGGGUGUUGCCUGUGGUUUUGUAUGCAUUUGAAAGUUAAAUUUGACAUUGCAUGUGUAAGGUAGGCUGCUUGUAUGUGAGGUAGACUAUCUGUGGUGUGGAGAGCCUGCUUGCGUGUGGAAGGCUGCUUAUGGGCUUGCAUGUGAGGGGUAGACUACCUUUGCUGUUUUGUGUGUGUGAGGAGGCUGCUUGUGAGGUUGUGUGUGUGGGGGAUUCUGCUUUUGUGGUUGUAUGUUGGCGGGAUGCUGCUUGAGGAGUUGCGGAAGACGGUAGGCUUUUUGUGGAGUUGUGUGUCUGUGAAUGGGGCUGUUUGCAAUGUUGUGUGGUUAUAGGGGCUGUAGUGUGUGAGGGAUGGGGGCUGUAGUUUAUGUAUGAGGAGUUAGUAACUGUGGUAUAUGUAUAGCGGGUAUAUAGACUGUGAUGUUUGGGGAGAUAAGGACUGUAGUGCCGGGGAGACAGUAGCUGAGGGACAAGUAUUAAAAUUCAUUUUAAUUUAAAGACAGCUUCUUCCUGCUUGCAGGAUGAAUUAAAAGCAUUGCCUUGGUAACAUGAAAUAACGGUUUGAUAUGGAAUCAAGAGCGGUUAACUUUGUCUACAUGGUUCAAUCUUUUCCUUCCCUCUCCUGAAGGCAUUAUGGUCUGUGAGGGAGAUCUUUGAGCUGUUGCUCAAGCAGCACCGACCCUGCUGUGGCUAGACCAGGGUUUUUUGAUCUCCCCUGUCGGAUCCGUCCCAUGGCCAUCACUGCCAAAUAAGCAUUCACCCGGUUUGUCACAUAGCACUCCUUGCUUGCCCGACACCCACAGACAGAGAUUUGUACUCCUAGACAUGCACUCACUGAUCUGCAUUGAUAGAUACUGUCAAACACACAGAUAAUUACCCCAUACCCACUCACAGAUACACACAUGUAGGCACAUACACAAACAUUUACAAAUACAUCCACUGAUCCCUUCUCCCCGAUGCCCAUGCAUACAGAUUUGUACUCCCCGACAUACACUCACAGAUCCGUGUUGACAGAUAUACCCUAAGCACACAUAUAAACAGUCCCACACACUCACACAUACCCAAACACCCACAUACCACAGAGUCCUGUCAGGAUAAAUAGCUUUCUUCCUCGGAUACUGUUUGGUCACGUACCAUUAGUGGGAAAGCAGCCAGCAGCUCAAGUACCAGACUGUACAGUUGCCAGAUCUCUAAAAAGACAGUCUAGUAAUUGAGGUGCUAUCAGCUUCCCUCCUAUGACCACAAGAAAAAGAUUUCUGCAAAUGGCUCAUGGGUGGGUAGUUUAACCCCUUAAAGGGACACUAUAGUCACCUGAACAACUUUAGCUUAAUGAAGCAGUUUUGGUAUAUAGAGCAUGCCCCUGCAGCCUCACUGCUCAAUCCUCUGCCAUUUAGGAGUUAAAUCCCUUUGUUUGUGAGCCCUAGUCACACCUCCCAGCAUGUGACUUGCACAGCCUUCCAUAAACACUUCCUGUAAAGAGAGCCCUAUUUAGGCUUUCUUUAUUGCAAGUUCUGUUUAAUUAAGAUUUUCUUAUCCCCUGAUAUGUUAAUAGCUUGCUAUACCCUGAUAGAGCCUACUGUAUGUGAUUAAAGUUCAAUUUAGAGAUUGAGAUACAAUUAUUUAAGGUAAAUUACAUCUGUUUGAAAGUGAAACCAGUUUUUUUUUCAUGCAGGCUCUGUCAAUCUUAGCCAGGGGAGGUGUGGCUAGGGCUGCAUAAACAGAAACAAAGUGAUUUAACUCCUAAAUGACAGUGAAUUGAGCAGUGAAAUUGCAGGGGAAUGAUCUAUACACUAAAACUGCUUUAUUUAGCUAAAGUAAUUUAGGUGACUAUAGUGUUCCUUUAAGGACUGAGCCAAAUGUACAUGUUGUGAACAAAACAAAACGUAAACAAAACCUGGCAUUUGCGCUACAUGUCUGUCCAACCGUAAUUCACCUCUUUAAUAUUAAAUGCACCCACCCCAGGGGAAAAAUGGCUUUCAUUUAAUAUCAAAUAUUUAGCUAUGAAACAUAAUUUAAUAUGAAAAAAAAUGGGAGAAAAUAAGAAAUUUUGUUAUUUUUUUUUUUUAGUUCUACAUGACAUUUUAACUGUCAAUGUCAUAAUCCUGUUUGCUUUUACUGCAAUAAAAUACACAUAUUUGUAUUCAGCAAAGUCUCACAUGUAAAACAGUAGCCCCUAUGUACAGGUUUUAUGGCGUUUUGGGAAGUUACAGGGUCAAAUAUAGCACGUUACAUUUGAAAUUGAAAUUCGCCAGAUUGGUUACGUUGCCUUUGGGACCAUAAUGGCAUACCAUUUGCAAUAGUAGACAACCCAAGGUAUUGCAAAUGGGGUAUGUCCAGUCUUUUUUAGUAGCUAUUUGGUCACAAACACUGGCCAAAGUUAAUAUUUGUGUGUGAAAAAUGCAAAAAACGCCAAUUUUGGCCAGUGUUUGUGACUAAGUGGUGUGAUAAGGUGAAUGGGGUGGUCUGUGAGGGGGUCUAUAUCUCGACAGAAUUGUUCAGAGAGGCAUAUGAUUUUUAACCCCAGGGGGAGUAUGUGUAGUUUGUGUGUGUUACACAAAGCAUUGUUUAGUUAUGGGCCCCUGGGGUGGAGCAUUUAGAGAGCAGGGUGGGCCAGUGCUCCACUCCGCAGCUUAGCGGUUUUCUUGGAAGACUUAGAUCCAGCCCAGGGUUUUGGACUGUCUCCAACCUACUGCUCAGCUGUAGGUAAUCAGCUGCAGCAAGUGGGAAUAAAAUCCCUCCCUGCUAGGCAGGUAAGGGAGAAUGUUCUUUUUCUCUCUGAAAGGCUGGAAGCAGCAGGCUGGCUAAAUACUGGAGUGCUGAGAGUGGACAAAGACUCUAGGUUGGUGAAACCACUAUUGUUUUGUUUAGUUUAACCCUGAGAGAUAGGGGACCUAAUGUCAGUUAGUGCUCAGACGAGCCAGGUUUUUGUUUAUAGGGUUUUCAGUUACUUUUGUUUUCAUUUAACUGCUGUAUCCUGUGUGAACUUACAAAUAAAGUGCCUGAAGUAUUUGCAACUACAAGGACUGUGCAUGUUUUUGCCCUAGAGGACCGUGCUACCUGCAAACAAGGAUCACAAUAUGGUGGAGAAUGCGGGCAUAGUAGCACAGUGAGGGUCUGUGGGUGUGCCAGUCAUUUGGUAGUCUGCUUGAGGACUUUUAUUUUUGCAGACCUGAUAAGCAAACAAGUAGCACCGUACCUUUAAGACUGUUACCUGCUUGGUGCUAUAAUGGAGGAGCUGGUGAAAGCUCUGGUACAGGCAACCGCUGUACAACAGGAAACAAAUCGUCUACUGGUUAACCAGGUUGAGAACCUGAAGGAAGCCCAGCAGAUGGAUAGAGCUGCCCUUACUGAGGUGUUGCAGAGAGUGAUAUUGCCAUCUGCAGGGAGCCCCCCUGGUGAAAGGGGAUCCCGUAUCCGUGCCACAGACUUCCUGCAUAAGAUGACAGAGACAGAUGAUGUGGAGGCUUAUCUCACCACUUUCGAGAGGGUUGCUGCCCGGGAAAGAUGGCCACUGGGCCAAUGGGCGGGGCUUCUAGCUCCAUGCCUGAGUGGGGAGUGCCAAAAAGCCUAUGAAGACCUACCUUCUGACCAGAUCCAGGAUUACAAGCAACUUAAAGCUGAAAUUCUAAAGCGCAUUGGCGUAACACCAGCCAUUCGAGCCCACAGAUUUCAUAAUUGGGCAUACGAUGUGAGUAAACCUACCAGAGCCCAGAUGUAUGGAUUGCUCAGGCUCGCUCAGAAGUGGCUGGAGCCAGAGCGCAACCCUGCUACCAAGAUAGUGGAAAUGGUUGUGAUGGACCGUUUUCUCAGACACCUGCCAACAGGACUGCGACAAUGGGUCUGCCAAGGGGACCCUCAGGAUCCAGAAGCAAUGAUGUGCCUGAUUGAGAGGUAUUUGGUUGCCAAGGAGCCAUACAGUAUUGAUCCUCAUCAGAAGUCCCGACCGCUAACAACCGGAUAAGCGGGAAAGUGGGAAACAAAAGACAAAACUUUAUACCGAACCUUGAACCAUGUGACCGGGGUGGCAGAAGGUCCCCACCAGCUCCAUUACGGCUACAAGACCACGCUGAGGGACAACUCCGGUGCUUUAAAUGCCAUGAGCUUGGACACUUUGCACGCAGCUGUCCAGAGAAUGAAGAGCCCAUGCAGUGUGAUGUAGGGACAAGGGCUCUGCAUAGGACUGUAUUGACUUGCUCAAAGAUGUGUGUGGUGACUAGUGCUAUUAAUGCAACACAUUUAAUAAUGGUGAGGGUGGAAGGAAAGAAUGUACAAGCUCUAAUUGAUUCAGGGAGUGAGGUUACCUUGAUAAAAAGUUUUCUGCUCCAGCCAGGGAAAUUAGACACCAAACAAGUGAUUGAUAUUGUGUGUAUACAUGGUGACACCCACACAUACCCCACGGCAGAGGUUGAGUUUGGCACCAAGGUAGGGGAGGUUAAAUGCUCUGUAGGGGUAGUGCCCCUAUUACCGUAUGAUGUGGUAUUAGGGAGGGACUUUCCCCAUUUCUGCCGCCUAUGGGAAAAGUGCUCUGCUCAUCCAAAAAUGCGCUCUGAGGAGCUACCCGGGGUAGAGUGUAUAGAAAAUAUUUUUCCUUUCUCCGAUUUAGAAUGUGACGAGCAAGAGACACCCUUGGUGUGCCUGGGUAAUGAGGUAGAACCUCCCCAUACUGAAGACCCUAUAGAAGAAGUGGAGUUUCAGGAUCUCAGAGUCCCCCCUGGUAACUUCCGAGCAGCCCAAUGGGAAGAUAAGUCCUUGACAGCUGCAAGAGAGAAUGUGCAAAUAGUGGAGGGUACAAGGGCGGACCCUGACAAGCCCUUGAGCUUUCCUUAUUUCAUGGUGAAAAAUAAUCUGCUGUAUCGAGUAGAGAAAAAGGGGGAAGAGGAGGCAGAACAGUUGUUAGUUCCCCAAUCUCACCGAAACACUGUUUUAAAACUAGCCCAUAGCCAUGUGUUAGGUGGGCACCUUGGUUUUGAAAAAACGAGGGAACGAAUUCUGACCCGAUUCUAUUGGCCAGGGGUAUUUUCGGCAAUAGAGAGGUUUUGUAAAUCCUGCCCAGAAUGCCAACUGAAAGCUCCGCAUAAGGGCUUCCGUAGUCCAUUGGUACCCCUUCCCAUCAUAGAGGUUCCAUUCGAAAGAAUAGCAAUGGACCUGAUAGGGCCGUUGCCUAGGUCCGCAAGAGGACAUCAGUACAUUUUAGUUGUUGUGGAUUAUGCAACACGGUAUCCAGAGGCAGUACCUCUACGGAAUGCCACCUCUAAAAAUGUUGCAAGGGAGUUACUGAUGAUGUUUAGCAGGAUGGGUAUACCUAAGGAAAUUCUCACAGAUCAGGGAACCCCUUUUAUGUCAAAAAUCAUGCGUGAUUUGUGCAAAUUGCUCAGAAUCAAGCAGUUGAAAACCUCGGUAUACCAUCCGCAAACUGAUGGAUUAGUGGAGAGGUUUAAUAAAACUCUAAAGGCUAUGCUGCGGAAGGUGAUAGACAAGGAUGGAAAAAAUUGGGAUUAUCUCAUACCCUACCUGAUGUUUUCUAUUAGAGAAGUCCCGCAAGCUUCCACAGGGUUCUCACCUUUCGAGGCAUCCAAGAGGCAUACUGGAUGUUGCCAAGGAAACAUGGGAACAAGAGCAUACCCCCAUCACAGUCUUAUAGAGCAUGUAGCGCAAAUGCAAGAGCGGAUCGAAGCGGUAAUUCCCAUAGUUAGGGAAAACAUGGAAAAGGCCCAGAGAGCCCAACAAGCAAGCUAUAACCGGAACGCAAGGCUACGGGUCUUCAAACCAGGUGAUAGGGUUCUAGUUCUUGUUCCCACGGUAGAAAGCAAAUUCUUAGCCAGCUGGCAAGGGCCAUAUGAAAUCACUGAGCGGAUCAGUGACGUGAACUACAAAGUAAGACAGCCAGGCAGACGGAAGCCAGAACAGACAUAUCAUAUAAAUUUAUUGAAGCCAUGGGUAGAACGAGAGGUUCUCAUCGUGACCAGAGAUAAACCUACUCAAGCCACUCGUGAGCAGGGUCCAGAGGUGCAUGUCGCUGAUACUCUUGCCCCCCAUCAGAAACAGGAAGUCAGGGAGUUUGUGUCUAAAAAUAGGGAUGUGUUUUCCCCAAUACCAGGAAAAACACAUAUAAUCAAGCAUGAUAUCCUAACUGAACCUGGGAAGAAGAUCAAUCUGAAGCCCUACAGGAUACCUGAGGCUAGACGUGAAGCGGUUAGUGCAGAGGUUAAAAAGAUGCUUGAGUUGGGGGUGAUUGAAGUAUCACAAAGUGAGUGGAACAACCCAAUUGUGUUAGUGCCCAAACCAAAUGGGGAAAUCCGUUUCUGUAAUGAUUUCCGUAAGCUAAAUGAUAUCUCUAAGUUUGAUGCCUACCCGAUGCCUCGUGUGGAUGAGCUAAUAGAGCGAUUAGGUAAGGCCAGAUAUCUGAGCACCUUGGACCUCACCAAGGGAUACUGGCAGGUACCCCUGACUGAGAAAGCAAAAGAGAAAACCGCGUUUUCUACCCCUGAUGGGUUGUUCCAAUAUAAAGUGCUACCAUUUGGGUUGCAUGGUGCCCCAGCAACGUUUCAGCGUAUGAUGGAUAAGAUACUUCACCCCCACAGACAGUAUGCAGCCGCCUACCUGGAUGAUGUGGUGAUUCACAGUGCGGACUGGGAAACCCACUUGAUGAAGGUUCAGGCAGUUGUGGAUAGUAUAAGGGCUGCCGGUUUGACAGCUAACCCUGCUAAGUGUUCUCUAGGGCUAGAAGAAGCAAAAUAUCUGGGGUACACUAUCGGGCGGGGGCUCCUUAAACCACAAGAGAGCAAAGUAGCAGCCAUCACCAGUUGGCCACGUCCUGUAACUAAAAAGCAAGUCAGGGCUUUUUUAGGCUUAACCGGCUACUAUCGUAGGUUCAUCCCUGGGUACGCUACCAUUGCCAACCCAUUGACUGAACUUACUAAGGCAAAAGGCCCGAUUAUGGUUAAGUGGACCCCGGAAGCGGAGCAUGCCUUUCAAGUCUUGAAGGGAGCCUUGUGUGCUGACCCUGUUUUGGUGGCUCCGGAUUUCACUAAACCAUUUGUGGUACAGACCGAUGCGUCUGAUGUGGGCCUUGGCGCGGUUCUGUCCCAGGUACAUGAAGGAGAGGAACAUCCUGUCAUGUAUCUGAGCCGGAAAAUGAAUCCCCAUGAACAGAGGUACUCCGUAGUGGAAAAGGAAUGCCUGGCGAUAAAAUGGGCUUUGGAAUCCUUGAGAUAUUACUUACUGGGGAGAUGUUUUACACUGAUCACGGACCAUGCUCCUUUAACAUGGAUGAGGCAUAACAAAGAAAAGAAUGCCAGGGUGACUAGAUGGUUCCUAAGUCUUCAGCCUUACCAGUUUACUAUUGCUCACAGGGCCGGAACUGCCCAAGGUAAUGCGGAUGGCCUCUCCCGAGUUCACUGUUUAUGGUCCCAGGCCGCUCGCCCCGAUGGGUCUGAGCUGGGGAGGGGGAUAUGUGAUAAGGUGAAUGGGGUGGUCUGUGAGGGGGUCUAUAUCUCGACAGAAUUGUUCAGAGAGGCAUAUGAUUUUUAACCCCAGGGGGAGUAUGUGUAGUUUGUGUGUGUUACACAAAGCAUUGUUUAGUUAUGGGCCCCUGGGGUGGAGCAUUUGGAGAGCAGGGUGGGCCAGUGCUCCACUCCGCAGCUUAGCGGUUUUCUUGGAAGACUUAGAUCCAGCCCAGGGUUUUGGACUGUCUCCAACCUACUGCUCAGCUGUAGGUAAUCAGCUGCAGCAAGUGGGAAUAAAAUCCCUCCCUGCUAGGCAGGUAAGGGAGAAUGUUCUUUUUCUCUCUGAAAGGCUGGAAGCAGCAGGCUGGCUAAAUACUGGAGUGCUGAGAGUGGACAAAGACUCUAGGUUGGUGAAACCACUAUUGUUUUGUUUAGUUUAACCCUGAGAGAUAGGGGACCUAAUGUCAGUUAGUGCUCAGACGAGCCAGGUUUUUGUUUAUAGGGUUUUCAGUUACUUUUGUUUUCAUUUAACUGCUGUAUCCUGUGUGAACUUACAAAUAAAGUGCCUGAAGUAUUUGCAACUACAAGGACUGUGCAUGUUUUUGCCCUAGAGGACCGUGCUACCUGCAAACAAGGAUCACAAUGGCUACUAAAAAAGACUGGAUAUACCCCAUUUGCAAUACCUUAGGUUGUCUACUAUUGCAAAUGGUAUGCCAUCAUAGGGGUAAUUUUCAUUUUUGGGCUACCAUAGGGUCUCAAAGGUAACGUAACCAAUCUGGCAAAUUUUAAUGUGAAAAAAAUGAAACACAAGCCUUAUAUUUGAUGCUGUAACUUUUGAAAACACCAUAAAACCUGUACAUGAGGGGUACUGUUGUACUCGGGAGACUUCGCUGAACACAAAUAUUUGUGUUUCAAAACAGUAAAAAGUAUCACAGCAAUAAUAUCGUCCGUGUAUGCAAAAAACAUCACUUUUACUGGCGAUAUCAUUGUUGUAAUACAUUUUACUGUUUUGAAACACUAAUAUUUGUGUUCAGCGAAGUCUCCCGAGUCAAUCAGUAACCCCCAUGUAAAGGUUUUAUACUUUUGGCAUGGGUUGUCAGGCAGGUCCCGCUAAUUGUAAUUAAUUAAAAUACCUAAAUAUGUAAAAAUAUUACAUAAAUAUAUAUGUAGAAUUAAUAUAUGUGUGUGUGUGUGUGUGUGUGUAUAUAUGUAUGUAUGUAUGUAUGUAUGUAUAUAUAAAAAAAUUUUACAAAUAAUUUUUAUAUAUAGGUGUGUGUGUGUGUGUGUGUGUGUGUGUGUGUGUAUAUAUAUAUAUAUAUAUAUAUUUAUAUAGUGAUAUAUACGCAUAUAUAUAUUAUUUCGUUCUACGUGUAUUUUGAUAUAUAUAUUAAUAUCACAAUACAGUUAGAACGAAAUAACACACAUCUAUAUAUUUUUUAAUUAUUUAUUUUUAAUUUUUGUAAUUUUAUUUUUUAACAUAUUUACAUAUUUUUUAUAUAUAUAUAUAUAUAUAUAUAUAUAUAUAUAUAUAUUUAAUCAGCAUCAGUCUAUGUGUAAUUUGAUUAAUAUAAAAUUAUAUAUUAAUAGUAAGUAAGUAGAGAGCACUCUGGAGUCUUCUAAACGAAGACUCCAGAGUGCUCUCUACUUGGAUGCUAUAUAUUGGUCAGAGAUUACUUGCACCGGAGCAUGGAAAAGACCGGGAACAUUGAGUGCUGGGACCUGGGAAAAUAUAUUAAUAGUAAAAUACACCUAGACAGUGUAUGUGUGUGUGUGUGUGUGUGUGUGUAUAUAUAUAUAUAUAUAUAUAUAUAAUGUAUGUAUGUAUAUAAUUAUUUCUUUUUACACUGAUUUGGACUUUAUUUUAUUUGAAUUCAGCCAGCAGGGGGACUAACUCAUUACAGGCAGUCCCCCUGCUGGCAAUGCAGCAGCCAGCUAACCCGGCCAUGUGAUUGUGAGGUCCUCGCAAGGACCUCACUCUCACAUGGCCGGGGUGGGGGGCGGAGGAGGCAGGAUCCACCGCGGGGGACUCCCUGGGAUCCCAAGUGAGUCUCCCCAACCGCGAUCGCCAGCGUGGGAUCGCCGGCGACCAGGUAAGUAAUAAAAACCGGAGGGCGUACUAUUACGCCCUGCAGUGUUUAGAGCCGCUUAGAAAAGGGCGUAAUAGUACGCCCUCCGGUUUUAAGGGGUUAAGAUGCCUGUUCUAUGCAGAUGAAGUAACCAUAGCUUUUGUAGGGACCUUAAAACCGCUUAUAGCAGUGUUCUUUUCACACAGAUCCAUCAAGGGAGUGCUGUUACCCCAGUUCCUGCACAAUUUCAAACACUGAUUAGCAGAUACUAUGUGGUAGGUUGAGAUUAUUUAUUUUAUUAUUUGUAUAGCGCCAGCAAAUUCCGUAGCGCUGUACAAUGGGUGGUCUAACAGACACGUAAUUAUAACCAGACAAAUGGGUGCACAGGAACAGAGGGGUUGAGGACCCUGCUCAAGGAGCUAACCAGAGUCUUUAAGGCCUGCUUUAAGUGGUUUUAAAAAAUGGAAUCAAUCCUGAAGGUAGAACAAAGUCUCUUGUCCAUGCCACAAUUCAGGAUUAUUCUAGUUUAAGUGACUGAAUAAUCUAAAUUUUAUUAAAGACAGGAGGCGAAUAUUUGCUUUAACCUUCUUUACUGAACCUCCCAGCAGCAAAGAAAUAGUUAAACAUAUAGAGAAAAAAAUCAACCAAUCAGGACACAUAUUAGAACAUAACAGUCUGUCAGGCUCCUCCCAAAUCCUCUUUCUGAUGCAGCCGAUCAUAAGUGUAGUCCACCGUGUAAACUUGAGUAAUCCAUCAACCAUGUAAACCAGAACGCAGCCGAUACUAGAGACCAAAGGAACGUAGUCUUCGUGGCUCAUGUAGAGAAACUUCACACUAAAAGACAGAGAAAGAUCGUGAAAGUAUGGUCACUUGGACUGGGUGUCCGCAAGAUAUCUACAUUUACAGAUCUACCCCCUGGAUAUUAUGAGUAUAACUAUUGCAAAAUUUAAAAUAAUCAGAACCAGGCAGAUUGAUAAGCACCUAAACAGAGCAAACAAGAAAACCAGUCAGAUAAAUAUAAAGUCUAACAAGAAACCUAGAAAAAAAAUUUAAGAAUACAUGUGAUCUGAAAAAAAUCUGGGUGGGAGAUCAAUAGGGUGGGAAAAUAUUCGCCUCCUGUCUUUAAUAAAAUUUAGAUUAUUCAGUCACUUAAACUAGAAUAAUCCUGAAUUUUAUGGCAAGACAGGAGGCUUCAUAUUUGCUGUUUUAAAGCGUGGAAACCAAAGAAAAAGAAGCAUGGGACGAUUGUCGAAAAUAGAAGGUACGGAAGGUAGAUUCUCUAGACCAAUCAGCGCGUUUUAGGAUGUCUGCAAAGGAUCGCCCAGCUAUAAAGGCGGAAGAGGCAGCAGCGCCUCUGACAGAAUGAGCGCCUAAAGAUGAAUCUAUGCCUGCUGAAUCUAGAAGCCAUUUAAUCCAGCGGGCAAUCGUGAGACAAGACACUGGCUUGUGUGGUCGCACAUAUGAGAUAAACAGGGGGCCCGUAGGGGGACGUAGAGAUGAUGUAGAGGCGACGUAGUGUUGGACACAACGAGCAACGCAAAGGGUAAGUAAUCGUUAAGGAAUUAGUUUUAGUGCGGCGAGAAAUGUUGAAACAUACACCUUGGGGCGUGAAUUCAAUAGCGUGAAAGUCAAAUGCCUGAAAAUCAGAGACUCUCCUAAAAGAAACCAAGCAGAGGAGAAAAGCUAAUUUGGCCGACAGUUGUCGUAAAGAGAGUGCUUCAUUGGGUGGCCAAGUCUCUAGGAAGGUCAAAACAAGAGCAACAUCCCAAAAAUGAGAAUAUUUUGGGACAGGAGGUCGAGCAAGACGAAUGCCACACAACAUUCUACAGAUGGAGGGGUGUUUACCUAUUGCUGUAUUAUCAAUGGGGCCAUGAGCUGCCGAAAUUGCUGAACGAAACACAUUAAUGGAUCUGUAGGAUUUACCUUGAUCAAAAAGAGAGGACAGAAAGUUCAUGACGUUAAUCAAAGAAGCUGAAACGGGAUCAAUACACCUUUCCAAACACCAGCGAUGCCAAACUCGCCAGGCUGAGAGGUAAGAGCGUCUAGUCCCGGGGGCCCAUGAGUCCCAUAAGAGUGCUCUAGCAGUCUCCGAAGGUCCUGCGGCAUUCCAGGAUCCCCUGAAACAGUCCAGGCCGCUAGCUGGAGAUGACCCUGCAACGCAAGAGGGUGAAAAUUGCCUGCGGGAUCUUUGAGAAGAUCGUGCGUGGCAGGUAGCAGUAGUGGAUAAUUCACCGACAUCUCCAAGAGAUUGGGGAACCAUGGCUGGGUACGCCACAAAGGGGUCAGCAGUGUUAUUGUGGCCCCCUGAGUCCUGAGUUGAUGGAGAGUGCGAAGGAUCAUGGAGAACGGAGGGAAGGCAUAAGCGCCGGUCAUUGGCCAAGAUUGAAGGAAGGCGUCUACUGCCAGAGAGGUCGGAUCCGGCAACCAACUGAAAAAAGUGUCCGUCUGUCGGUUCAGACGAGACGCAAAUAGGUCGAUAUUGAAUGGACCCCGAAGAAGAUGGAGACGGUAAAAAACGUGUGGGUCCAAUUGCCAGUCGCUGGAGUCUCUCCAGUGUCGAGAGAACCAAUCUGCGACUAAGUUGUCGGAACCCGGUAGAGACUCCGCUCGCAGGGAGAUGUUCCUGUCCAGACAAAAUUGGUAUAGUUCUUUUGUGAGGUCUGAGAGCAUUUUGGAACGGGAUCCUCCUAAACGAUUCACGUAUUGAACAGCUGAGAUGUUGUCCAUUCUCAGUACUAGGGAACAAUUGUAGGAGUCCUUUGCGAAACUACGAAUCGCAAAGGACCCGGCAAUCAACUCGAGGCAAUUGAUGUGCAAUGCCCGUUCUGAUGGGGACCAAGGACCUCCGGUAGAGAGAUUUGCGCAUGAUGCACCCCAGCCUAGAAGACUGGCAUCUGAUUCUAGGAUGUAAUCUGGCUGUGAUCCAAAGAUCGCUCUCCCAUUCUAUGCUUCCAUAUGGUGUAGCCACCAGUUCAAUUCGAGUCGGACUUCGUCUGUCAAGGAGAUCUGUUGAUUGUAAGAUGCAGAGUGACGUAACGAGCGAGUCUUCAGACGUUGCAUUGCUCGGUAAUGUAAAGGAGCUGGGAAGAUCGCCUGAAUUGAGGCGGAGAGUAGUCCGAUUAUGCGAGCUAAGUCGCGAAGGCAGAUAGUCGAAGAGGCUAGAAUUUUUCUAAUGUCUUUUUUGAUGUUCUUGAUCUUUACUGAAGGGAGUUGUAGGAUAGCCAAAACGGAAUCUAUUUGGAAUCCCAGGAAUUGAACCACCUGAGAUGGGGUGAGGAUGGAUUUUUGGACAUUGAUCACGAACCCCAAGUUUUGUAACAGAGCUGUGGUCAUGUCUGUAUGGAGGCGUAGAGUGCCUGGGUCCCGAGCCAUAAGGAGGAUAUCGUCCAGAUAUAUGAUGGAGCGAAUCCUUUGGGAGCGUAGCAAGGCCACGACCGGUUUCAUCAGCUUGGUGAAACACCAGGGUGCGGAACAGAGUCCGAAGGGAAGGCAUGUGAACUGCCAUAAGUCUUGACUGAACUGUCUGAAACAGCGAUGGGCCGGUGUUAUAGGAACCGUGAGGUAAGCAUCUGUCAAGUCUAAACGGGAGAACCAGUCUCCCUCGCAGAGUAGGUCUCGAAGGAGGUGGAUACCCUCCAUUUUGAAAUGUUGGUAAACCAAUAAAAGUGUUUAGGUCUUUCAGGUUGAUAACUGGUCGAAAGUCCCCUGACUGUUUUCGGACCAGAAAUAUGUUGCUUAUGAAUCUGUGAGGGGACCGAGAACGUUCUAUAGCGCCCUUGGCGACAAGGUCGUUUAGCGCGGCCUCCAAAGUCGCAUUGACCUCUUGAGAGAUGUGCCGAGGUGGAGGGGGGAACUCUUGUAGAGGGUCGUUUGCAAAAUCUAUAUGGAAACCAGAUACAGUUUGAAGGAUCCAUGGAUCCUGAGUUAAUAGAGACCACUGUUGGGAAAAAAAAGGGUUAGCCGACCUGCAAUAGGAACUUGAGAAUAAGGAAAGUCGAUUACCUGAAGCAGUGCGGCCCCGGAGGGAAGCAUAUCCACGUCCUCUGAUGGAACGUCUAGAGGGAAAGAACUGCUUGUGGUAGAAACGGGUAUUGCCCGAAUUCCAUGAGUCUGCUGGUUGAGGCCUGUAGCCUGUGAAGGCAGCUCUGCCAGUCGUUCGGCCCUUAUAGCGACCAGCUCUCCCGGAAAAACGCUGGGGUCUGAACACCCUGCGAAGGUUCCAUUGUGCCUUGUUAAGGGAGGUAAACACAGAUACGUGUUUAUUCAGGUCUCGUAUGAACCUGUCCCCGAAUAAUAGUCCGUUAGGCUCUGGACCAAGUUCUUUGGUGCCUAGUUCUGCCAAUUUGGCAUCAAUUUUAUAUAACACGGCUUUACGCCGUUCAACAGAAAUAGCUACAUUGGCGUUGCCUAACAGGCAUAACACUCUUUGUGCCCAUUCACGCACCAUGUGUGCGUCAAAAUUGCCUCCUGCUAGCGUCUCAUCAGCAAUUAUAAAAAUCUGGAUAAGCGGGCCUGCUAUAUCCAUCAGCUUGUCCUGGGUGGCUUUUAAGCCAACUUUGAUUCCCUUGCGGGGAUCUUUACCCGUCUUAAUUAGAAAAGUGACCAGGAGUGGGUCAAGUUCAGGGGUGACAGCCACCUUAUCAGGGAUCAUAGGCCGUGGACAUUCUGCUCUUAAUUUGGCCCUAAUCUCCUUUUCUAAGGGUUUACAAAGCCAUAAUCUGCAAUAUUUUGCAAUGUGAUCAGGGGGUGUCCAUUCCGCUGAACGAGGGUGUCUGAUGCAGCGUGGGUCAAAUAGAGGACAACCAUUGGUAUCCAGUAGGAUAUCGUCCUUAGUAUUGUCUAAAUUAGUAGUGGACAUAGGGUCAGUGUCCUGAAAGGACUGGGUUUGGGGUAGGAGGAAAGUCUCUGUAACAAAUUCAGAAGGGGAAGGGUCACCUGGGAGAUCCUCCUCUGGAUACGCAUUGUAUUUGUCUAUCACUCGUAGGUGAUAGCCAGAGGUUGAAUCCUUUAAGAGGUCAGAUUCUGAGGGCAAAGUGGGUUUGGCAUGAGACAAUUUAGCUGUCUUUGCUGGGGCUUUGCCUUUGCCAGCAGAAGCACUGUUACCCUUCCACGGGCGUUUACGUGGGGCUUCGUCAUGGUCAGAGACCCUGGAAUCAUCCGAGUCUGACAAUUGCGUGAUGGUGGCAGUAGUGGCUGUCUGGUCACGAAAUGCUGCCAAGGCUUUGGGGAUAGAGUCUGCAAUUGCAGCUUGAAGCCAGGCUUUUAAUUCUGCUGACAUUGCAGGUUCUGGUUGGUCCGAUAUGGUGACCAGUAAAAUAGUAGUGGGUUCACCACAGAAUCAGUAUACCAAAAGGUAUAUUAAACAUAUUUUAUAUAAAUUCUUUUUUUUUUAUUUAUUUUUUUAUUAUAUAUAUUAACAAACUUUACACAAAACAAGUAAAAGCAGGGGCUGUCUUAUUGGGGUUCACCCAGAUAAUAUGCAGUCACCUUUAAGGGGACCAAGUGGGGUUCAUCCACAAUUAUGGCAGUUAAACUGUCAAUAUAAUAAUGACAGGGGUAACCUGUGCAAAUCAAUAAAAUAUAUAAGGGGUUCACCCUGAGAGAUAAGGCACGAGGGGGUCACCCUCAAUAAAGAGGCACAAGGGGAUCACCCUUAAAUCAAAAAGGCAAGAGGGGGUCACCCUCUAAUAGGGAUAGAGCUGUAUGGUAUAGUUUGAGGGCAAUCUGCAAAUAAAAACACAAAUAGGCUAAUAUAAGCAAGUGUUCUGUGUAAUAUUCAGAUGUAAUAACAAAAUGUACCAGCAGGGGGCAAUUAAACUUACCGUCUAACAGAGCUGCAAUCCAGUAGCAGAGAGCUGUUUACCGAAAAAGCGCGCGAACGGAAACUAACCCGCCAAACAGAAGAUGGCCGCGGGCAUAGAAGAAGGAAGGCGGGAAACUGCGUGUCAAUCAAAUGACGCGAAAAACGGGCGGUACAGAAAUAGAUCGCGGGCGUGAUUAAAACGGACCGCAGCCACAGCAGUGGCGCGGUCUGAAGAUAAUUUCACCAAGGAAAAGGUUAUUAAGGUUUUACUACAAAAAAACCCAGUCAUUCAUAAAUAAAAAGCACAGGGAAGGGACUGGACAGUGGGCUAACCUGUGAAAAGGUUUAUGUGGUAAAGUGCACAGAUAAAAUAAACACACCAUUACCUAAUGGAAAUAAAAGAGACAGGGAAAGUUAAUUAAAGGAGUCAAAAAAUAUAUGGAAAAAAACAAUAGAAGGUAGGUCAAUAAUAUAUAUUAGAGAGCUAUAAUUGGAAUAGACUCACCUGGGAGGCAAGCAGCAAAGAAAGAGGAUUUGGGAGGAGCCUGACAGACUGUUAUGUUCUAAUAUGUGUCCUGAUUGAUUGCUUUUUUUCUCUAUAUGUUUAACUAUUUCUUUGCUGCUGGGAGGUUCAGUAAAGAAGGUUAAAGCAAAUAUGAAGCCUACUGUCUUGCCAUAAAAUUCACAGAUUUUACUAUUACCAUGACGUAAAGUCAUGAUUUUAUUAAUGACACGGAGGCGAGUAUUAUGCUGCACUCUUUCUUUAUUUCCCUCAGCAGCAAAGAAAAAACUUUAUAAACAUAACCAAUAGUAACAUUAACAGUCUCAGGUGUAAUCUUCCUAGUAACAGGAACAGCCAAUCAGGAUCCACUUCUCCAGCAUAAUAGGCUCUGUCAACCAAUCCUGUUCCUCUUUAUUUGCAAUCCCGAAGAAGUAAAAUUAUCCAAUAAAACGUUGAACUGCAUAGAACAUGAUUUUCCCGGAAUAGAUGGGCAGAUUAUGCUGUAAGAGAGGAAAAAUAUGGUAAUAUCUUUGCAUAAAACUUAGUGUAUGCAUAGUCAUAGGUAUUCAAGAUAGUGUUUGGUCAGUGUUGUGUCCAAGUGAGUAUUGUUGUGUAACCUAUACAUGUGGGUGUCCAGAUAGGUAAGCAGUGAUCGUAACUAAGACUUACCUUGAUCUAAGUACAACUGUAAUGUAACCAUCUGGCGAUUACAACUGUAACAACUAGACAUGGUAAAAUGACUUACCGUAGGUCAACUUACCCAACUUCCGUCUAUCCUUCCCCCGUCGCCGGGUGGGAGGGAGGGAUAAUACUCGCCUCCGUGUCAUUAAUAAAAUCAUGACUUUACGUCAUGGUAAUAGUAAAAUCUGUGAAUUUUAUUAAGACACGGAGGCUCCUAUUAUGCUGGUUUAAAGCUGAGAAACUACCGUUCCUGCAAAGUGGUGUAUUGGUUUGAAGUAAAAGUCCCGGAAGGUAGAUUCUGAAGACCAGUCGGCUGCUUUCAGAAUGUCUUCCAGGCGACAACCCAUCGAAGAGGCUUUUGAAGCCAUUGCUCCUCGUAUGGAAUGUGGCGAAAAUAUGGAAGUGUCUAUGCCUGCCGUAGCCAUGAUCCAUUUGACCCAGCGAGCCAGGGUCGUGGUAGACACAGGUAGGUGUGGUCUCUGGAAGGAGAUGAAGAGUUCAUGCCUAGACGGGUCCCGCAACGCCUUGGUGCGAAGUUCAUAGGUUCGCAGACAUUGAACCGGACACAAGCGAGGUUUGUCAGGAAAGGCUGGAUAUGUCACCUUCUUCGUAGAGGUUUUUGUUCUCCGAGAUAUAUCGAAAGCGACCCCUUCCGGAGUAUAAGACCGUGCGGUGACGUCUAAGGCUCUAACGUCUGAUACCCGUUUGCAGGAUAUGAGACAUAGUAGUAUAACCAGUUUCGCCGACAGGUGUUUCAGAGAUAGUGUUGCGUUAUCUGGCCAAGAUUCGAGGAGGUUGAGGAUGAUGGAGACGUCCCACAGUACGGAAUAGCGUGGUAGCGGAGGUCUUGUGAAUCUGAUGCCGCGCAAGAGUCGGCAUAUCAGUGGAUGGCGUCCUAUCGGUGCGCCCUCGAUGCCUUGGUGUGAGUUUGAAAUGGCCGAUCUGUAGAGGUUCACCGUGCGAUAUGCUUUGCUGCUUUCAAACAAGGAGGUUAAGAAUUGCAGGAUCGAAGUCAGAGGAGCUGAUAUGGGAUCCAAAUUCCGUUCCAUGCACCAAUCGUGCCAUUUGCGCCAAGCAGAUUUAUAAGCUUGUCUCGUGCCGGGUGCCCAUGCGCUCUCGAGAAGUUGGAGAGUCGAUUCCGAAACUCCUUCGAUUGAGUAGGGUUCCCGGAAAUCAGCCACACCAUGAGGUGUAAUAAGUCUUGCUGAACCAGGGGGUGGGGGGACCCGUCCGGGUCUCGAAGUAGGUACUCGAAGUGUGGGAGAGUACGGGGUACGUCUAUCGCCAUCUCCAACAGGGAAGGAAACCAUGGUUGAGACGGCCAUAAUGGCGCCACGAGCACUGCCGUUCCCGUCUGUCGCCGUAGUUGUAGUAGGCAGCGGGGAAUCAACGCAAAGGGAGGAAACGCGUAGUUCCUUUCGGAGGACCAGUCCUGAGUAAAGGCAUCUGUUGCCAGCGCUGCCGGGUCCGGUCUCCAGCUGAAAAAUCUGGGGAGUUGGGUGUUCAAACGGGAAGCGAACAAGUCCUUGUCCAGAGGACCCCAUAGGGACUGGAUGUCUUGGAAGACCCUGGGUUCCAGGUGCCAGUCGCUGGAAUCCCUGAGGUGCCUUGAGUACCAAUCCGCCGUGGUAUUGUUGAGGCCCGGAAUGUACUCUGCUGUGACCGAAAUGCCGUGUGCCAGGCAAAAUUGCCAAAAGUCUCGUGCCAAAUUCGCCAGGACCUUCGAUUUCGUGCCGCCCAAGUGAUUUAUAUAACGGACUGCCGAUACAUUGUCCAUCCUCAAAAGGAUGGCACAUCGGGCUUGAGUUGGAGAAAAACUGCGGAUUGCAAAAGAACCGGCCAGGAGUUCUAGGCAAUUGAUGUGAAGCGUCGACUCCACUUCGGCCCACCUGCCACCGGUAGAAACAGUGCCACAGCGUGCGCCCCAGCCGUGCAAGCUCGCAUCGGAUUCUAUGAUCAUAUCCGGUUCGGUACCGAAAAUGGCUCGGCCAUUCCAGGCGUCCAUAUGGGAUAGCCACCAUCUGAGUUCUGUCUUUGCUUCUGUAUCCAGAGCGAUCAUGUCCGUGUAUGCGGUCCCGUCUCUCAAAUGGGAGGCUUGUAGGCGCUGUAGCGCUCGAUAGUGUAAAGGGCCCGGGAAAAUGGCCUGUAUGGAAGCCGCCAAGAGGCCGACCACUCUCGCCAAUUGUUUUAGGGAGAUCAGGGGGGUCGUCAGAGUACGCCUGAUUUCCUUCUUCAUGGUGGACAGUUUCGCUGCCGGCAGUUGUAGGGUCUGUAGAGUGGAGUCCACGAUGAGGCCCAAAAACUCUAUGUGUCGUGUAGGGGUUAGGAUGGAUUUUUUCCAAUUGAUAAGGAAACCCAAAUUUUGCAAAAGAGUCUGAGUCCAUGACAGAUGGGUGUCGAGAAUGUGGUUGGAACGACCCAUGAUAAGGAUGUCGUCCAGGUAGAUUAUGAGACGAACCCCUCGACUUCGAAGCAGAGCCACCACGGGCUUCAUAAGUUUGGUGAAACACCAUGGGGCUGAGGACAGACCGAAAGGGAGACAUGUGAAUCUCCAUUUCCUUCCUUGCCAUAUGAAUUGGAGGAAGUCCUGGUGCUGACGUGCGAUUGGUAUCGUAAGAUAGGCGUCCUGCAGGUCUAACUUGACCAUCCAGUCCAACGGUUGGAGGAGAUCUCGGAGGCAGUGUAUGCCCUCCAUUUUGAAGUGGUUGUAGGCCACAAAAGUGUUGAGCUGUUUCAAGUUGAUAACUGGGCGGACGCCGCCGCCUUUUUUGGCAACUAAGAAUAGGUUGCUUACGUACCCUGGGGUAGCCAUGGGGAUCUCUAAGAUGGCCCGUUUGUGUGCCAAUUCUGCGACCUCCUUGGUUACAAGGGAGGCGUCUUGGUGAGAAAAUAGCAUGCCCCGUGGCGGGGCGAGUUGUAUCGGGAGGGAUAUGAACUCUAAGGUGUACCCUCUGACCGUGUUCAGUACCCAAGCAUCUGACGAGAUGUGUGACCAUACAUGGGAAAAAUGUCGGAGUCUGCCCCCCACUGCCCAUAGGGAAGAAGGAAACAGGAGAGUACUUACCAUAAGGUCGUCUGCCUGGGCGGGAGCCACGUGGUCCCCGAGCCACCCAUGGUCGCCCACGUUGUGGGAAGAAAACCGGGGCGUUGCGGUGCUCCGUGAAGGAGGCAUGUCCAGUGUAGGAGCCACGGCUCUGUCGGAACGAGCCCCUAUUGACACGGCCGGACAGACGGCUCCUGGCUCUUCCGGCCCCACCAAAAACCUUUGGCUGGAAAAUCUUGCGCAUGCUUGACUGCGCUUUGUCUAGGGCAGUGAAAGUGUGAACAAAGGAGCCAAGCUCCUUGACAAAGUUGUCUCCGAACAGGAGGCCAUGGGCCUGGGCGCCCGGUUCGGUUAUAGCCAUGUUCACCAGUUUUGGUUCUAUCUUUAAUAAAAUCGCUUUGCGACGCUCUGUGGCCACCGCACAGUUGGCAUUGCCGAUCAGGCAAAUCACUCUUUGUAUCCAACCACUUAUGGCGGAACGAUCUAAUUCUUGGUCACUUUCGACCAUAUCAAAAAUUUUUGUUGCCGGGCCCAAUAUGUCUAAAAUCUUGUCCUGGCAGUUGCGCAGGGAGAAAUCAAGGCCCUUAUUAGGCUUCCAGCCAGUCUUGCCCAAGAAUUGAAUGAUUUUUGGGUCAACUGCAGGUGUUCUGCAGGCCUCGUCAGGGACAGUGGGGCGUGGGCAUUCUGCCCGCAAUUUGCUUCGUGUCACCUUAUUUAAAGGUUUGCGAGUCCGCGAUGCCACGUAUUUGGCCACAUGGGCCGAAGGUGACCAGUCCGCUGACCUUGGAUGACAUAGGUCAUCGGGGUCGAACAGAGGUUCCCCGUAGGGGUCAACUAAUCUGGUGGCAUCGUCUGGCACUUUAAGCUCCAUGUCAUACGACUCAGAUGGAGGUGCAAUCUGUGUACUCGGGUCAUGGUCGUCGACCAUACCCUCUGAUUGGGGAUCUGAUGGAUCCUCCGAAUCCAUAUCAGUGACCUCUUCAAUCUCGCUGAGAUCAGACUCAGAUUCUAGUUGGGCUUUUGCCCGCUUCCAUAACCUAGCCGAUUUUGCCCGGCUAGUGGCUCUUUUGCGCGGUGGUAUAUUAGGCGCGCCAUCUGUGACAGGUGUGUAGCUGUCCAUCUGUGAGAUUGAAGAGUGUUUAGUUUUUGCAGUGGCCUUGCGUGAGGUUGGGAAGGGGUUACUGCAGGCAAAGCCUGGGAAGCGACCGGUUGGGUCGACUUUUGUGCCCCAAGUAUAGCGUGAGUAAUAGUCUGUGACAGAGAUUCAGACAUCAGUCCCAUUGCUGAUGUGAGGGCCUUAGUCACCACAGGGGACAUGGUGUUGUCAAACAUAAGCUGCAUAUCAGCAGUAGAUUCAAAAUCAGCGGGGUUAGUUGCACCAAUUUCAGGUACCCCUGGGGUAGUUUUAACAGACCCCAAAUUAUUGAUAAGAGACCCAGAGGGUACAUCUUUAUCCCCAGGCAUGUUAUGUAUACCACUGGCCCUUUAAAUAAAUGAACUGAGUUGACCUAGAUGGGUUGAGUAACCCAAAGAUACAAAGGGGGAAUAUACCUUUAAAAGAAAAUAAGUACUCACAAAACAAUAAGCACAAUUAAAUGAGACAGGUGAGGAGGGGGGCAAGGAGCCGUCCGACCGCCACUGUAGCUGCAACCCAACUCCGAGGACCGGGAGUUGGGGGUGGAGCUACGUGCCGCGCGCGGGAAAAACAGAAAAUGGCCGCCGGAGCAGUGCAGAGGAGGCAGAGAGUCCGGUAAGCCCUGCUCGCGGCGAAAAUGUGUAGCGCUCAGCGCGCACAAGUACGCCGCGAGCAGGGAGCUGAUAACUGAGCUCAGUGAGCUCUGUAGUCGGCGGUCGGGCACGGCAGGAGGGCGCAAAGCGCCGGGUGCGGCUCCUGCCGACGUCCCCGAGCCCCUGCAAAUUAGGCUCUGAGGGGCGAUCGGCUGGAGCGGGGAAAAAACUUAAAGGGGAAAUUCAGCAGAAUAAAAUAAUAAAGGGACAACUAUGAAGGAUGUCCCUAGAAACGUUUUCUACAGUAGCACAUCAAUUAUACCAAGUAAAAGGUAGUAAAGUAACACAUAUAAAAAAUUAACACUAGAAAAUUAAUACUAUAAAAUUAAUGCUAUAAAAUCAACACUAUGAAAUGAAUGCUAGGAAAUAUUAAUAUAAUAUGAAAGUAAUUCAAUAUAAAGUAAUUCAAUAUAAAACUAAUCCCACAGUUAAGGAGCCUGAGGGAUCAGAUAUACUUAACUGAGGGAGCAGCAAAGAAAGAGGAACAGGAUUGGUUGACAGAGCCUAUUAUGCUGGAGAAGUGGAUCCUGAUUGGCUGUUCCUGUUACUAGGAAGAUUACACCUGAGACUGUUAAUGUUACUAUUGGUUAUGUUUAUAAAGUUUUUUCUUUGCUGCUGAGGGAAAUAAAGAAAGAGUGCAGCAUAAUAGGAGCCUCCGUGUCUUAAUAAAAUUACUUGACUUGAUUUGAUUCUUGAAUAAAAAAAUGUAUUUGCCAUGCGAGACAAACACAGAGCAAAGUUUAACAAUAAGUCUUGAAUUUGUAUCAUAUUUCUGAAUUGUCUUGUCCAUUACUUCUCAAGCAUUCAGGACUAAUUUUGCAUGUGUGGCCAUCCCUUGGGGCAAAAUCCAAUACAUUUCAAAGUGAAGCAAAUGUAAAUACUAAGCCUAUGACAUCAAAUAUGUCACUCUUGCAUAGUGAGUGACACAUUUGUCUAAUACUCUCGCAUAGUGAGUGAAGGAACGUGAUGUGUGCUCACAACGCAGUUCCUGCAAGUUCAAAUGACUGACUUAUUUGACUGACCAUUAUAAUGCAAGCUCACACCAUGCAAACAAUUAGAUGACAAAAUUGGGAAACAGUGCUUCCACAAUUUCUGACAGACGCUGGGAGUGGUGUUAGGGCACAUAUAAUGUUAUAAAAACAACAAACAAAAGCCUAUAGCCAUUCUCAUAACCUGUAGUAGUUAUAGUGUGUGUGGAGUGUGUGUUUUAGAUGCAAAUAGAAAGGAAAAGGUCAUAAAAUGCAAAAUGUUCAUAAAGUAAAUAAUCUAUACUGACAAAUCAAAAAUUGGAAUUUCCAGUACAAUAUAUUCUUUUAAAAACAUAAUUAUAUUUAUUCAUUGAAUUUAUGCAAUGUAAGUAAAAUUCAGUAAAAAUAAAAAUAUAUUGUUUAUUUACAUUAGCAUAUUAAGUGUUAACCUUCUCUAGGCUGUAAGCUUGUUUGAACAGGGUUCUCAUGAACCUGUUGUUCCUGUAACAUUUUGUAAUGGUCUCAUUUAUUGUUACAUUUGCCCUUUUUUAUAACACUGUAAAGCACUGCGGAAUAAGUUAGUGCAAUAUAAAUGCCAAUUUUAACCCAAGCUGAUUCUGUACACUGCAGCAGUGUUUAAUGUAUUAUGAGGAGGAGGAGAACCAUAUAAAGGUGAAGUCAUGCGUACAUUUACACUGAGUAUCUCCAUAUACUGAGGAAUGCCAUCAAGAAACACUAGUAUGGUGUUCACAAAGUGUAGAAGAAACCGCUCCUUUGAAAAAGAAAAUAAACAGCAAUGAUCCAGGGCUAGUAGGCCUCGAAAAAAAAUAUUGAUGUUGAAAUCCAUGCCAGUUUUAGUAUUUUACAAUACAUUUUAAAGUUUCUUAAUCUUUAUUUAAAGAUACAGUGAGGGGAAAAAAGUAUUUGAUCCCCUACUAAUUUUGAAUGUUUGUCCACUGACAAAGAAAUGGCCAGUCUAUAAAUUUAAUGGUAGAUGUAUUUUAACAGUGAGAGACAGAAUAACAAAAAAACAAAAAAAAUCCAGAAACAAAUGUCAUAAAUUGAUUUGCAUGUCACAGCAAUACAAUCUCUGAAAAAUGCACACUGCGAGACAUGGACAGAUGUGUAUUUAUAAACAUAUAUAAUUGCCCACACAUAUUAACAUGUAUAUGUAAUUAGCCAAGCACAUAUACCGUAUACUGAAAAAGCCCCCCUCGGCUUAUACUCGAGUCAGUGUCUGUAUUAUGGCAACGCUCCGCGCGGCACGCAGACCGCAAGACUUACACUGUGAGCUGAAUUGGGGAGCUGCAGGGAGCUGACCAGAGCUGCUGUAAAGGUAAGUAACAGCUUGCUCCGCCCCCCCCCCCCUGCACAGCCGAUGUCACUGGACCACCAGGGAAUGUUACAGCCCCCUCCCUGGCCAGGUAACAAGCAGGGAAGGGGGACUAAAAAAAUAUUAAAUAAUUAAAAUAUAUAUAUAACACACACUACACAAACACACACACACACUCUGCAUUAUAUACACACAGAGUGUGUGUGUAUAUAAUGCAGUGUGUGUUUGUAUGAGUGUGUGUGUGUGUAUAUUGUGUGUGUUUGUAUGAGUGUGUGUAUAUAAUGCAGUGUGUGUUUGUAUCAGUGUGUGUGUAUAUAAUGCACACACUCUGCAUUAUAUACACACACACUCUGCAUUAUAUACACACACACACUCAUACAAACACACACUCUACAUUAUAUACACACACACUCUGCAUUAUAUACACACACACACUCAUACAAACACACACUCUACAUUAUAUACACACACACUCAUACAAACACACACUCUGCAUUAUAUACACACACACUCAUACAAACACACACUAAAAAAGUGUGAGAACCUGGAAAGGCCUGCUAUAAGACUGGGAUUCUGGCUGGAGACCAACAUUUGUGGGAAACCUGUUGGGCCUGAGGGUAAAUUCUCAUGUGCAAUUUAUUUCAUUGCAUGGUGUUGUAAUGACAAACUAUUCUUAAUAGUUUUAGUGUGUCAUUGGAGCAGUUCACAUGAGCAACUCUAUCUGCAGUAGUUAUUUUUAGAUGCUGCUUAUUUCCAGCCAAGGAGCCAGUUCUCAUCAGUAGUAAGGUCUUAUUGACUUGCAUGUCAAGAGGGUGUUCCUAGCAUUAUAUUGCCACGCUUUGGAACUCAAGGGAUCCAUGAGACUAAAGUUUGGAUUGUAUAGACAAGGAAGUGUUGUCAAAGAAGUGUGACCUCUCCAAUCUCCCUGUAUUAACCUCCAGGCAAGGUAGCUGAGCAUCAUGGGAAAUGUAGUCUACAGAAGCUAGACGACAGGAAGUUGCCUAGCCUUAUUUGUAGUACUAGCAGAUGACUGAUAUUAAAAUUACUUUUUUACACUACUAGCUGCUAUGAACAUGUGGAAAGCAAUAUUACACCAAUAUAAGCUUAUCUGUUUGUUUCGGGCUUAAAUGUAGCUCUCAUUCAUAUAACUAUAGGCAGCCAUAAUCUUUAUAGUUAAAAGUAAAGGGUUAAUCCAAGCAACAUAGCCAUUUCAACAUUUGAAGUGGUCAUGAUGCUUGCAUUCUGUAUGUGCAGUGUUCUGGUUUGAAAAGCUGCACAUAUAACGUUAGACCACUUUGCUGCUAGAGUUGUAACUCCACCUCCGGCACCAUCAUCAGCUAGCCUGGAACAAGAGUCUCAAGUUGUCUAAUGUUAAAUCUGUGCAUAAUUGGCAUCUGUCAUCAGCUUACAUUGAAUACUGCUGAUAUAUGUCCAAUGGAAGCACAGCCCCUUCUUCCAUGUUAUCAAAGCCCCCCCCCCCAUAGCCUGUCCUGUGGAUCAUCCUUUCCCCACCAGCAAUGUCAUUACAUGAUCAGGCUGCAGGGAAAACUUAUCCUUUGCAUCACAGGUGAUUUCAGAUACGUUUUUGCUUUUUCUUUUAGGUAGGGGGACCAGCAUGCCAGUAAGGGUAACUCCAACCAGAUAGCCAUGGUUUAUUAAAAUACUGUUUUUUAGUUGGAACAGCCCUUUAAAGGGUUCUUGGAGAAAAAGUCAUAUUGUGUGUUUAGUACUUUUGAAUGCAUGAUUGAUAAUUUUAAGUAGUCUGGGACUGAGAUUUUAUUAGUUUAUCAGUAUUUAGUGACAUGUAAAGUUCCACAGAUGUACUUUUUGGUUGAUGAACAAUAUGAGUUCAUAAUUAAUAGAGAUUGAAGCUAUGUAAGAUUAAGAAGGAGGCAAAGAAAUCGGGUUUAUUGACAUAAACUCAGACUUGUAGUAGAUGGAAAUCUAAAAUACAAAAUAGUGGAUUUGGAAGAAUUUUUAAUUUGCCAUUCUGAAUUCAGUUCACUACAAUUUGUAGUAAUUGACAAUUAAUCAGAGAUUAGCAAACAACCUUAGCUGAAUACUAUAGUAUCAGGAAUACAAACAUGUGACGGAAUAAAUCAUUAGGUCCCCGGGCACCCUUUCUGUUGAGGUUAAAGGUGAUUUUAUUCUCCUUUUCUCCCACGCCUUCAUUGCUGAGAUCCCAUAGGAAAGCAUUGUGAGGCUUUUGUGCAUGCACAGCAAACCGCUACGCUGCGCCAAUCAGCAUCUCAUCAUAGAGAUGCAUUUAAUAAGUGCAUCUCUAUGGGGAACGUUCACUGCCUCUCUGCAGAGGGUGGAUUUGCUGAAUGCGCAGCACUGGACUACGAAGCACCUUUAGUGGCCGUCUAAAUUACUGUACUAGAAGUGAACUAGCCAGCAUUUUAAACAUUGCCUUUUCUCUUAAAAGGCAGUGUUUACAACGCUAAUACUGCAGCUGGGCUAGAUUAGGAGCCCAUUGGGCAUGGUGCUGACAAUAAUGAUGGUCCUAAUUACAGAAUCUUAUCGACAGACAACACUAAAACAGUUUUACCUCCCAAGUGGUAUGUAUCUGGUGGAGGUGGUGCUGGAGGGAACCGCACAGGAUGUAGCUAUCAGAAAACACAUACCCUAUGCUAAUCUUUCGCAAAUGGUUGGGCCACUGUUGUGAAUCAAGGAACCAGAAAGGGUUAUAAACAUGCCCAAAAAGGGGGCAUGUCUGCACAAAGAAUUAGAUGGUCAGCCUGGCAUGAAUGCAUGUCAGGCUGCCUACCAAUCAUGCAGGAUGACCAACCAAGGGCAUACUGUGCAGACAACACCCUAAGCUUAGCAUAAAUGCGUCUAAUGAUGCGCUAGCCCUAAGCUUUCUGAGAACUGUCCCCUAGCACUCGCUGGUCCACUCCUUUCCUAACCUUCUUACUAGUAGGCAGAAGCUCCUGUUAUACAGUCUGGGACAGAGAAAAAGUGUAUGUAGUGAGUGUAGAAGAGAGGGAACAUGCCACAGUGUUAGAGAGAUAGUUUCCCCUGGACAACUUGGGAUGGGGGAGCAUGACUGCUGCCCAUGCCUAGUGGGCUGGGUUAAUAUUGUAAAAUGAUGUUUUUUUGUAAGAUGCUAGGGGAGGAGACUUACCAGUCAGCAGAGUCAAGGAAAAGGAGCAGACUGACUUUCCUGCCCUCCCACCCUGUGUUGGGCUGUGGUGGUUUGGUGUCGUGUUGUAUGAUUCUGUUUUGCCACAGCUUGGGAGUAUCCUUUACAGCGCACAGGGGAAAAAAGGAUAAGACAAAGAGUCGCUUUGGGGAGAUGACAGCCUGCAAGGGAGCUGGUGGCAAGUGCCGGCUGUUUAGACUCUUGGAAAAAAGGUUGGAGAACUGUCUGUUGGGCAUCUGCUCAACAGCUGACAGGGUUUUUGGAUAAUGUUAAAGAUCAAAAUUUAAUAAAGCCGUGGCCGUUGCCCUUAUCCACUAAGAAGGUGUUCGGUGUAUUAUUGGGGGGGUGGGAGGAGCAAUGGUGGUAAUAUGUGUGAUGGGUUAGCAAUCAUGAAACAGCAAGAACAUUUGCAAAGUCAGCUUUACCUUAACUAAUUUCAUUGUCAGCCAGUCCACACCAGUUGUGUUCCCCUACAUCCCUCUUAAGUUUCCAUACUUAAGCAAGAGCACGUGAAGAGUAGUAAACACAAUUAUUUUUUUUAAUUAAAAAUUAUUAUUAUUAUAUUUAUAUAGCGCCAACAAAUUCCGCAGCGCUUUACAAUGGGUGGACUAACAAACAUGUAAUUGUAACCAGACAAGUUUGACGCACAGAAACACAGAGGGGUUGAGGGCCCUGCUCAAUGAGUUUACAUACUAGAGGGAGUGGGGUAAAGUGACACGAAAGGUAAGGAAAGUAUUGGGGAUGUAGAUUGGUAGAAUAGUAUUCAAUGAAGACUUAGUGAGGGUUUUGUUUUUUUCAAUGGGCUUAUUCCGUGGGCAUGGGCCGGAAGCUGCGGCGCCAUCAGCCCCUAUGUUAAUCCGGCCAUGGCUGCAGGGACAUGCUAUAGACACCAAAACUACUACAUUAAGCUGUAGUGUUUCUGUGACUAUAAUGUCCCUUUAAUUUUAAGUUAGUGAUGGUGUGUUGACAUGCCAAAUAUCCAAAGCUUUACACUUAAAGUAAUUUGAGCCUGCAGAUCUGAAUAUCCAAAGUUGUCCCUUGCAAUGCUAUGCUAAUGUUUAGCCAAGCUUGCUGAGAUGCCAACUUGGCAUUUUAUAGAUAUAAAGGGUAUUUAAACCCUUACACCUUGCCCUGCAUUGUGGCUUUUAAACUUGGUUAACCACCGCAAAUCAGCAAAUAAAUGGAGGAAGUAUCAGGGAGUGGAGUCAGCAGAGCUAUAAUGGUGUCAGUCUAAGUGCCACUGCUGAUGUAUGCUAGAAGCACUUGGCUAAGUAAUGUGACAUGCAUUCCAGUUCACACAAGGCUUUUAAGGUGAUAAGAACUGUACACGGAAUUCUCAUUUGAACACAAAUUAUUAUGAGGUUUCAAAUCAAACUGUCUUUGUUAAGACUUGGUCAGGAAGUUUAGAUCAAUUAAAUUAAUGAAUAAUGUAAAGUUUUGGGUAAUACGCAAAUAGCUGUCCAGCUGCUGUGGAACUACAUCAACAACUACAGAGACCAAAGCUUUAUAUGAGUGUAUUACAAAAUAUACACAGUUGCUAGUAAUUGCGGUAGCAGAGUUUAAAAAAGAAAAAAAUCCUCUUUAAUGUAAUAUAAAUGUGUGUACUAUAACAGGCACACGUCAGAAUGAUUAUAUAUGACAAGGGUGUGAGUUUAUUUACAUAUUGUGACGGAGCUCCAAUACUUGGACUGAGUAUCUCCGCCAAGUAUUCCCUUUCCUUGGUACAGGAGGUUUAGAGUGAUUAUAGCUAAGAUUCCAAAUCCCAGCCAAGGAUUGAUAAAGGGUAAAGCAUAAACAACUUGUAUUACAACUUGUAUUUAGCAACAGGCCAGUUUAUGUACACAGAUCCACAACAGAGGGUCAUCAAAGCACACAACACAUUCCCCACCUGGCGCCUUGGUGUCUGGGGCAUAACUGAAUCACAACCAGAUUCAUAACACAUUUCCCCAGGUUAUCCCCAAGCAGCAGACAUACCAGGAAAGCUCUGGAAGUGCAAGUGCAAAGGGUCCAGAUUGGAGGCGUCUCGCCUGAACAAUCAUUAGGAGAAGUUUGGCUGGGCUGCGACCAUUCUCCGAUCUGGUGCUGGGUUCCAGGCCGUGUGGUUGGAAGUCCCGGUCACUAAUGCUGGCUUCCUGUAGCUACGGAGCAGGGAGCUCCCUCAAGUCCUUGGUGUCAUCAGAUGCUUUGUCACCUCCCUGAUUCCUCUUCCAAAUAGCCCCCUGUUUGAUGGUCCUGGGACUGAGUACUACCCAAAUCGUUUCACUGGAUUGUGGCAUCCCAAAUGUCCGGCAGUGCAAAGGCACAGUGUGGAAGGACAUAUAUGUGCUUAUAGUCAUUUUAGGGAAGUGUUGGCCAAGAGUCCUACGCCAGUUGUCAUCCUGCGUAAAUAGUUACGUUUUUUAAAACAAUUUCAUUCAAGCUAAUAUUCAGAUUGCAAAUAUGCUUUGAACUAUCCCUUACCCCUUUCUGCUUCCUUCUUACAACUGUGGCAGUGUUUCAGUAGCAUUGUUCAGAUACAUAGCGUUAGAAAGAAGCUGUCUCAGUUUGCUAUGUCUUUGGCCUGAGGACCAUUACUGAAUCUGAGUUGAUGGUAGAAUUCACUUUUCCUUUGCAUUUAUUAUGCAUUGCAAAGCAUCAAAAGCAUAAGCCCAUGUUUACUUUAACCCCAUAGAAGACGUUAAUUAAAAAAAGGGAUAAUAAAUAAAAAAUGUAUAAGCUCAACAAUAGAUCAAUAUUUUGUUGUCCUCAUCUGAAAAAAGGAAAAGUGUGUCUACGUAGAGGUGCCAUUGGGGAAACAGCAAUGGUAGCCUUUAAUGUAAGGAGAUUUGUAAUGUCUGCAAUAUUGUUCCUUUAUGUGGAUGGAUUCUCAUUAAGUAGUGGACUAACACAUUUGCUAUUGUUAUAAUACAUUUCUGCUGUUCUAGUAUUUCUUAGCAUUAUGGUAACUGGCAAUCAGGAAUGGAUUUCCCAGCACUCAAAGCCUAAAUCUGAAAGUAAACUCUUCAUGUACCUCAGUACUAAAGUUAAGCCUUCCUAACUCUAAACUCCAUAAUCAUAAAAUACCCUAUGUAAUCAAAUGGUACAUUUACCCCAAUAAUCCAAAAGGGCCUUUGUACCUGUACUAUAACUUUAACCCCUCUCAUACUUUUAAUCUUCUUAACACUAAACACCCUAUGUAAUCAAACCGUGCUCACCCCUCUCUAACAUGAAAUUCCUCUUUAACGAAAUUCCCAAGGGCAUGUGGGUCUGCCACUUCAGAGAGGCAUCCUUGCUGAGACCAGGGUCAUGAUAUAUCUUUCACCUCCCCUCAUUGCAGAGGCCUAUCUGCUGGUGUCUUCUUCGUCCAGGCAGGGACUAGCAUUUGGUGACUUGUCUUUUCACUUGUGGUGAACACCAUUUAAUAUACAAAUAUAAAGAAUCAUUGGAGAACAAGCAAUUCUAAUUAAUGCAUCAAAUAUAUAAUACAAUCACAACUUUCUAACCUAUGGACAGAUGUAACUGGUUACUUGUUUGCAAGUUCCUAAUUUGCAUAUUGCAAUAAUACAAAUCAAUGCAUUUUCAGCUUCACCAAUAGAGGGCACUGGAGAGUCUACACCCUGCCCCCCUUACCCUAACCACUUCUAACAUUAUAUUUAUCUUGGUAUGCAUUUACACAGCUUCAAAACUUAUAGAUUCAAACACAUAUUAUUACAAGCAGUGAAGAAAUAUGCACAUAUAUACAUACAUACAUUUGAACACAUGCAGUUGUCAAAUAAUGCAUAUAUGUUUUUUAGAUUUCUUUAGGCCUGCAAUAUCUAGUUAAUAAAUUAAUUAUACUUUAUCUAAUUCUAAUUCUAAGGAGGUCACUAUUGGGGUUAGAAUUUUGUGACUACACGCACCUGAUAUGUAAAUCCGUCCCUGCUAGCAAUGCAAGGCUAACAAGAAUCUCCAUUUCAUGAAGUUGAACCUGUCACGUGUGCUAUGCUGAAUCAAAAUAUGUGUCAAGAGUCAGAUAAAAAUUGUUGAAAUAACUGUUCUGGCAUUGUUUUGGCUGGUUUAGCACAUUUUCAUAUCUACUUUGAUACGUAAAUGUUUUUUGUUUGUUUUAAGGCCAAGAACUAAUUAGGUUAAUAUUAUCUAUAAUUCUGCAUAUUUAGUAGAUAUAGGUCUAUAGUCUUUGUACAAUGCUCAAAGCACACUCUUCCAUAUUAUUUUAUUUUUUAUUUUUUUGUUUUACUUUGGAUGAGACAUAUUGCAAUAUUAACUUUAACCCCCUUUUUAAAAUAUAUUUUUUUAGUUUAGAAUGCCCUUCUUGGCAUUACUCAUAAGGCUCUCCCCCACCCCCCAUAAAACCCUACUAAAUAACCUAGAAAAUGGAAGGAAGUGCCAGGUGAAGCUCUACUUUCUGGAAUCGACGUCCCGUCCGAUGUCACAGCCUCCCUCUCCAUCAGGUCCAGUGAAAUGCUUCUCACAGAGAGGCAUUUUAUUGGACUGUUUCACUGAUUCAGAGCGCAUGUGCACACUGUGAUCAGGGAGGGAGGAGAUGGAUGGAGGUCGGGAUGGAGGGGAUUUGUUUAAAAAAAAAUCCCCUAGCAGAUGCACAGCCUGCAAGGGAGAACCUAAUUAUGUAUGUUACCAGUGUGCUGACGACAGGCUUAUUUUUUGUACGUGUGCUAUGGGGUCAAAAUAGCCCCCGGCACUAAUGUGCAAAAAAGAAAGCGGCCCGAUCCUCCUUCUCCUACAGAGCGCCGCAAUUGUGGAACGACCUCCCGCACAAUUUAAAAUCUUCCCUAAGCCUAAAGUCAUUUAAGAGAUCCCUCCUACAUACCUCAAAACAGAAUGCAUGUGUCAUGGUUGAUUAUAUAUUUCCUGCCUGUUCUAUGUUAAAUUUUGUAUAUAUUGUGUAUUAAUAUUGUUUUUGUAUUUUGUUGUACCUAAUGUAACAAUGCAAUGAUUUGUGGACCCAGGACAUACUUGAAAACGAGAGAAAUCUCAAUGUAUCUUUCCUGGUAAAAUAUUUUAUAAAUAAAUAAAAUAAAUAAAAUAAUAUCUCUGGAUAUGCAGAGUUUCAGGCAGAAGUUCUGCACAUACAGACUCUUAAAACAAUGACCACGUGUAACCUUUAUUUGCAAUAUUUAAUCUGGAUUAAUUUUAUUCCCUACCUAGAACAAACCUAUCAGGAUUGUAUUUACACCACACUAUUAUAUCACAGAUUCGUGUAAUGAACGCAUACUUCAAGGUGCUGAUUUAUAACAUAAAGACUGGAAUUAAUGGAUUAACUAAGAAAGGUUUUUUUAAAUUUCACCAGGAAUAUUUUUUUUUCCAAUUUGACAAUUUUAAUUUUGCUGUUCAGGGUGGGGGUACAGAAACAUGAAAAGGGUAUUAGAGUACAAACUUGUACAGUAUGUCUCUUUAACCUGGACAGUAUCAGUAAUGGUUCUUUCAGUACAUGCAACCCGCACACCUUCUGUUGUAUUCUUCAAGUUUAACCCUUUAUAAUGGCAUGUUUCGUCUUAGCUCUGGAUCUUGUGCUCAGGGCCUUAGCCUGAUUGAUAACUUUUAUCGGUCUAGGAGUUGCCUGUGUUGGGACAUAUGUCCCAGCAUGCACCUCCCGUGUCUCUGUACCCUAGUACGUGCCUUGUGAUGGGACAGGCCAUGUUCCCUCUCGUCUGUGAGAAGUGAGCCUUGGUACUUGGGCUAAUGUUGGUGCAGUUUUGACACUGUCCUGUUUAUUGGAGUCACCAGGAAUAUUUAAAAACUAUUGCAACAAAAAAAUGGAGUACAAGUAAUUUUCUUUCUAGUAGUGAGGAAGACAGCACUCUGUUAUAGAUUGCAGGGUGAAAUGCCAAAGGGUCCCCUCAGCUGCCAGUAUUAGCAUACAGAGAAUGAAGACAAGCAUUAUCAAUAAUUUUACACCCUAUAUUUGGUAUAAAAGAAUACAUCUUAAAAAGCAUAAAAGUGUCAUGCUAUAGCAUAAAAACAGAGUUUCCGCAGCUCUAUAAUUAGACCUGCAUUAUACACAGUUUAUAGGUUUCCAGGUUAUGUUCACAAUCAUAUCCCUAUAUAAAAGGUGAUUAAGGAUGCCGUUUGGCACAAAAUUUUCUGAAUUUGUCAUUUUGUUUUAAGACUAAUAAAUAAUAUUCCUUUUAUAUUAACUUUAUAGUGUUGUCUGUUUUGAUUUUCCCACAGUUGCAGAUGUUCCUCUCCGAUUCUCUUUGGACUCUGAAAUUGUUCACCCUGUCCGUGUGGAUGAACAGGGCUCUUUUCUGACCUUUGAUCUUUCACCCCGGAUAAUUAAAAAAAGAGGUAUAGCUCCCCAUUCUGCUCCCCCUGCUUACUAUGCAAUCAAGUACCAGGGAGUGGAGCUGAUCUUUAACCUUACCCAGAACCACCAGCUGCUGUCCCCCGGCUAUGUAAGUGAGUGGCAUAAUGGAGGUAUACGAGAGGCUAGAAUACGUACCUGGACCCCGAGUUACUGCCACAUGAGGGGGGAGGUGCAAGAUCAAAACCACUUCAUGGGGAAGGCUGCUGUCAGUAUAUGCAGUGGACUGGUAAGUUUAAUGUUUGUGUUAAUUGACUCAAUUCAUAUAAAAUAUCUACACCUUGACAUUUUUUAGCGAGACAUUAAAAAACACGUUGUUGCACAGGGUAAGCUACAGAGAGAAGAGUGCAUCUGGCUAUUAUUUGGGAAUGAAUUGGGAUUGGUGUGUUUAGUAGGGAAUUCCAGAUGUACAAAAUAACAUGUCUGGGGGGGAGUGGAAUUCCAGGUGUGAGCUGUCUGAUGUUGUGUUUGGUACAGUGGUGAGAUGCCAGGUGUCCGCUGUCUGACGUGUCCACACAUCUGGUUUUGAUGUUCAGUUUAUUAUCACAAGUAGUAGUGCAUCCAUUUCCCCUCAGGGCAUACAUUCACUGUCGCUUUCUUCCUUAACUCUUGCAGUGACCAGCAGAAUAUCCUUACAACAUAUCAAUUAUCCAUCCUAUCCAUGUCUUUUAUGUUACAGAGGGGGGUUUUCCAGCUGGCACAAGAGGACUUCCUCAUUGAACCAAUGGAAACUUCACCAUCUUCAGGAGAGUCAAUGCCCCAUCGAAUCUACAGGCGUCACUUGGAAGAGCUUAAGACAGAAGGACCGACUGGCUACAAACAAUGUGGUGUUAGGGGUAAGAAUCUCAUGGCUCAUAUUUAGCCUUAACAUGGGCCUGCUACUUCAAAGACAUGUAUAGCAAUGUGUAGAAUAUCAAAAUGUUAUGAUUUGGUUCAUUAUGUUUUCACAUAUUUUAAAUAGUUGCAUAUAUAAGAACAAUCUUGUAUUUAGAACAGUUUUUUUUCACUACAGAUUCACUCAAAAGGUGUAAAUCACAGUUUUUUUCAGGUAGAUAGUGAUACUUAAAGAGACAAUCUAUGACCAAAAAGAUUAUUAGUGAGAAUUGUCAGGAAUUCAAAGUGUUUUUUUUUUUUCUUGACAUAAGUAGUCAAACUGAAAGCAUAGCUGAUUUGUUAGAUUUAAGAGACACUAUAAACACCAAAACUACAAAAUUGUGGCUUAAUAAAGUGGUUUUGGUGUGCAGAUUAUAUGCUAGUUGUCUUCUCAAAUUUUAUGCAGUCUUAGCCAAUUCUUCCCUGGCACUGACUCACAGAACUUUCAUUAAAAACACCAGCAGAUUUUACCCUGCACAGUGUAUUUUCUGUAGAAGUUCCCUGUUAAUUUAAAGGGACACUAUAGUCACCAGUGCAACUACAUAUAUUCCUGACCCUAUAGUGUUAACACGGCCAUCUAGCCCCCCUGGGCUCCUCAUGCCUCCAUAAAUAUAGUAAAAUUCUUACUGUAUUUAAGCCAGAAGCUGUAACUCUGCAUGCUGUUGGACUCAGGAAAAACAAGCAGCCUGCUGACAUAUGAUAGCCUGAUCCAAUCACAGUGCUUCCCCAUAGGAUUGGCUGAGACUGACAAAGAGGCAGAUCAGGGGCAGAGCCAGCAUGAUUCAAACACAGCCCUGGCCAAUCAGCAUCUCCUCAUAGAUAUGAAUUGAAUCAAUGAAUCUCUAUGAGGAAAUUUCAGUGUCUGCAUGCAGUGGGAGGAGAUACUGAAUCACAGGAUACUCAAGCACAGCAGAUCUGAGUGGAUGCCUCCAUCAACUCAGAAGUCGGUAGUUCGAUCGGUAGCGGGAGCGGAGAGCGGACAGCAGGGAGCUCGAAGGAGGCACCAGCCCCACCGCCGGCCUGAGUUACCAUCAACACCCAGGGGGAAUAAAAGGUCACAGAACGAGCCACCGCCGGCCCGAAGUCAACACCUUUGAAAGCUAAAACCAUCCAUUAAUCACCACCAUGAGUAGCGAGGUCGAAACACAGCAGCAACAGCAGCAGCCGCCAGCUGCCUUGGAGAACAAGCCCGCCCAGGAACCGGUGGCCACUGUGGGAGAGAAGAAGGUCAUCGCAAUCAAGGUUUUGGGGACUGUCAAAUGGUUUAAUGUGCGAAAUGGAUAUGGCUUUAUCAACAGGAAUGACACAAAAGAAGAUGUGUUUGUACAUCAGACUGCCAUCAAGAAAAACAACCCUAGAAAAUACCUUUGCAGUGUUGGAGAUGGAGAGACUGUGGAGUUCGAUGUAGUAGAAGGCGAAAAGGGUGCAGAAGCAGCUAAUGUAACUGGCCCUGGUGGUGUUCCAGUCCAAGGCAGUAAAUAUGCAGCAGACCGUAAUCAUUAUAGGCGUUAUCCACGUCGUAGAGGUCCUUCACGUAACUACCAGCAGAAUUAUCCAAACAAUGAGGGUGGAGAGAAACCAGAAGAAGUUGAGAGUGCACCUGAAGGAGAAGGUCCUAAUCAGCAACGCCCGUACCGUAGGCGGCGUUACCCACCAUACUACAUGCGAAGACCUUAUGGAUGCAGACCACAGUAUUCAAAGUCCCUCUGGUUCACUCUGAGUGACUGCAACUGGAGGUGUUCCUAGCUUUCAAUGUAAACACUGUAUUUUCUCAGAAAAUAAAGUGUUUACAUGAGAAAGGCUGCAGGGAGCUAUAGUUCUCACCUGAACAACCUCAUUAAGCUAAGGUUGUUCAGGUGACUAUAGUGUCACUUUAACAUUGAUCACACACAGAGUGCUGCUGCAGUCUCAAGCAGGCAAUUAUCAGAGUAGGAGAGAAGACAUUCUAAAUAAAUCAUAUUGUGCAUUUAAAAUAAGAUUUAUAUUUCAGGACAUGUGUAUUGAGCAGUAUAAGUCACAGCCAUGGCAGAUAUGGCAAGGACUGCAUACUUUAACUCCCACAUGGCUAAGAAUUAAGCAUCUAGACUGCAUGGGACAAAAACCUCUUCUUUAAGAAAAAGUGACAGUCCAGCUGCUUAUUACAGUGGCUCUAUCACUGAAAGUGAACAUCAUCUAAUCUGCUUCUAUAUAGCUCCUUGUGUCUGAAUGUAUUUUAAUUUUUUUCCUGAGCACUCUAGCUUUCAUAAAUUAGAUAAGGAAAAGUAGGAACUACUUGCCAAAACUUCACAAUGGAGCUUGAAGGGAUUCUUCAUUCUCAAAACAACUUCAUCUUAAUAAAGUUGUUUUGGGACUGGAGUCCCUGGGUGCAAUAUAACCUUAAUAUGUUAUACCAUUUUCAAACAGUUUAACACCAAAGUUGGAUCCUCCAACAUCUGUCCACACUGCCUCAUACCCUGCUGUUACUCACAAUAGAUGGCCAGUGAGAGGCAGAGAGAAUGUGACUCACAAUGUGCAGCCAGAGAUAGGUAUAACCCUCAACCUAUCACCAGAGUUCCAAGAGAACAUUCUUUAUCAUUAUAGCAGUAAAGCUAGGAGAGUGGAGGCAGUGCAGAGGGAUGCCCAUAGACCCAAUUUUGGUGUUAAACAAUUUCCAAAUGGUUUAACAGCUUUAGCAAAGAUGCUGCCCAUGGACUUGACACCUGAUAGAACUUCUUUGAGAUGACACGGAGAGACCACUUAAGUAAAGGUUUGCUUAAUUUGCCAGUUAAAUCUAUCCAGAAUUCAUCAGUAAAAUGAAUGUCACUGAAGGGCAAAUAGACAUCAUGAAGUCCUGCAGAAGGAAGACAAUAAAAUAUUAAAGAUAAGAUGGGUGGGAGGGGGGUCAUUAAAAUACAUUUGGCAUAAAGAGAGAAAAAAACUAAAACCAUCGAUAGGGACACUUUGAGGACAUACACUUUAUUGUUAUAAAACAUGAUUGAUUAAAUAAACAUGAAUUUAAUAAAAUUAAAGUAAUGACUGUGAUAAUUAUGUGAUGAUAACAGAUAAUGGGUAUGGUGACAUUCUUUUUGGCAUUUGAGCAUUUUGAAACAUGUCUUUUCAGACGAAUUUUGAGUACUAAGUUUGACAAUAGGAUAUUGUGUGAUAAUAUUUGUCGUCAUGUGUUCAAAUAAGGUUACACCACUCGUCUCAAUCAGAAUGCUAUCACCCAAAUAGCUUUUGUGGAAGACAAUUAGCUGAUUGUACUUGCCAUCUUUAUAUAACAAUGCACAAUUAAUUGUUCACAUGAACAUAUUGGCACAUGCUUAGGUUGCAUUACCCAUAUUGCUCUUGGCCAAUGCAACCCUGGCAUUUACAAAUAGAUGGAUUGUCUAGUUUGAAGUAUUCUUGUUCAGAAUAUGUAAUAAGACUGUAAUACAUUGAAUUUAUUUCAGUGAAGAACCAAUGCUAUAAUGUGUACUUACUUUCAUUUUAAUAAGUGUUUGGUUAAUCAUCCACAUUGAUUUUUUUUUUUCUUUUACUAUUUUUCUCCAUAACCUUCCCUUAUUUUCCCUGUCUGAGUCAUUUUAAGUGAUCUUUGGGCUGGAAUCAACCAUUAUCUCACUUGCCUGGUUACUGUGUCUUCACAAACAAUGCACAGCAGAGUACCUCACACUUAAUAGAAAGGAGAAGUGAGAAUUGCUGGGAAAGUUGCCCAGCUGCACAUUGCUUUGUGAAUGUGCACCAGCCAGGCAGGUGAGAGUGAGUUUGUGUUGGAUAAUGACUUAAGAUCACUCAAAAUUGCUGGGGGCUGCAGGCAAUAGUGGAAAGGAGGUCCAAAAAGGGUCCAGUUUAGUAGACAGAAAGAACUCCACAACUGGAGAGCAUUGACGUUCUCCACUGGAGCAUGCCCCUCAACUGAGGGCACUGCCCGCUCCCCUUCAACUUAGCAGCAGUGUUGGUAGGAUGUUACAUUACAGUACCUUUUCGAAGUACACAGUGCAAGAGGAGCCAGGCCAAUGGGCACCAGGCCAAUGGGCUUUUAAUUCGGCCCUGGUCUAUGCUUGUGUCUGUCUGUGGGAAUUUUUGCCUUUAUGAGUGUCAGGGUCCCGCGGGCGGCUGCGAGGGGAGGCUGCAGUCCGCUCGCGGCACUCACCCUCCAGCCGUCCGCGGUCCCCCUUCAGCCGUGUGCUCGGCGGGCGGCACCCUCUCUCCCACGGGUGCCGUCCGCCUCUUCCUCUGUGUCUCCCAGCGGCAGCAUGCAUGACGCUGCACGCUGGGAGACCGCCCACUUUAACCAACGCCGGGGUCAGUCACCUGACCCGGCGUUAAAGGCACAGUGCCUCAAUCACAGUGGGAGGUUUAGAUAUCUCCCACGUGUGAUUGUUAAUUCUGAUUGGAAAUUAUCCAAUCAGAAUUAACCUUUGGAUUUAUAUACUUACCUUUCCUGUUCCUCUUCGCCCUGUUGUGGUCUUUGCUUGUUAGUAUUGCUACUUACCUUGUGCUUCUGGUUACGUACUCCCUGGCUUGUUAUCCGACUUUGUGACUUUCUCCUACCCUUUGACCUCGGCUUGUCUAUCGUUAUUCUGUCUUCUGGUUUCCCUUACUCGGCUUGUUUCCUGACUAUUCUUUGUGUGCUUAGCCCGGCCACUCUAAGGUCCGGUACGGCACUUUGUGUGUGUGUGUGUUGGCGUGUUUGGUUCCCCGAAUCGUGACAUUACAACAGGGCCAUAAUGGAACCUGCUGACAUACCACAGCUCCUAGUUAAUCAGGAGGCUAGAAUGGAUGGCUUGGACCACCGUAUGGACCAGUUUGCCCAAGCUUUACAAACCAUACUGGCUCGUACUGCACACUUGCAACCUGCCGUCCAGGAGGCUGCUGCUGCUGUGCCCGAACCCAUUCCCACUCCGGUACCCGUUCCUGCUCAUGUUGUUCACAUGACACCGCCACAACGCUACAGCGGUGACCCAGCAUUGUGUCGUGGUUUCCUUAACCAAAUUGACAUCCAUUUGGUGAUGAAUCCACGUUCCUAUCCCACUGACAGAUCCAAAAUUGCCUUUUUGAUUAACCACCUGUCCAGGAAAGCUUUAGCAUGGGCUAACCCCAUGUGGGAGAAUACAUCUCCUAUGUCCUUUGUGGAUUUCUUGACAGCUUUCAAACGUACGUUUGAUCAACCCGGUAGGGUUGCCUCUGCUGGCAAAGCUCUGCUUAGGGUACGACAGGGUAAUAGAUCUGUAGCGGAUUAUAGUAUCAAAUUCCGCACGCUAGCAGCUGAAGUGGUUUGGAAUAAUGAUGCCCUCGUAACAGCCUUUCAGGAGGGUUUGGCCGCCUACAUACUGGAUGAAAUAGCAUCCAGGGAAUUGCCUGUUCUUCUAGAUGAUGUCAUAGAUUAUGUCAUUCUUAUUGAUAACCGUAUUAGAGAGAGGCGUAGUCAAAGACGGAUGGAUACACGGGCAUUACCUGCUCCCCCCUCUACUGCUUUACUAGCACUACCCGCUCCUAGUCAACCAACCCCCGAACCCAUGCAAUUGGGUGCUACGGGGCUAACUGAGGCUGAAAGAGCAUAUCGUAGAAGGGAGGGGUUAUGCCUUUAUUGUGGAAAGAGGGGGCACCACUGUAAUGCCUGCCCUAAGUUACAGGGAAACUACAGCACCUAAGGCCUAGAGAGGGGUCGGCCUCGGGUGUUAUGACUUUGUCCCCUCAUGUGUCCAUCUCCAGACCGUUUAUUACGGUUUCUCUUUUGGUCAAUAAAACCACCAUAACCACCAAAGCCUUGAUCGAUUCAGGUGCGGCAGAUAACCUUAUGGAUGAGAACUUCGCUAAAACCGCAGCCUUAACUUUGAUCCAAAAGGCCACACCCUUGGUCGUUGAGGCCAUAGAUGGUAGACCACUUGAGAAACCUCUGGUGACCCAUGAGACCCAAGAAAUAGUGAUGUCUGUAGGUGUUUUGCAUAAGGAAAGGUUAACCUUCCAAAUAAUUGACUCCCCUACUGCUUCCAUCGUUCUGGGUUUUCCCUGGUUAGUGAAACACAACCCUGUUCUCGAUUGGGGUUGCUUGGAUAUACUAUCCUGGGGGGAAUCCUGUCAACGAGACUGUAUGGCUCAUGUACGUCCUGUUUGUUUACUCAACGUGCCCACGGCUAAACCACUCUCUGUUUCUGUCCCUUCUGUAUAUGCAGACCUUGCAUUGGUUUUUGAAAAGAGGGAGGCAGAUAAGCUACCUCCACAUCGUGACUAUGACUGUGCCAUAAACCUAUUACCGGGCACUAUGCCCCCUAGGGAUAAGGUCUACCCUCUUUCUGAGAAAGAAAACCAGGUCAUGGAGGAGUACAUACGAGAAUCCUUAAGGAAAGGUUUUAUUAGAAGGUCCUCCUCUCCUGCUGGUGCUGGUUUCUUUUUUGUGGCAAAGAAGGAGGGCGAUUUGAGGCCGUUUAUAGACUACAGGGGUCUGAACAAUAUAACGGUUAAAAACGCCUACCCUAUCCCCCUCAUCACUGAGUUGUUUGAUCGCGUUAAAGGUUCUAAGUACUUUACUAAACUAGACCUCAGGGGGGCUUAUAACCUUAUCCGUAUAAAGGAGAAUGAUGAGUGGAAGACAGCGUUCAAUACGCGUAGUGGGCAUUAUGAAUACCUGGCCAUGCCUUUUGGACUGUGUAAUGCUCCUGCUGUGUUUCAGGAUCUCAUAAACGAUGUCCUUAGGGAUCUAUUGCAUGUCUGUGCCGUGGUGUACCUUGACGACAUACUUGUAUAUUCUCCUGAUUUGAAGUCACAUCAUAAACAUGUUAGGAUGGUGCUUAAAAAAUUAUUACAGAACGGACUUUAUUGUAAGUUAGAAAAAUGUCUGUUCGAUCAGACCUCUGUGCAAUUCCUGGGAUAUAUAAUUUCUGAACAGGGUUUUAGUAUGGAUCCUGCUAAAUUGGAAGCUAUACUGUCCUGGCCACUUCCCCAAGGACUUAAGGCUAUCCAGCGUUUUAUAGGUUUUGCUAACUAUUAUAGAAAAUUUAUAAAAAACUUCUCACCACUUAUCUCCCCUAUCACAAAGCUGACUAAAAAAGGUCUACACCCUAGGGUUUGGACUCCUGAAGCCCUUAAAGCCUUUGAAACUCUCAAGAAAGCAUUUGCCUCUGCUCCAGUACUACACCACCCUAAUCCUUCUCUUCCCUUUGUUAUGGAAGUAGACGCUUCUGAAUCGGGGGUGGGAGCAGUACUAUCACAAAGGUUAUCGUAUGACGAACCCCUCCAUCCCUGUUGUUUCUUUUCUAAAAGGUUGUCUGAUCCAGAAAAGAAUUACGAUGUUGGGAACAGAGAACUAUUAGCUAUUGUGUUAGCUUUUAAGGAAUGGAGGUACUUAUUAGAGGGUUCUAGACACAAAAUUAUGGUUCUAACAGAUCAUAAGAACCUCUCCUAUAUAGCCGAUGCUAGAAGGUUGUCCGCCCGACACGCUAGAUGGUCUCGAUUCCAAUACAUUAUUACCUAUAGACCUGGUUGCCGUAAUGCCAAAGCUGACGCUAUCUCUCGACAGUAUGAACCUUUAGAAUUUGUUAACCCAACCCCUGAACCUAUUGUACCAGCUUCUCAGAUCAUAGCUGCUACCCGUUUGGUUGUUUCAUCUCCCUUCCUUGAGAAUAUUAAGACAUACCAAACCCAAGCGCCUCAGGAGACGCCUGUUGGUAAACUAUACGUGAAAGUAAGUGACAGAAAAAAGUUGUUAACAUUAUUUCACACUGCCAAAACUGCUGGUCAUCCGGGGGUUACCAAGACUUAUAAGAGCCUCCUUCAACAGUUCUGGUGGCCUUCACUCAAGCGAGACGUAGUGGAUUUUGUUCAGGCUUGUCGGGUCUGUACGCAGUGUAAGUCUCCUAAUAUGAGACCCCAAGGCCUACUGAUGCCUCCUAUCUAUACCCAAGAAACCAUGGACCCACUUGUCCAUGGAUUUUAUUGUAGACCUUCCUCCUUCUGAUGGUCAGACGGUGAUAUUAACUGUGACGGAUAGGUUCUCUAAGAUGGCCCACUUUAUUCCACUUAAGAAACUACCCUCUGCGAUUCAGCUUGCCCAGGUGUUUGCCAAGGAAGUGUUCCGCUUGCAUGGGGUACCUCAGGAUAUUGUUUCUGACAGGGGCCCGCAAUUUGUCUCUCGGUUUUGGAGGGGCUUUUGUGCUGAGAUGGGGGUCUCCUUGUCGUUCACUUCCUCCUAUCACCCGCAAUCUAAUGGUGCAGCCGAACGUGCUAAUCAGUCUGUGGAAUUGUAUUUGCGCUGCUUCACUAAUGCGCACCAGGACGACUGGUCUCGCCUUCUUCCGUGGGCUGAAUUUGCCAGGAAUACGGUGUCUCAUUCGUCUACUGGCUUAAGUCCUUUUGAGGUUGCUUAUGGGUUUCGGCCUUCUGUCCUUCCCGGAGCGUUCUCUGACAAGGGAAUGCCCGCCUUGGACCAGCACCUCGCCUCUUUACGGAAGACGUGGGAUCAGGUCCAUAUUGCGCUGUCUCGUUCAGCAGCUGCUCAGAAGAAGUUCGCUGAUCGCCAUAGGGGUGCGACCCCUUCUUAUGCUCCGGGUGAUAGGGUGUGGUUGUCCUCCAAGAACCUCCGUCUCAGGGUCCCCUCCAUGAAGUUUGCUCCCAGGUUUCUUGGUCCCUACAAAGUGUUACGUAGGAUUAACCCCGUUUCCUACUCCCUGGACUUGCCUCCUUCCAUGCGUAUUCCGCACACGUUUCACGUUUCGCUUUUGAAGCCCUUGCUGUGUAACCGGUUCUCUCGUCCUCUCGGACGGCCCGUUUCCCCUCGUACUGUCUCUAGUGACGUGUUCGAAGUAGCUGCCCUUCUCGACUCUCGUGUUUCUAGGGGUCGGCUGCAAUACCUGGUGGAUUGGAAGGGUUACGGCCCUGAGGAGCGGUCUUGGGUUUCGAGCUCUGAUUUGCACGCCCCCUCUUUAGUCCGCUCCUUUCAUGCCCGGUUUCCUUUGAAGCCUUCUGCUUCCCGCCCUCUGGGCGGUCUUCGAGGGGGGGGUACUGUCAGGGUCCCGCGGGCGGCUGCGAGGGGAGGUUGCAGUCCGCUCGCGGCACUCACCCUCCAGCCGUCCGCGGUCCCCCUUCAGCCGUGUGCUCGGCGGGCGGCACCCUCUCUCCCACGGGUGCCGUCCGCCUCUUCCUCUGUGUCUCCCAGCGGCAGCAUGCAUGACGCUGCACGCUGGGAGACCGCCCACUUUAACCAACGCCGGGGUCAGUCACCUGACCCAGCGUUAAAGACACAGUGCCUCAAUCACAGUGGGAAGUUUAGAUAUCUCCCACGUGUGAUUGUUAAUUCUGAUUGGAAAUUAUCCAAUCAGAAUUAACCUUUGGAUUUAUAUACUUACCUUUCCUGUUCCUCUUCGCCCUGUUGUGGUCUUUGCUUGUUAGUAUUGAUUCUGAACUUGUGCUUCUGGUUACGUACUCUCUGGCUUGUUAUCCGACUUUGUGACUUUCUCCUACCCUUUGACCUCGGCUUGUCUAUCGUUAUUCUGUCUUCUGGUUCCCCUUACUCGGCUUGUUUCCUGACUAUUCUUUGUGUGCUUAGCCCGGCCACUCUAAGGUCCGGUACGGCACUUUGUGUGUGUGUGUGUUGGCGUGUUUGGUUCCCCGAAUCGUGACAAUGAGCAUGUGUCUGUGUAGGUGCAUAUUUAUACUUAUUUGAGAGAUAAUGACUGGGAGGGGCCCCAACCAGUGGUUUUAUAAGAGUCCCCACAUUUCAGGAUGGCAGUCCUGGUUAACACCGAAAAAUUAUUUAAAAAAACAAAACAUUCAAUAUAGAUGAUUAAACAAAACCUGCAUAAAGGUAUGUGCUUACAACUUAAAAAAAAUAAUAAUUGAGCUUAAAAUAAAGGAAUCUAUGACAGUUUCCUUGGCUUAAGUAUACACACUUUCAUAUCCGCAUCAUAAUCUAUUAAAAUAAUAACUUGUAAUUGUAGAAUAGGUUUUUGUUUCUCCAAUAUUUUCCAACCAAGUUCCAGAUGCUACCAGGCAAACACUCUUAUCAUAUUUUAAAUGUAAAUAGAGAACUGAAAGUUAGCACUCAUCUGAAUAUGCAUAUGUCCUUAACUCGCAGUUGGAACCACUUAAAAGGACACUCCACUUCUCAAAUAAAAAUAAAACAAAACACCAUCUAGUAGAUAUAUCCACUAUGAAAUCAUGCAUGUAUUUAAUUAUUAUUUAAUUAUUCUUUUUUUUUUUAAAUUGGGAAUACAUUGAAAAACAGUUUGCAAAAGCUGCAGAUCUCUUGUCUGCAGCCUUUGCAAACCCUCCCUUCCUUCAUCAUCCCAGCCCUGUGGCUGUCCAAUCACAUACUUCUCAAUUAAGCUCAAUGAGAAGUCCUUUUAAAAACAGAUGCUCUGGGCAAUUGCUGGCUCUUAAUUUGUAUGUGCACAUUUCUGUUAAAAUCUGCAUUUUUUUUUGUAAAAUGAAUAUAGUGGACAUACUCUUAGAGCACAGCAAGCUAUAUGCAACCAGUUUGCUUGCUGUUUAUUUGCGAUUUCUGCAAAAUAAUUUUUAGCCAAUUUUGAUGACUGCUAGUAUGCUGGACCGUCAUGCUGUGUGGGUUUUGCACACAAUGCAUUUUUGGGCCAUCAUUCUAGGAUGGCCUUAUGGUGGAAAGUUCACAGUCUGCCUUCCAGUGCUGAAAUACACGCUUGUCACAGGUUUGAACAAUAGUAAAUAAGGUAUUAUUUAUAGUGUGAUUUUAACAAAUCAGAAAAUAUUCAUUUUUCUUUUUGUAAACAGGCCUAUUAAACCUAUGUUUCUAAAUAACAGAGCAUCCAAAUUCCCAGAACAAAUGGGAGAAAAGAAGAGAGCGCUGGGAGCACUCACAGCUUAGAAACAACCAGACACGUCGUAUCAGGCCACGUUCCAUUAGCAAGGAGAAGUGGGUGGAGACGCUAGUUGUGGCUGACCAGAAGAUGGUAGAAUACCAUGGUAGAAAUCACGUGGAAAACUAUGUCUUAACUAUCAUGAAUAUGGUAAGAAAUUAUGAUAUUGUUAACGUUUUUCAUUAUUUUGUCCUGCCAUAUGUCUGUAUUUCCAUACAUCCUUUUUUGUUCUGCUUGCACUUACUCUUUUGAUUCAUUUACUGCAGGUAGCUGGACUUUUUCAUGACGCUAGCAUUGGGAACAGAAUAAACAUUGUCAUUGUACGCCUGAUCCUGCUAGAGAGUGAGGAGGUAACAUGAAGAGACUUCCUACUGACAUGCACCAACCACUGUGGAAGUGGUGCAAGAAAAUAAAGGGAGGUAAACAAGAGAGAGCUUAGAGUAGUUAAUAUAGCAGAGGGGAGGAGGAGAGAAAGCAAAAGACAGAUGUGGGAGUGAGGACAAUAGGGUUAAGAAUGGAAUGUGUGGUUGACUAAAUAAAAUAGUAAUGGGGGACAAAAGCUACGGAUCUGGGAAAUGGUUGAGGGUGAGUGCAAAAGGCUGAAAGAAGUGACUGAGACAGGGUCAUGUUAGACAGAAAAACAUAUUUUCUUAAUGCUAAAGUUCUUGGAAUUUUUAUUCUUUAAGGAGGAAUUGAAAAUCACUCAUCAUGCUGAUAACACUUUGCGUAGCUUCUGUAAGUGGCAGAAGAGCCUAAAUAUGAAGGGCGAGGAGCAUCCGUUACAUCAUGACGUUGCCGUGCUCCUUACCAGGUGACAAACUAGAAAGUAAUCAAUAUGUGGACAAACUAGAAAGUAAUCAAUAUGUGGACAAACUAGAAAGUAAUCAAUAUGUGGAUUCCGUGGAAAUCUACAGUUCUAACUGAUACACUUUUGCAUAUCACAGAUGUUUCUGCACAGGAAUUCCAGUAUAAACAUGAAUAUGGGCCAGCUCAGUCUGAUAUACGCUGAAAACAAAAGUUGUUUGAGAAAACAUUAAGACAAAACAUUCAUUUUAUUUUACCUCCCGGCAUCCAUAAAGGUUCUAGUGGAAGUGAAAUAAAUUCUUCUGGUAUAAAUUUAUGCAAAUGUGAAAAUAUUCAAUAGGUGACAAAACAGGGCCUACAACAUUAUUCAAAACAAUCUUCCAUCAUGUCCAUCACAGAAUCCACAAUGUCUUACAUUACACCAAACCAAAAUGCUGCUUUACAUCAUAUCCCUCUAGUAAAUGAAAAAAUUCAGCACUAUCUGGUAUGUCGCCAUUAUUUACUUUAAUAUUUACUCUCAUAGGGAUGGAAAUUUCUAACUUUGCUUAUAUUUUUCUUGCGAAAAUUAAUAUAUUUGACCCAUACAUGCAUGAUGUUGCAGAAGAGACAUCUGUGCUGCCAUGAAUCGCCCCUGUGAAACCCUUGGACUCUCUCACGUGUCUGGCAUGUGCCAACCACAUCGCAGCUGUAACAUUAACGAGGAUACUGGCCUACCCACCGCAUUCACAGUUACUCAUGAGCUGGGACACAGGUACCAUGUUUUAUGUUACAGAUAAUAUCCAAUCCUCAGUUUAGUAAAUCUUUCAGCACAUAUUGAAUUCCUGUUUAAUAGAAAGUACUGAGAAAUUUAUUUUUAGAUAACUGUUAAAGGGGAGUUAACUGUUACUCCUCAGGCGUUUUUGUACCAGUCUCUCUGUCUAGUCAAUAGAACCUUUUCCUCCAUGUUUUUUUUUGUUAUUUCAGUGCUCUCUUCAUACUCUUUGCCAUAUUUUCCCUUUCUUAUUUUGUUCUUUUACUUUCUCUGCUUAGAGUAUUUUUUUUAAUCUGUAGAAGAGCUGGUAUAUAAUUUGUGAACUUCACUUCAUUCUCAGCUGGACGAGCAUCAUGGAAUACACAGAAUACAAUAGUUACUGAUCCCAAAAUAAGUCAUGAUUGCUCUCUGUCACUUGAUCUCACCUGGCUGAUUUGUGCACUUGUUAUUUUCUAGCUUUGGUGUACAGCAUGAUGGCAGUGGCAAUGAAUGUCAACCAAAAGGAAAGAGACCACACAUCAUGUCACCACAACUUGUAUAUGAUACAGCCCCACUCACCUGGUCUCGCUGUAGCAGAGAUUACAUAACCCGCUUCUUGGAGUAAGAGAUUUACUUUCAUUCUAUUUUAUUUUCUACGUUUAUUAUUUUUAGAUUUACUUUGAUUUUGCAUUAAGUUUUCAACAUUAGGCUUAUACAAUUAAAUGAUAAUCACUUAUUAGACAUUCAGUUUUUACAUACGUUUAUACAAGGUGGAAGUUACUCAACAAGAUGCUAGAAUUAGGAGUGAGAGCUUCGGAUACACAUCAUGUGUGUCGCAUGUAAGCAGUACAUUGAGGUUCAGUGUCUUGCUUACCUAUUUUUCUAAAGGGGCUAAAUAAAUGCUUUCAUAAUCAAGUCCCAUUAACUAUUUUUUUCGUUUUUUUUUAUAUAUGCAUGUUUUCUUACAAUAAAAUUAGAUGUAUACAAUUGUUAGUAACAAUGAGUAAUGAAUGAGACAAAGUCCUAAGUGAGGCAAUCACAAUAAAAUAGUGGAAUUGACUGAAACUACAUAACUUGUGGUGGUCAGCUAGCCAUUGGCUUAGCUGAGCAUCAUGGGGAAUUCAAUUCACAGAAAUCUGUAAUGCAACGUUUAGCAAUUAUUGGCCUAUAUUGUACGUUCUCUGUAUUCACUACAUAAGGCUUACUGUUCAUUUGUAUGUCACUACAAAACACUCCAAGUCCAUCUGCCUAUCUGCAGGAUAUUUCAUGUUGAGUACAAAGAUGGAGUUCCUGGCUAGAAACUGAACAGGAUAUUGUUUCUUUGUGCGGAUUCCCAGCCAAAUCUCCGCUAACUUUAUCUGUCUUUAUUUACAUCAAUAUAAAUCUUACUGAGCAGCCUACGCACCCCUGAACUGACCAAAUAAUCACUGCUCUUUCUGUCCCCCUCACACUGACCUUCCCCCCACUUACUUCCUCUUACAUUUCCAAACAAAAACAAGAUCAGCCACUUCCUGCCACAUCACAACUACAGACUGCUUUGCAAAAUAGUCAUGCAUCUGAUAAAUGUGUUCAGAUAUAAUACAGAUUUCAAAAUAAUCCAUUCUAAGUCUGGGAUACGAUGUUACAUUCUAAUUGUGUCCACUGUUUUGUCAUGAUCUGCAUAUAUUCUUACAGCCGUGGAUGGGGGCUCUGUCUAGAUGAUCCUCCCAGUAAGGAGUUGCUGAAUUUUCCUUCUGUGCCCCCUGGGGUGUUGUAUGAUGUUGGACACCAAUGUCGCCUGCAGUACGGAUCUACUUCCAGUUACUGUCUGGACAUUGAUGUAAGGAACUUACCUAAAAAUAUGCCUUUGUGUACUGUAAAUGUGGUUCUUUUCUAUAAAAGCACAGCACAAUUUUAUAAUAAUGUGUUAAUUGAUGCAAAUUAAAUGCUCUCAAAACACAUAACACUAUUUGAAAGUGAUUCAUUGCUUUUAAUAUUUGCCAUAUUCUAUCCUUGCAGAAUGUUUGUAACACUCUCUGGUGCUCGGUGGGCUCAACAUGUCACUCCAAGCUUGAUGCUGCUGUAGAUGGAACAACCUGCGGGGAAAACAAGGUACUUAGUAAAGGAAUUCACAACUCCAGAAACAUUAUGAAGAAAGAGUAAUACAGUAUAUAGGGGAUAAUUAGGUGGAUAGCCUUUAGGAGUGUCGAAAAAGUAAUUGGAAUGUUGUAGAUUGUAUGGGAAAGUUACACUUCUGCAUAAGCAUAAUCAAUUUUAGCCAUAUUAUAAAGCCUUUGACUACCUGAGUGGGUCACCUAUCUAUGAGCAUGUAGGUUGUAGGAGAGUGGUAGGAUUAAUGCUAUAUCUAGAAUAUUGGGGGUAUAAUACCAUAUCUUAUUUAUUUUUUUUUUUUAAAUGAAUGCUGUUUCUAUAAGCAUGACGAAUGUAACUGGCCCGACAUAACGCGGUCUCUAGGAGUGAUGGGAUUAAAGGUAUGUCUAGGAGCAUAGUGGGACUAACUCAGUUUUUAAGAUCAUAUUGGAAUUAAUGAUGUAUGCAGGAGAAUAAAGAGUGUAACCAGGGGUGGUCUGAGCAGUCGGGCACUUUGAAAAUGGACCGAAGGCCACACCAAGUAAGGAGCCUGUCAUGGGCCAUUACACAUGGGAAUUUGGGAUGGGAAAUGUCAUGGAGUCAAAGAGACCCAACAUGCAGAAUCUGAAUUUAAGGUCUAUCCUAACAGAGACUGGGAGUAUGGGAUAUAUGAGUAUAAUUAGAUAGAUGAAUGUAAUGCUGUGCCUAUAUGUAGACAAAAUAGCAAAUAAGAAGUCAUCAACAAGCUGAAGUGAAGGAGUGCAGAAAUAACAUGAAUAAUAAACCAAGCUGAGUCAAGGAGUUCCCAGAAACAGGAAUAUAAUGCAUAGUCUUCUUUGCAAAAUAGGACGUGGUGUAGCAGCAUAUUGCGUCAUAAUUGUCACAAAAAAAGAUGCGUGGUGCAGGUGGCCACAAAUAGUAAUGUUUAACAUUGCAAACAAAUAGAGAAUAUGAGAACUCUGAGAAUGGGCAAAAACUUAGAGGAACCUCAGUAGCUUGCACUUUGUUUUUUUGCUGACUUGUGCCAUUACAGAGAGAACCUAUAGCAUUUGCAUAUCAGACUGAUCCCACCCAUAAGGGCAAUCCAGAACCGACAAGAGAUACAGAUACUCCGGACGAUCAUUUUGGCCUUCUGUGGGCCUCGUCAGUGAUGUGUAACUGUGUAGCCACUGCACUUCAUUGAGAUGGACUGUAAACCAUAUUUAUGGAUUUAGAAAUGUGGUGGAAGUACAUAGCUAGGAUUACUGUGAAGAUCAUUGUAAAAUUAGUAAGACACUCCUUAUCCAUAUUGUAUGCAGUGGUGUUUUAGUGGAGACUGUGUUCCUGUUGGCCAUCGCCCGACUCCUGUAGAUGGUAUGUGGAGUUCAUGGAGCUCAUGGUCAUCGUGUACGAGAACCUGCGGUGCUGGAAUACAGAGUGCAGAGCGUCAUUGCAGUAAUCCUACGUAAGUCACUUGUUCACCUGUGAUAUCAGUUCACACAAAACACAUUUCACUGAUUUUCAUGAUUUAUAUGCAUUGUAUUUACAAUAUAAUGUGUAAAAUGUAUUACCAUACUUUGUUUUAUUUAUACAUCAAUUAACACUGUAAAGAUAAAGCUUUAGAUGCUUUUCCUUUCAAGUUUGGCAUUUUUACUAUGUCUAUUUUCCAGCUUUCUCAUUUAAUGCAUCAACACAUAUUAUAUACACAUUUUUUCAGUUUUGGCAAUAAUAGUGUGUGCAUAAUUAGUGCAGUUUAAGAAAAGUUAUUCAAAUAAAUGAAUGUAUAUGUCCUGAUUUACAGGGUAUCUAAUAUGUCUAGGAUUUCAGUUUAUUUUGGUAGUACAAGUUCACAAAGUACACAGAGUAAAAUGAUGGAUGACGGGUCAGAGACAUUCCCGUCACAGCUGAAUACGUGUGCACGUGGAUGCUAUGUGGUAAACCAGGGUUAGCUCCACAUCCCUGGCCCCGGUAUUAAAAUUGUGUUUUGUUUCUGAUUUUUAACAUACACACAUAUAACAAGGUUUUUGUGAAGCUACAGUGCCAUUUCAGUUUUUACAAUCAGAAUUUGUAUGUAUUUGAUGUGUCUAUACCACAUUGUGGGGCUUUGUAGCAGUCUGACAGUUCAAAUUACCCCAUAAAUGCAUACCAUUUGAGAAAGUGGACACCACAGGGUACAUCACAUGGUAUGUUUUGAGCCUUAUUAUACAGCCAUUUUAGCACCAAUUUCUUUAGAAGUUUAUGGUAUUCUUGAAUUUUCACCUGUGACAUCAGGUGAUAGCAUGAACUGCUAUGUUUACAAAUGGGUUAAUCCAGCCUCUAGCGGCUGUCUCAUUGACAGCCACUAAAGGCGCUUCCAGGCUUCUCACUGUGAUUUUCACAGUGAGAAAACGCCAGCGUCCAUAGGAAAGCAUUGAGAAUGUUUUCCUAAGGACUGGCUGAGUGCGCGCGCGGCUUUUGACAUGCAUGCGCAUUCAGCCGAUGAUGACCGAAGGAGGAAGAGAGUCCCCAGCACCGAGGGAGCCCGGCGCUGGAGAAAGGUAAGCGAUUAACACCCUUCCUCCCCCUUCAACCCUGGCGGGAGUGGGACCCUGAGGGUGGGGGCACCCUCAGGGCACUAUAUGCCAGGAAAACGAGUUUGUUUUCCUGGCAGUAUAGUGGUCCUUUAAUGUCUUUAACCUAUUUUACUCAGUCAGAAUGGGAUAUGAUUUUGUUGAGUAAGUAAAUAGGAUUGGCUGAUGUGUUCUUGUGCCAUAAGACCAUGGCAAUUGUUUAAAGAAUGUCAUCAAGCCCACAAAGUUGGUAAGAUAUUGACCUGGAGACGGGUGCAUCUUAUUAGGUUCAAUUAUUCUGAUAUAUCUGAUAUUUUGAUUUGUUACAAAUCUUAUUUGACCAGCCGCUACAGUUCAAUAUGGAAGAAGUCUUUACUUUCUGUACCAUCUCAACUUCUUUAUUAUAUCUGGAUUCCAGAAGAAUUACAGUUGGUAUAUUUGAACUGUGAAAUAUCACGAGAGUUUGUGGAAUGUAUUACUUUGCCAAAUAUUAUUCUGAUUUACAUUUGCAUCAUUUUUAAUAAAAUUAUAAUCCCUGCAAAUGCUUCCAAGAUUAUUUCAAGAUUAAUUUUGUGCUCUUCUACGUGAAAGGCAAAGUGUCUUUAAAGAACAGUGACAGUGGCAAUGGCAUAUAUGGCCUUCACUGGCCAGGAAAUGUUAAAAAAAAACAACAACAAAAAAAAACGAAAUGCCAUUCAAUGUCCGUUUGUUUGAGAGAAUUCAAUACACAUAGCUUUUGCAAAAUAUUGUCAUGUUCAAAAAUCAAGGAAAUGUAAGUAGAACACUUACUGAAGUCACAAUUCAGAAAUGCUGAAAAUAUUAGAACUGAUGUCAUCAUUGAUGAAAGUACUGCCUCUGGCUAGACUAUAUGACUGUUUUUAGACACAAUCCCCAGCAGUUGGGACAAAAGAACCGAAUAUUUAGACAAGGAAAGUAUUCAUUACUGGGAAUCCUGAAGCAAUCAAAAAUGGUGGCAGCAAAAACAGAUGUUGGCAGUAGGCUAAUUGCUCGUGCAGCUGGAACAUUUGAUUGAAAAAAACAGAUGUGUUCCUCUAAAAGUUUCCCAAUUUCUUUCAGUUUGGCAAAUAGGGAUCUGUAUGAAGGGAACUAGUACUCCCAAUUAUAGGGAUUUAAGAAGAUCCUUUAUAUUACUGACAGAGAGAAAAGACUCUUCUUUUUACACUAUAGGUACUUAAACCUCUCUAGAGAUAGUGCUUCUGUUUGAAAGGAAGCACGAUGUUUAUGUGUGUGCUGUUCCUUAGGUGGUAGUUGAUGUGCUUUUUGGAAUAAACCUAACAUCCCUUGUGAUUUGUAGAAGCUGAGUAAUUACAUGGGAAGAUGAGAAACCACGAUGGAGGGAGACAAGUACAAGGGAUAUUUGUAUUGACAAGGUUACUAUAUGUUAAUCAUGUUGUAAAUGUUUUUGGCACCUUAAAGAGGUUUUGUUUUAACAUAUUCCUUUUCCAAAUCAUGUGGCAUUUUGUGUUUUACAAUCAAUAAAAUAGCUUGGGAACAAAAUGAGAUUCACCUGUUUAAUUUCACACUACUCACCAUCACUUUCCAUUUUAUUUUUCCAUGCUUGACUCUCUGUCAAAUGGCUGUAGUUUUUAGGGGUCUCUUCUUGGAGGUUUUUAUAUCUUGUCUGGGGCAAACAUAAAUGUAACCCUGUGGGUUUGGUUGCAUUACUUCCACACCUGGAAGUACAUGUAUUUCAGAGUUGCAUUUAUGAUGUUUCAAACAGAGUUAUCCUAUAAAUACUUCCAUGUCAUUCUACCUGUGGUGGCCUCAUGUGCUUAUGACAUUUUUGGUAUAGUGCAUUCAAAUAACUAUUUUAAUAGUUUUUUAGAUGUCACAUGGCUAGAUUUAUUGUUGUUUCAAUGUCCAGUACUCUUGACUUGGAGUCAUACAACAAUGUUACUUUCCAGCUGUCAUGCCGCCUGCCAGAGAGCAGACUGGGACCCGGCGGGCGCAUCUUGUUCUGGCGGCAUUCCCACGUGGUAAUGUUAAUGCCGCCCAUCACUCACCUCAAGCCUCUGACAGGAACUCCUCCCCCUCAUACAGCGUCCGGGUCUGUAAUCAUUAGAGACGCCGGCCGCUGCAGAUUAGAUCCUUUUACGGGUUUGUGAUUAACCCUUAGAGUGCCAUUCCAUUUGGUACGUGUGGGUGAUGUCACACACACACGUUCACUAUCACAUGCUUCCCUGCAGCCAAUCAGGUAGAACCUUAGGCUAUAUAAACCUUUUUUGUCCAUUUCUCUGUGCCCUGUCGUGGUUUCCAUUUUGGUUAUCCGAGAGCGCGUUUCUGAUAUUGAUUCUUGUGUAUUUUGACCUUGGCUUACCUUCUGACUAUCCGAUCUCUGUACUCCUUGACCUUUGGCUUGGCUCCUAACCUCUAUAUUCCUCGACCCAUGGCUUGUUCAUUGUUUCCGUGUUUUCUGCGUUCUUGUCCAUAGCUUGUCUUGUGGUUUUUCCUUUUAUACGUUAAAUCCGGCCGCUCUAAGGCCGGUAAUACGUCUUAGGGUUUUCUUUUAUUUUUACUUAAGUACUGCGUGGGCAUUAGCUUAUCCUGACACCAGCUCCUUGACCGUUGCGAUUUUUUUAGGUUUAAGUUUGUCAUAUUAAAAGCAAUCAGAUUUUCACCUCUGUGUGCAUAUUUGGUAACGUUUUGCAAUAUGCAUUUUUGUCCUUUUCAUGUUUUCCUGUAUUCUGGCACUAAGCUCUUUCCUCUAUUGUUGAUAUGUUGAGAUCUUUCCAGUUCUUCAUAUUUUCUCUGCCUUUCCUUUCCUUCAAACAAUGUGUAAAUUAUUUACUCACCUGUCCUAAGCUCCGUUCCCAGUAUUCCACUCCUUCUUCAAAUGCUACCAGAACAUAUCAGCUUUUACUAACAAGGUGUAUCAAAUGAAUUGGACCAAUCAGGUUAAGCACUUGUGUAGUAGGUCAAUAUUUGCUUCAUGCUGAAAUAUUCAUACAUGGAUAUGGUGACAGUACAUAUGUCUUGGAGAUAUCAUUUCUAAUUUUUGGGGUGGGGGGAACUGUAAGUAAUAGCUCCAAUAUUCAAAGCCUCAAAAGCUUGUUGGGCAGGCCUAAUACGCGGCAGAUCUGGACACAUAGUGUCAGAAUCUGAUACACCUUUGCCCUUAUUGGGGAAUCCUGAACUACAUCUGACGUUUUUUUAAUAAGUUGUCAAACCGGGCAAAUAUUGGAGGGUCAUAAAAUUCACUUUAGUAGUAUAAGCUCCUUCAUUACACUUAGUAGUUGGAUUGGCUGAGAUAUCUGAAGGGAGACUAGUGCUGCCAUCAUUUAUUGGCUGUCAAGAUGUAUGGUUUCAGAGACAUGACGCUGACCAACGUACACCCACUUGCACUACUUAUUUACUGUAGCAGCCUAUAUGCAUACCUUCCAAGUGUCACUAUGUAAGAAAGACAUUCCUUAUUGUAUGGAUAAGUCCCCCUUUUAUAUCCUUAUGUUCCAUAUUUCUAGGGGAUCUUUAUUUUGGAGUGUCUUAUUGUAUAACCGAGCUCCACUGGGUGCUGUAUGUAACUGUAUAAAAGGAAGACAUUGUGCUGUGUGUAUAUGUCUUAUAAGGAAGCAGGGUACUGUAGACUGAUCAGCAACAAUAUAUAUAAUAUUAAACCACCUACCUAAUAUUGUGUGCUAAGAUAGCUCUGAUUGUAUGGAUAAGUCCCCCUUUUAUAUCCUUAUGUUCCAUAUUUCUAGGAGAUCUUUAUUUUGGAGUGUCUUAGUGUAUAACCGAGCUCCACUGCAAUAAAAUUCACAGAAAUGUUUAAAGUGAAAUUUUAACUGUGGUUAGAAAUUAGUUUGUGUAAAUAUUAUAUUUAGGACUUUUUCUAAUUAUAUUUUCAGUUAUAUUCAUUAUAAUUAAUAUAUUUACAUGAUAUUUCCUGAGUAUUCCCGGAAUAGCCCCACCUCUCUAAAAUAAAAGUGGACCUCUUUCCCAUCUGGAAUGUUGGGAAGUAUGACCAAGCAGGAGCUAUGACAUAUGAACAUGUAAUAAUUUUGAUGGAAAAUAUAUCUUAUUAACAGAACAUGGCUCAGACCUUCAUUGAGACCUUUAUUACAUCUGAACCCCUGUCCUAAGUCUGCAUCCUUCUGUGACAGAGUCCAUGUUCCAUAUUUCCCAUAGUCCGUCCUUCUUCAUCUGGGUGUAGGAGACCUUUUAUGUUUCAGGGAAUGCAGAGACUGUUUGUAAGCAGACCCUUAGUAUUUGUGCCAUGUGCUUUCAAGUUGACACUGUACUCUUUUAUGCUAUUAUGGCACAACCUCUUCAAAGCAAAGACUGUGAAAGCUGCCACUAUUUAAGGGAAUUGGGAUUACAAAUGAGCUUCAUUACAUUAAUUGGCAUCAAGGAAUGUGAAUUUGUUUUUUGAUCAACCAUUUGUACAAAAAUGUGCUAUACAGAAAGUAAAUGACAUAAUCUUUAUUUAAUGAUGUGUGUUUAUCAGUAUUAUAUUGCGACAAAGAGUGCUAUAUAGCUCAGCAUUAAAUGGAAACAAAGACUCCUGUGUGUAACUGUAUUAUAUGGGGGCAUAGUGUAGUAGUGUGUAUUUCCGUAUUGUAAAGACGCAGGGUGCUGUGGGUAUGUAUCUGUAUUUAGGAAGGCAGGGUGCUGUAUGUAACUGUAUAAAAGGAAGACAUUGUGCUGUGUGUAUAUGUCUUAUAAGGAAGCAGGGUACUGUAGACUGAUCAGCAACAAUAUAUAUAAUAUUAAACCACCUACCUAAUAUUGUGUGCUAAGAUAGCUCUGAUUGUAUGGAUAAGUCCCCCUUUUAUAUCCUUAUGUUCCAUAUUUCUAGGAGAUCUUUAUUUUGGAGUGUCUUAGUGUAUAACCGAGCUCCACUGCAAUAAAAUUCACAGAAAUGUUUAAAGUGAAAUUUUAACUGUGGUUAGAAAUUAGUUUGUGUAAAUAUUAUAUUUAGGACUUUUUCUAAUUAUAUUUUCAGUUAUAUUCAUUAUAAUUAAUAUAUUUACAUGAUAUUUCCUGAGUAUUCCCGGAAUAGCCCCACCUCUCUAAAAUAAAAGUGGACCUCUUUCCCAUCUGGAAUGUUGGGAAGUAUGACCAAGCAGGAGCUAUGACAUAUGAACAUGUAAUAAUUUUGAUGGAAAAUAUAUCUAAUUAACAGAACAUGGCUCAGACCUUCAUUGAGACCUUUAUUACAUCUGAACCCCUGUCCUAAGUCUGCAUCCUUCUGUGACAGAGUCCAUGUUCCAUAUUUCCCAUAGUCCGUCCUUCUUCAUCUGGGUGUAGGAGACCUUUUAUGUUUCAGGGAAUGCAGAGACUGUUUGUAAGCAGACCCUUAGUAUUUGUGCCAUGUGCUUUCAAGUUGACACUGUACUCUUUUAUGCUAUUAUGGCACAACCUCUUCAAAGCAAAGACUGUGAAAGCUGCCACUAUUUAAGGGAAUUGGGAUUACAAAUGAGCUUCAUUACAUUAAUUGGCAUCAAGGAAUGUGAAUUUGUUUUUUGAUCAACCAUUUGUACAAAAAUGUGCUAUACAGGUAUGCAUCAAGGUAUGGACUCCAAAAGACCACUGAACAUAUUCUGUGGUAUCUGACAUCAAGACAUUAGCAGCAGAUCCUUUAAGCCCUGCAAAUUGCAAGGUGCGGCCUCCGUGGAUCGGGUUUGUUGUUCCAGCACAUCCCACAGAUGCUCAAUUAGAUUGAAAUCUGGGGAAUUUGGAGGCCAAGGCAGUACCUUGAACUGUUUGACAUGUUCCCAUUCCUGAAAAUGUUUGCAGUGUGACAAGGUGCAUUAUCCUGCCAAAAGAGGCCACUGCCAUCAGGAAACACCAUUGCCAUUAAGGUGUGUAAAUGGUCUGCAAAAAUCUCUAGGUAGGUGGCACGUGUCAAAGUAACAUCCACAUGAAUGACAGGAUACUGUUUCUCAUUAGAACAUAGCCCCAGGUAAACAACACACACGCACCCAGCCAUGCACCUGAUCUAAAAGAAAACGUGAUUCUUCAGACCAGGCAACCUUCUUCCAUUGCUUCGUAGUCCAGUUCUUCCACUAAUGUCCCUACUAGAGGCACUUUUACCGGUGGACAGGAAUCAUCAUGGGCACUUUGACUGGUCUGCAGCUACGGAGCUCCAUAAACUGCGAUGCACUGUGUGUUCCGAUAUCUUUCUAUCAUGGCCAGCAUUAAGCUUUUUAGCAAUUUGAGCUACAGUAGCUCUUCUCUGUGAUUGGACCAAUGGGCUAGCCUUCACUCCCUAUAUGCAUCAAUGAGCCUGACAACGGUUCACCGUGAUCUUCCUUACACCACUUUUGGUAGCUACUAACCACUGUAUACUGAUUGCACCCCACAAGACUUGCCGUUUUGGAGAUGCUCUGAUCCAGUUGUCUAGCCAUCACUUAGAUUGUUUUGCUUGCCCAUGUUACUGCUUCCAACUCAUGAAAUUCAAGAAUCGACUGUACACCUGCUGCCUAAUAUGUCCCACCCCUUGACAGGUACCAUUGUAACAAUAUGACCUAUGUUAUUACUUGACCUGUCAGUGGUUUGAAUAUUGUGGCUGAUCAGUCUAUGUAUAUGUAUUAUAAGGAGGCAGGGAGCUAUGCUUAUCUGUCCUAUAAGGCAUUAGAUUUCUGUGUACAUCAGGGAAUGGUGGGUAUAUCAUCCUUACAUGACUUGCAUCCUGGGUACUGUAUACACUAUUACACAGCAUUUUCACCAUUAUAUAUCCCUCAAUACUAAAUAGCAUGUACAUUGUGAGGCUUUGACUCUUAUUUUUGCAGUCCUAGAUACGGAGGUCGAUACUGCCUUGGAGAGAGGAAGAGAUAUCGAUUGUGUAACAUUGUUCCCUGCCCCCGGAAUACUACAUCUUUUCGCCAGCAGCAGUGUUCUCACUUUGACUCUGUUCCUUACAAGGGAAAGCUUUAUCACUGGAGCCCAGUACCAAACAACAGUAGGUUUCAUUCAUUCAUUAAUUCUAUGAAAUCUAUUAUUAAAUGUGUAUCAAUUUCUGGGAGAUAAACAUCUACCUGACCCAAGUCCCAGCUUGCCUUUCAUUUCCUGUUAGAAGAGAGGGACAUGGAAGUGAUACAGCUACAUCUACAGUACAUUUGUGUACCUGCUGCUUUAACACGUGCUUAUCACAGAUGUCCUUUUAGGUGACCUUCAUUGCAUGUACCAAGCAGGAAUGAUUAAACAGGCUUGGUUGAAUUUUAGUUAUUUAUUUAGUUUUUGGCAUAUAGCUAUUUACACAAGACAAUGUACUAGAAUGUACUAGAAUUGUGGCUAUUUAAUCCCAAAUCGGACACCUCUGCUAUGGAGAUAUACUGUUGUAUGUUUGCCAUAAAAGCCUGCUGUGAAGUGUUUUGUUGAAUAUGAACAACUCUUUAAUAGCUUCUCUGUAACUGCAGCAUUGAUAGGCACAUUAGAAAAGGUUGGACGUUGUUUCAUUUAUGAAACAAUAUGAAUGAAAGUAUACUAUAAUAUGUUUAUUUUUUCAGGAAUGAAACUAUUCAUAAAAAAUGAGUACGUUAUUACUUAAUCUAUAAAGCUCUGAUGUGCAGUAUAAAAGAAUUCACAGUGAGGUCAUCUCAUUAAGUGCAUCAUAUUAAAGUAUUAAAGCAAUGAGACAUUAAGCCCUUUGUGGAUGAAGGGACUCAUUUGGAUGUGAAGCAAGAUGUAAAAGACUGUCAUGCUGGAAAGCCCAGUUGGAAUGCAAUUAUUUAGAAGAUUGGGCGUUUCAUAAUGGUUUUCAGCUUCUCCUAGUAGCCAUUACCCAAAAUAAAGAGACAUUAUAGUCACCAAAACAACUUAAGCCUAAUGAAGCAGUUUUGGUGUAUAUCAUGCCCCUGCAGUCUCAUUGCUGAAUUCUCUGCCAUUUAGGGGUUAAAUCAUCUUUGCUUAUGUAGCCCAAGACACACCUCCCUGCAUGUGACUUACACAGACUUCCUAAACACUUCCUGUAAAAGUCAUCUGUUUACACUUCCUAAAUUGCAAAAUUUGUUUAAUUUAGAAUUUCUUAUCUCCUGCUCUGAUAAUAGCUUGCUAGACCCCGCAGGAGCCUCCUGUAUGUAAUUAAAGUUCAAUUUACAAAGCAGGACAUAAAAGCGUUUAAAGUAAAUAACCAUCUGAUUGAAAAUUAAACCAUUUUGUUUUAAUGUAGGCAGUCAGUCACAGCCAGGGGAGGUGUGGCUAGGGCAGAAUAAAAAGAAAAAGAGAGACUUCAGAGGCAUGAUCUAUACAUCAAAACUGCUUCAUUAAGCUAAAGUUGUUUUGGUGACUAUAAUAUACCUUAACAAUAUUAAUACUUUUGCCAUUCUUAAAUAGACCAGUCAGAGGAUAUCAUUGUUCUGUAUGAUGCAAACAGUUGACAAAUUGUUUAGUAGUGUGGUCAUGGGCAUCCGUAGGAAUUUUUCCGGGGGGCGGGGAGAGGGCAUAAUUGUAAUGACAUCCAUGCUUGGCCCCUUUUUGACAGUGUCAUGAAGGGGAGGGGCAUAGUCAUUGUAAUGGAUCACCUGGCACCCCGACUGGGUACCUCCGUUGAAGGAUGCUCCUAGCGCUUCCUGAGGACUCCAAGCACUGCAGCAGACACCACAACCACCGAACCGGAGAAGCAUACGAAUGCUCUCAAGCAUAUGAAUGCUGUAAGCAGCUGAACAGGAAAAGCAUACAAUCAGCUUACACUCCUGGCAAUCAGCAUACAAUCCAAUUCCCCCAAUAACGAGACGACACUUCGUUUUGAGGUCAAGCAGAACUGACUGUACUGGCACAUCCAGCCUCUUUUAUUCACAAUCCACAAACAUAGUACUGCCCACAGGGUUUUGAAAUACAACCAAUCAAUCCGUACAAUACACACAGACACUCCCACACAAAAUCCUCCCCUCUGCCUGUGAUAUGAUUACUGAACACAAUGGUUAAUAUAAUUAUCACAGGCAGAGAAAUACAGUAUUAUAAAACAUAUCACAGGGACCCCAAAACAUGCAAUAACCCCAUAAAAUGUAUCCUCAGAACCGGGGGAUCUGGGUGAACCACAUAUCCAAAAUUCACCCAGAUCCGUUCAGUAGUUUGGAAGAUACAGUUAAAUGCAGAUUCUGCAGAACAUAUACAGGCUAUAUGAAAAAUAAUUACUGUAUAAUGUGUCCCCUGUUAUAUAGUUUAAAACUACUGCACGAUGUCUUUGUGCACCAUAUACCGGCGAGAUACAUGAAAUGGUGGCCACCCAGUAACUCCACAGUAUAUCCCCAGAUGGUUCUUAAAGGGCCAGCAGUAGCAUAAUAAAAUACAAUAUGCCCAAAUCAGUUCCUAGAAGGGCAAUACAUCCCAGGGCCAUAGUCGCAGGGCAGGAGGCUGGCAAACAGGCCCCUCCAAAAACCAUUGGCGAGGUCACUUUCGCCACAGUCAUUAUCACAUAAAGCCAGGGUGAAUAGCGUUUUCACAACUAUGCUGUCAGGAAUACAUGUUUGUAUUCCUGACACUAUAGUGUUUCUUUAAUCAAGUUAAAGGAACAUUCUGGUAACAACUUCAUCUAAAUGAAAAUGCUAUGAUGCCAGGAGGCCCCUGGGUGCUCACUUUACUUUAAGGAGUUAAACCGCUCUCAAAUGGUUUAUCCCCAAAGGCUUCCUCCAUCUCCAGGUCGCUCAGUAGUAGCUUGUGAAACGGAGUGUCAGGAAGUGCAGAUUGAUGUCAGGCAUGGGUGCUGCUGAUUGGCAAGAAUGGUCAGCUAACGCUCUAAGCCAAUCGCUAGUUCCCGGUUCAUAAAACCUCUUUACUUUGUUAUAAAAGGGGGGCUACUGAUUGGCUUAGAGUGCUUUACUUUACUUUCUUCUCCUACUUUACCUUACUGCUCCUUGCUGACCCUUCCUGUAGGCUGCCCCCCAUCCCUCACUUACCUGAUCUGUAGGCUGUCCCACUAUGCCUCACUUACCUGAUCUGUAGGCUGCCCCCCAUGCCUCAGUUACCUGAUCUGUAGGCUUCCUCCACCAUGCCUCACUUGCCUAAUCUGUAAGCUGCCCCCCAUCACUCACUUACCUGAUCAGUAGGCUGCUCCCCAACCCUCACUUACCUGAUCUGUAGGCUGCCCCCAUCCCUCACUUACCUGAUUUGUAGGCUGCCCCCAUCCCUCACUUACCUGAUCUGUAGGCUGUCUCCCCCUAUCCCUCACUUACCUGAUCUGUAGGCUGCGCCCCCCAUCCCCCACUUACUUGAUCUGUAGGCAGCCCCCAUCCCUCCCUUAACUGAUUUGUAUGCUGCCCCCCAUACCUCACUUACCUGAUCUGUAGGCUGUCUCCCCACCAUCCCUCACUUGCCUGAUCUAUAGACCGCCCCCCAUCGCUCACUUACCUGAUCUGUAGGCUGUCUCUGCAGUCUGGGAGUUGCUGGCUGCACUCUGUGCUGCUCCCCUGCGGUUUCAGUCAGGAGAGAGAAGCAGGAAUAAGAUGUAGCUUCCUAUCCCUGCCUCUCUCCACACACAGCGCCACCUACUGGCCUGCGGACGCCCAUGAGUAUGGUCACACUAGCCGCCAGUUAUGAUGUUUUAUUUUCUGGUAGCCUAGACCAGGGUUUCCCAACCCAGUCCUCAAGGCACACCUACCAGUCCAGGAUUUAGGGAUUACCCAGUUGUGUCUAAGGUGUUUUUACAAAGAAGAAAAAAAACUCCUUAGACACAACUGGGUAAUCCCUAAAUCCUGGACUGGUAGGUGUGCCUUGAGGACUGGGUUGGGAAACACUGGCCUUGACUUUUCUAAACUUUAACAGGAGUUAAUCCAAACAUUUGAAAACGUAAUACAAAAACAGUGAUUAAUCUGAACAGGGAUGUUUAUCACAUAUCAUGUAUUUUAUUUUUGAAUUCUGCUGUCUUUGUGAUACCUAGUCAUACUCUUUUCAUAUUGGUUAGUUAAUCCCUGUGAGCUUCACUGCCGGGCCGAUAAAGAGCACUUUGCAGAAAAGCUGUUGGAUGCAGUUAUUGAUGGAACUCCAUGUUACGAGGAUAAUUCCAGAAGGGACAUGUGUAUUAAUGGCAUCUGUAAGGUAUGCUGAAAAAUGUUAUGUCCCUGAUCCUAUGUCGUAAUCUUUUUGUCAAGCAUCCCUACAUAAGUGCGACAGGGUACCGAUAUUCCUGUUAGGAAACCAAUUUCAGAAAUGUGUGCUUUGUUGCAGAACAUUGGAUGUGACUUUGAGAUUGACUCCAACGCAGUUGAGGAUAGGUGUGGAGUAUGCCUGGGAGAUUCAUCUUCUUGUCAUACUGUCCACAAAAUGUUUGAGGACAGUGAUGGUCUUGGUAAGAUUCUGAAUAUAAGGACGUGUGAGAUAAAUAUUAGAUGUAAGAGACCGAGUUCAUGUGACAGUUUGGUGAUUAAACUAUAUGAACUGGUAUCUUAUUCCCUACAGGUUAUGUGGAUAUUGGGCUCAUUCCCCCAGGAGCUCAUGAAAUCCACAUUGAAGAAGUGGCAGAGGCAGAAAACUUCUUAGCAUUGCGCAGCGAAGAUCCAGAGAAGUAUUUUCUGAAUGGAAAGUGGACAAUACAGUGGAAUGGUGAUUACCGAGCAGCAGGAACAACCUUUACCUAUACCCGUACUGGAAAUCUUGAGAACCUAACUGCCCCUGGUCCAACAUAUGAGCCAGUCUGGAUUCAGGUAACAGAAGGAGACAUAUUAAUGAGCAGUUAUUUAUCUGUCUAAAAUGUCAAGUGGAACAUAAAAGGGACACACUGGUCAGCAACACAUCAUAGACGCAUUUCAUAGCUUUUGGUCUGAUAUCCAUGCUGUAUGGUCCUGCACAUUCUAAUCUCCCUGUCUUUGCUUCAGCUUUCUGCCGCAUAAAUCUGUUGCGCUUAGCCUUCCAUCCCCUUUUCACAAAACGACUUUUCAAUUGAAGAUGCUCAGUGUAAUUUAGCCAAUGAAGAAUCAGUGUGAGCUAAUCUGCUGAUAUAACCCUUUGCCACAGCCGAUCACUGUCGUCUUACUAUCUGUAUAAUAUUUCAAAGGUGAAAGGGGCAGAUAAUAAAGGACAGUGACUAGCUGUGGGACGGAGGCAUGCCGACCGUUCACUCACACUGAUAUCUCAUAAAUUACCUCUUCUUCCACCCAGUUAUAUGUAGAUGCACAGACGUCAUUCACAUUCAUAUAACAACCCCUUAACCAACAUGUUUGUAUAGAAAAGUUAAAUGAAAAUAUAGCUGAUCAGUUAGUUUGGUCAUAGCUGCUGUUCCAGGAGAAGAACCCAGGAGUUCGUUAUCAGUAUACCAUCAGAAGAGAUCCAGACAACAGCAAUGAGAUCCAGCCACCUGACUUUUCUUGGAGAUAUGGCUCUUGGACGGAGUGUUCUGCCACCUGUGGCACAGGUAAGACCAAAGUAGUCACUCACACCAUUUAAUGGCGGAAUCUUAAAUUUAUUGUUAUGGGGGGCAUUAACCUAUUCACUGUCAAUAACAUGUACACAUGUUAGAAACAUGCCUUCAUAACCCCAAAUCUCUGGUAUACAGUUGGGACACUCAGAAAUGUAAAUACUUUAUUAUUAACAAAUUCCAAUUGCAAAAUAUUCCCAUAACAUUUAUGGACAGCUCAUUUAAAAGCUGCAAGGGAUGCCAAAGAACUGUGAGCAGCAUCUCCAGCUGCUGUUUGAGCACGGCAGACACAGAGAGAUAGGUAAGUAAAGUUGUAAUUAUUCAUACAUCCAUAGCAAAAAGACAGAGCUCCUGGAGAUCCAGCUGACUAUGUUGCAACUUACACCACGCUUGUAUUGCCUCUCCCUCUGUUUGCUUAUAUAUGUAUCUCCCUUCCCAGUGCUGGGAUCUGUAGUGGCUUUAAACCAAGUGAUCAGGCAGCCUUAUUUAGGGCAGAAAGUGUAAUUUGACUUUGUUUUGGUGUUCGGUAGGAUAUAAGUUGCUUUCAGUAAUUUGUUCAUUUCUUCAAACCACUAUUGAGGCAGAACUGUGAUUAUUGAGGAACACUUUCAAUGUUCCAUGUUAGUGAGAUAUAUCUUUCAGUGUGAUAUAUCCACAGACACCUUCUAAAUUAUUUCAGGCCUAACAUGUCAUGCUCAUCUAUUUUAGGAGUGCAGAGGCAGCUGGUCCACUGUGUGGAGAAAGUGGUUGGUCUUGUGGAAGAGAGAUAUUGUGACUUUCUGACAAGACCAGAUGACAGACAUAGGACUUGUAAUGAAGAGGCUUGCCCUCCAAGGUGAGCUACACCCCAGUUCUUUGCUAACCACACUCAUGCUGCGCUUACAGGUGGAGAACAAACAUAUUGAAGCCAUUUUUAUCCCAGAUCAGAUAAUUUAGCUCUAUCAUCCAAAGAAUUGCAUGCAGACUGCACAUUUGUGGUCUUACUCAUCAAUUCAAAGAAGUGUAUGCUAACCCCCUUACAGAUAUAAAGAGCAGCUUGUGCAAAAUAUUUGUUUAUCUCAUUGUGUAUCUCUUUCUUAAUGUUUGUCCCUCUCAGGUGGUGGGUGGGAGAGUGGCAGCAGUGUUCCAUCACGUGUGGCAUAAAUGGUGUCCAAAAGAGAACAGUCCUAUGUAUCCAAAGAGUUGGGCUAGACGAACAACGUGCAUUACAACCCGUAGACUGUGUGCACCUCCCCAAACCUGAGGCCAGCAUGCCCUGCAAAUACCCCACACUAUGUCGUGCCACUUGGCAUCAGGGUAACUGGAGUGAGGUAAGUGUGGUGAGGCAGAAAAACAAACUACUCACUAAUUAUUUCACAAAGGUGUAUUUACUAAACAUUAAAUUAUAGUUAAUAGAAAAUCAAAUCGACAAAUUUAGGCCAAAAUAGCUGACUUUGAUAUAUUCUCAAACUCGGUCAUUGUCACAGCUCUGCUUUUUUUAGUCCAUAUUCAGCAGUUUGUUUUUCAUUUCAUUCAAUCCAGCUGAUAAUAUUUUUUCUUUCUUUACUUUUUUUGCAUAAACAGAAUAUUCAAAGAUAUAAUUAAUAUGUAUGUAAAUAGGUUGUUGAUCCAAGGAGAAGUCUGAUUGUUAUUAUGGAGUAAAGAAAUUUUUUUAUUUUUUUUUUGUGACAUAAUUAGAAAUGGAUACAACUGGAUUUUUUUCCUUCUUUUGCAUCACCAGAAUGGGUUUCAAGGUGGAACUUGAUAGACUUUAGUCUUAUUUCAACCUAGACAACUAUGUAACUCUGUAACUUGCUGAACAUCAUUACAUAUUUUUACAGUGUUACACAACUCAUACACUGCAUUAUUUCUGUUGUACUGUUUAUAUUAAUAUCUAAACCUCUAUGCAUCAUUACGUUCUAGUGUUCUGUAUCCUGCGGGGAAGGAGUGCAAUAUCGGGAAGUGUAUUGCUCUAAUGAUAUUGAGGGGAAUGACUGUGAUCCCUCUGACCAUCCUGUCAGUAAGCGUGCAUGUGUGCUAUCUUCAUGCCCAUUUGACUCCUUUUCUCGAAUUGAUUGGACUGGUAGCGGAGGAUCCAGCAAGGAAAAUUUCAAUGACAUUUUUCCAGGUCAUCCUCGGACAUUUCCUAAUAACCAGCUUCCCCCAGAAGACAACUCAAUUUCAGAAGGAGAUUUCUCCAGUGUGGGAGAGGGAGGACAAAGGAAAGGAGGACGAGCAUUUGUUGAUGAUUUCUAUUACGACUAUAAUUUUAUCAAUUUCCAUGAAGAUUUAGACUACGAUCCCUUAAAUAACAAUGAUAUAGAUGGAAUUGGAGAUGUAGGGUGGCGGGGAGAAGAACAUCCUACACAAAUUCCUGAGGUUGAGGUUUCUGAAAAACAGGAUGAAGAGCAGAAGAAAGAAAUGAUCCACUUUACAACUACAACUGUAAAACUGGCAACUAAAAAAAUGGAUAUAUCAGUUUAUAGUAAAUAUUUUCAGAUCUCAAACAUACCUAGUAAAAAAACCUCUUCUGUUUCUAAAGAAGAGGACCAAAGUGGAUCCAGCAAAAGGGAUAAUGACAAUAACUUAAAUCAUCAAGUGGAAAAUACAUCUGAUGAGUUACACACAAGUCCACCCAGUAAGGGUAUUCCAAAUACCUCAUUUUAUCAGAAACCACAUGAUCCAUCAGUCAACCUCCCUGAAGAGUCAUUAACCCAUCUCAUUAACAAUCCCUUGCAGGGUGGCACACAAGAACCCACAUAUGUUACUACAGAUUUAUCUAAGGUAGCACAAGAUCUCUCAAAAAAUCCACCAUCGUAUCUCCCAAACCCUACAGAAGUAACCACAUACUCCUCUCAAUAUUCAAACUUUGACCCAUUACCAGUUACAGCACAGGAUAUUUCACAGUAUCCAACAUCCACUCCCUGGCCUGUAAUGGAUCGUUCACAAUUUCCAUUGUAUGGUACAUCAUCAGAUUCGUUACAGGACAUAAUGCAGGAUCCAACCACAUAUCCCUUGAAAGCUCUGAACGUGAAUCCUGCUCCAGGACAUGUACAGAAUGAGCAGCUCUCAUCAAACAACAAUUUGACAAAUCCAAUGCAAAAUAUAUCAAGUGCCUCAGAGGACUUUGUGUUGUUUAACCUAUCUGCUGAUUAUGUUCCCCAUGUUACAUCGAAGACCAUGCCAACUGAAGCCACUUUACCAUGGGAUCCAUCGGUGUCUCAAUUAGGAGAUACCAUGCGCCCUCCCUCCUCUGAAUCAUCAUUUACCAUGGAACCAGAACUUGAUCAUACGGUCUUCACUGCUCUUCAUAUCACAUCUUUACCAUCUACUGAAGCUGCCCUGUUUCCAGUGAACUCUAAUGAUAGUGACAAAAGCGUAUCAUUCGACAUGCUAAAUACUGAAAACUCUAAUGAUGGGAACUCCCUUUUUGUAACUCCUGCACCAUCUGUUGCAAUUCAUACCACUUCUUUAUCAUCCGUGGGCAACAGUUAUCUAUGGAAGGGCUACUGGGAGGUCGGAAACUGGAGUGAGGUAUUUCAAAACUAAUUAUUUCUUCAUUUUAUUGAUGUCCACCAAGUUUAUUAACCAAUAUAACCAAUAUAAAAUGCAAAGUUCAUCUCCCUACAGAACCGAUUGUUUAGUAAUUAAUCAGUAAAUUAGUCUAUUCUUAUUCAGAGUUACUUAUAAGUGUGUGUGUGUGUGUGUAACCAGUAAAUACUGUGUUGAUGCUUUAAGACUGUGUAAAAUAUUGUGUCUCUGCAUUAUAGUGUUCUACAUCUUGUGGUUUGGGUGCAAAGUGGCGUCCAGUUUGGUGUUCAGGAGAUUCAAAUAACACAUGUGAUCCCAGCGCUAAGCCUCCACCUGCUCAUCGCUGCUUUCUGCGACCAUGUGCUUCCUGGUCUGUGGGGACCUGGAGCAAGGUAAUCUUUUCAAUGUAUAGAUGAAAGUAUGUGAUAAGUGAGAAAAAAAAUGAUUGGUUUCUCACUUUCAUAACUAAAUAUUGCUGGGGAUCCUCACUCCUGUUUGUUUUAAAAAUCUAUCCUGUUCCUGUUACAAUAAUUCUUUAAUUGGUUAAAUGUUCUGCUGUUAGCAAUUUCAUCAAGGCCAAAAUAAUCUAGCCUGUAACCAUGUGAUGCAGUGGAGAGAGCACUGAUUGUUUGAAAGAGUUUGUUGCCAUAGAAGCAGAAAGUGCUUUUUUUUUGUAUUUGACAGAGCAAAGAAGCAAAGCAAAAAUUGGUGUGUUUAUAGAUGUUGAGGAAACAAUAGAUUGACGGAUCUACUUUAUUUGUGCAGAAAAAGCACUUUGAAUGCAGUUUAAUACUAAAACAUUUUAAGAACUAAACCCUGUCCUUUUCGAUGCAAUUUAUCAGCGUAAUUUGAGUCUGUUCCUUCAGCAGUUAUACGCUUUAUCCAACAGUCUUUUUUUAAAGUUGUUUGUGAUUCCAGGUGCAGUCAUAUUUUAUGGCAAUGAAACUACACCUUCCAAAAGUCAGCUUAUGCAAUUGUUAGUUGUAAAAUCUCAAUUGAUACUAUUCUUAAUUGAUUGACAAUUGAUUUAAUAUACAAAGUAUGAUAUGCUAAAUAAAUAUAUUAUGCAAAUACCAAUUAAAGGUAAACUCCAAGGUGGAGUUAAAUAUACCUCUUACUAAUUUAUUUAAUGUUUUAUGAGUAUACUCACUUAUCAAUUAUGCUUGCUUAAAGGAAUACUAUAGGCACAAAACCAACUUUAGCAUAAUGAAGCAGUUGUGGUGUAUAGAACAUGCACCUGCAGUCUCACUGCUCAAUUCUCUGCCAUUUAGGAGUUAAAUCACUUUGUUUAUACAGCCCUAGUCAUACCUCCUUGCAUAUGACUUACACAGCUGUCCUAAACACUUUCUGAAAAGGAACUUAGAUAUUCUAUGUUCCUUUACUGCAUAUUCUGUUUAAUCCCUUAAGGACACAACUUCUGGAAUAAAAGGGAAUUAUGACGGAAUAUUUCCGUCAUGUGUCCUUAAGGGGGUAAUCUAGAAUUUCUUAUCUUUUGCACUGUUAAUAGCCUCUUAUAACCUGCAGGAGCCUCCUGUGUGUGAUUAAAUUUCAAUUUACAGAGCAUGAGAUACAAACUUCUUAAGCAAGUUAACACCUGAAUGAAAUGAAACCAUUUUUUCAUGCAGGCUGUGUCAGUCACAGUCAGGGCAGGUGUUGCUAGGGCUGCAUAAACAGAAACAAAAGUGAUGUAACUCUUAAAUGGCAGAGAAUUGAGCAGUGAGACUAUAGGGGCAUGAUCUGUACACCAAAACUGCUACAUUAAGGUAAAGUUGCUUUAUUUCCUGUAGUGUCCAUUCAAUACAUUUCUGCAGCUUUUGUUAGGGCUAGGAAAGAACUGAAAUUUUUAAGUCAAUUCUGGACUCCACAUUAUUUUAAAUUUUCGUUUUGUGUCUGAUAGUAAUGAGACAUCAUUUAAACUAUUCCACAAACUAAUAGAAGCCACGUGGCUCUCUAUAAGACAACAUGUCAGUUAGACUUUGUACAAUGUGUGCUUGCCCUGCACAAUGUUGUAGAAGGUGGUGGGCAUAUAACUGCUGAAAGAUUAGAAAAUCUCUGCAGCUAUAAUGCAUUUAAGAAGAUUGCGCUCCUUGCACCACAAUAUAUGUAAGGAACAAAGAUGGUUAUGGUAUUUGGAGUGUGCUUCUAUAAUGUCAAUACAAGUGGAACAAAGAAGAGUUGGGGUACACCUGGAACAUGCAAUUAUUUAUCUGCAGUGGUGCUGCCUUAAAGGCCAAAAGUUAUACAAAAUACAGAUUAAGGAACAGCACCCGCAAAAAUACAGUUUUACAUUUUAGAAGGCUACUUAAAAUCUCAUAUCUCAGCAAACAAAUAUGGGGAUUCAGUUCUGCCAUAUGGACAUAUUGUGUUAAAGACACCACUAUGUUCCAGGAGUGCCCAAAAUUCCCUUUUUUGUGUAUAUGUGGAGUUCAGACUUUUUGGGUUGAGUACCCCACUCCAACCCUCUACCUCCUUCAGAUGCCGCUCUGAAGAUGACCACAUGAAAGUACAAAUUUGAGGAGGUUUUAGAUAGCAAUAUCACUUUAACAAUAUUUAUUUACUAUAAAGCAGAGUUACAACAAUGCAUUGUUAAUAUGUACUUAAAAGCACUGUCACUUUUAUUAUUUAGUAAUGGCACUUUAUUUUUCGAAUGGUAUUUUCUCACAUUUUGAGUGACAUAUAUUAACAGUGCACUUACAAUGGAUUAAUUUAAUGCACUUUAAUUUUAUAUUCAUUUAGCACAUCACUUUUUAAGUGAUUGUCUUUCAUGUUAAGAUUAAUGUAGGACUCACCAAUAUUGUGGUACUGUGACAUGGUGGUGGCCUUAACACAAUAUGACCAUAUGGUGGAACUGAAACCCUGUAUUUGUGUGCUGAGAUAGCUGAUUUUAAGUAGCCUUGUAAAAUGUACUGUAUUUUUGUGUGCACUGUUCCUUAAUCUGUAUUUAAUACUAGAAUAUGCACUAGUAUAUUUAUUAGUUGUGUUGCUCCUUACAGUGCUCCCAUAACUGUGGAACUGGGGUAAAGAUGAGAGAUGUUCACUGUGUAAAUAUUCGGGACAAGAGGAUUUUGCGUCCAUUUCACUGUCAAACUGUUGCCUCCAAGCCACGUGCUCAGAUACCUUGCAAAGAACAUCAGUGCAUGGAGUGGAACGUUUCAUCCUGGAGUGAGGUAGGAAUAUGAAAUCAUGUCGACUCCAUAAAAAAAAUACUGUGUUUUAUAUGUGAAUUGAAGAAACAACAAAUUGAUCUACGUUAUUAGCCUUGGUAAACAUUUGCUUUAUUUAAUUAAUAUUGCCAGCGAUUUGACUACUGCGUAGUAUAGUGUUAAUGAUGUGUUAUUCUCCACAAAGUGACACCAUGUCAAAAUUGAAUAUAUGAAAGUAUAUUUAUUCUCCACUCCAUUUAUUGAAUUAAUACUGAUCAUACUGCAAUCAACUCAAAGAGAAUCCUACAAUAUAUUAUCCAUUAUAUAUAUUCAGACCCACAUAGACAUUCCACAAUAAAGUAAAAAGAUGCAGAGAUUAUCCUAUACAAUCUCCCUGUUACAAUAAAACAUUUUUGAUGCAUUACCUUAUGAAUUAAACAUUUCAAACGUACUCAUCUUACGCUUUGUAGCACAUUGUGGAAGGAAGAGCUUGUUACUGUGGAAUUGAAGAAAGGGAAAGAGGGAGGGAAAAAAAAGUGUGGUUGUAGGGCAGGGGAUGGGGGAAGGUUGGAACAUCAUGUCACAACUACAGCCCUCGUAAAGCAUCAAUACGCGUUAGCGCAAGUUUAUUCUCACUACAUUCCCCCCCAACACCUAUAUUAAUUAUUUGGGCUAGCUGUUCCAUCUUUCCUCAGUUCUUUUAGAAAUAUAGUCAAGCCAUAGAAACCACAAACUAGAAUGUUUGUUUUGUGAAUCCCGGCAACAAGAACAGCAAAGCUUCAGAUCCUUGAUAUGUUCUUAGUUGUUGAUAGUAAAAGUUAGGUACAGCUUAUUGAAUGUUGCAGUGGUCGGUGAUAGUACAUGAAAAUGGAAAUUCACUGUUCCUAUUUUUAUUGAUCAGACUGUAUAAUAUUGUGUCAUGUCCACACAGUGCUCAGAGGAGUGUGGCGAGGGGACUCAGGAGAGAGAGGUAUCAUGUCCGGAGUCUGGAAGCUGCAAUGAAAAUCUGAAGCCUGGCUCCAGACGCACAUGUAAUGAUCAUCCAUGUACCACCUGGACUGUGGCUCCAUGGAGCCGGGUGAGUGAAAGCAUUGGCACACAUCUCCACAAUGUUUCCUACUAUAGAGGAGAGGCUGCAAAACAUUGCUUUACUGACAAUUCCUGACUGCACUAGUCAGGUCCAUAGGGAGGAUCUAUUAACUAGUUUCCUGCUCGAGUGACUAUAUGGGCCCCUCACCCCGCUCACAUCCCCUUUCUAUCUCUCCUAUCUCUAUGCUGCCCUCACGCUUGGCUGUAUGCAGUGCACAGCGUUGUGUGGUGGUGGCAUCCAGGAACGGCAGGUAAAAUGUCUGAACACAAGGACAAGACUGACAGAGGAAGAUAGCAGCCUAUGCGACCACCUGCCGCGGCCUGAUAACACCCAGAAAUGUAAUCUUCAGGAAUGUCCGCUUCCUCAAAGUAAGUGAAUGCAAGUGCUUGUCUGGCUCAUAUAAAUAUCUCUACAAACCUUUCCCUCAACUGUAUUUCACCUACUCUUAGUACACAAAAAUGCUUGCUGCCUUUUACCUAUAAAUUCCAUGCAGUACAUGAAAGACUAAUUAAUAAAAUGUUUUAAAGUGAUUGUGGCAGAGAGGCUAUGGUUCACAAUACAGAAUACAAACUGUAGUGCCAGUACAAAGGCACGUAGGAAGAGCCAAAACGUAGAAAGGCAAAUGGGUGGAGUCAAUACGGAGACGCAUGAUUGAAGGAAUAUAAGUACGUUAAUGGGGGAGAAAAGCUAGUAAGUGAAUGUGGAAAUAGCCAAUAAAUAUAAGGUUGGUGGCAGAAGCCAAUGAGGUGCACAUGUGGGAGGAGUCAAGUACAGGUGGGAGGAACAUAUAUGUUUCAAUGCAAAUGGAUUGAACCAAUCAGUAUAUUGGCAGUAGGAAAAUUAGUAACUACAAAGAAAGGUGAUAGGUGGUAAGAAAUAGGAGGAAAAACACCAAAGUUUAAUUGAGGCCAAGAUACCAAGGGGCCACACUCACACUUAUUGGAGGGGAUUUUGUAAAGAUGACAUAACUAUCCAUCUAUUGAUUAGAGAUAUAGUUCCAAAUUUAAUGUUAGAGAAGAAUUGAGAAGAUAAUGAUGAAGAGAUGCAAACCAACCAAAAUGCUGACAGAAAGGUGUAUACACUGGUGUAAUAGUACUAAUUUAUAUACAGGCAUAGAGACACUCUAGAACUUAGUUGGCACACCCAGGGCCAUAAUUACAAGAAGAUUACAACCACUCUCAUAGGCUAAUAAUUGUAAUAAUAGCAGGACAAACAGGGGGAAAGCGUAUACUGCACACUGGUAGAUCUGGGGUGGGGGAUCUAAUGUCCCCUGUUAGUCCCCACCUAUGGGUAGCAAUCCUUGUGAGAUUGCCAUAGGGAUAACAAAAAGGAGCUGUCUACUAAACAGCUCCCUAAUUUUUUACCCUUAAAUUUGGCAGUCCCACAAAGAUACCAGUUUAGGGAGUUAUCUACUAAAUGGCUGCAAAAUGCAGCUGUGGCAAGGAUCAGACUUUCAUUCAUGCAGGAACGACUGAAAUUUGGACAGAAAAAGUCUAGUACUCAUAGCAAAGGUUAUCGCAAGUUAACAUGAACACUGAUGGAAAGCAGAGAACAACAAUCUAGCAUUGGAGAAUAGCUAGCUGGCUUAUGUGCGUAACAUGAUGUGGCACAAAGCAUUCUAGAAUUAUUUGAAAUGGACAUGAAAGGCAACAAGGCAGUCAUUGUGCUGAUAAAUAUAUAAAAAGGGCAUGGUGUUAUCUACAAUUGUAUUCAACAAUUUAAUCAUCAGUAACUUUCCAUUAAAAUGCACAGUGAUUGAUAUGCUUUUAGAAUUCUGCUCCCAUAUACUAUUAGUGAGAUAUUUGGGAAUCCAAGCAUAGCUCAUCUGUGAUUCAAUUGAUCUGCAAAUCCGUUCAUCUGGAGUCUUCAAGUUGUCCAUCCCUGGACAAAAGAACAGAAAUGGGCAGGAUCAGCACUACAAUGAAAGCACUGUUUACCAGCUCCACUGGGAUUGGGCUAUGCAAUUGCAUACCAUAGUGAAAAAUAUUGGGAGUGGUCCGUAGCUCCAGCCUGCACGUGCCUGCUCUGUGUUCCUUGAUUCUUCAGAUCUCACAGCUGUAAUAGCCCUUCUACUCCAUGCUAAGCAAAAAACAUUCAUGGGUUUAUUCAGCUGAGUUUGAUACUUCUUUCCAACUCAACUAUUUGGAUAUAAAGUUUGCAAUACUGUUCUGCACUAUCUAAGCACCAAAACCACUACAACUUAAAGGGACACUAUAGGCACCCAGAUCACUUCAUGUCUUUGAAGGUAGUCUGGGUACAGUGUCCCUGGCCUUUUAACCCUGCAGUGUAAAACAAUGCCGUUUUUGAGAGUUUUGAGAAACAUAAUGACAGCCACUAACUGCACUCCUUCAGCACUGACAGAGUAAAACUUGGUCACGCAACGCAGAAUCUCCCAUAGGAAAGCAUUGAUUAAAUGCUUUCCUAUGAGGUAGUUGGAAUGCACUCACUGCUCAUACUCAUCAUAGCCAUUAAAUAAUGAUAUUAGAGAAAACGCAGUGGCUACCAGAUGCUGAAUUAAAGUUGUGUUUAAAGGCUCUUUUUCUGCAUUCUUAAAUGUAAAUGGACAGAGGGAUUAUACUCUAACACAAUAAAGGAACACAAUAAGGUUAAAAAAUAAAUGUAUUUUUAACCUUAGAAUGUUAAUUCAAGUGAAUAAAUCCUUACAUUAACAGUACUUUACAGUGAAUAUAAAUCCUGGUAACUCCCAGAUUUCCAGUAUUAGACACCACUGUUAGUUUUGGCUUCUGUCCAAACAUCUUUUGCCCUUAAAUUCGAUCUCCAACUUUUUUCUCAUUCAUAGUCAGUGAAUUUAUUCUUAUUUAAACCUUCUUUGUUCUAUUUGAUGCAAUAUAAUUUCUGUCUAGUCAUAUGGUGCACUGUACAAAACUGAAUCAAAGUACUUAUCGGAGUUUGGCAAUUUCUUCAACUAAUCCUUCAAAAUAUAAUCUCGGUUUACUUUAUCACUAAUCUGUCAGAUAUAAAUAUUAAGGUAUGGUAUGUUUCAUUAAUUUGAAUGGUGAACUGCAACAGAAUUAUAUUUUUUUUACUAUAAUAUAGCUCAGUUGGAGAAAUUUUCUAAAUGUUGACUUAAAUGACGCAUCUUGGUUUCUCAGUUCAUCACAAUUCACUCAUUAGUCUAUAAAUCCUGAAUCCUGUACACUGAUCUAUGCAGUAGUAACUACAAAUCACAUGCAUAAUGUCUUACCCCUCUCUCCCCCUCUCCAUCCUCCCAGUCUUUCAAACUUAAUGACUUUUCAACCUCCUGUAGUUCAAUAUCCCCUUGUCAUUUAACUCCCUCUUAUUUAUUAUUAAUUGCCUCCCAUCAACCAAUGUCUUAUCUAGUCUCGGAUCCCACAUCAUCUUUCAAGUAAGCCCAGUUCAUUUUCUCAACUCUUUUGUAUAUACAACCCUUCUCACUCUUAUUAAAUAUUUCUGCUGCCCCCUUUCUCAGGGAUGGACUAGCUUCUCAAACAGGAAAUGUGAGUCUAAGCCAGCAGUCCUCUAACUCUUGUGUAGUGCACAGUAUUAUGAUGUCACAGCGAUAUACUCCAUGUUACUUGUGUAUACUCAGCUUGCCAAGUUGUUAACCCCUUAAGGACACAUGACAUGUGUGACAUGUCAUGAUUCCCUUUUAUUCCAGAAGUUUGGUCCUUAAGGGGUUAAUUGCACCUGUUGUGUCUAUUUUGACUUGGUAUCUAGUCAAGAGCUUAAAAUUACAUGUAUACAAUGUGCUAGCCAAAUUGCAAGUAAAUAUAUAGGUAACCUACAUAACUCUAUAAAGCAAAACAUAUAUAUAUAUAUAUAUAUAUAUAUAUAUAAUCACUACCUACAGACUCCCAGAUUUCCAUAUAUAUAUGUUUUACUCCAUAGACCUGCAAACUGUAUUUCGCUCACUGAACAAGUUUUAGACAGGCAUCAAGGUUGCAUAGUUGGUGAUCCAGGGCUGGAAAUCUUUCACUUACAUUCUCGUCUUCAGUUGCUCAUGGGUAUGUUCCCUGAACAAUAAGCUGUGGUGAAUUGACAACAGAGUUACAAAAUAUCUAAUAUGGAUGAAUUGCCCUUUUUUCAAAGUCUGCUAUUUUAACUAUUAGUUUGAAAUCCAGUUUUAAUUGUCUCACUUAGGGGUUUAUUCACUAAACAUCAAUAAACUCAGAUUGAAUUCCUUCACGUUUUCCUGGUUAUCUUUCACUGCUGACAAGUAUGAACCUGAAUGUUUAGAAUAGGCCAAUCGAAGUUCUUGGUAAAUCCACUACCACCCUGUCAGUUACAGUUAUUCACAGCCAGUUUAUAUAUGAGCUUUUUGUACAUUAACUCUGAGAAUCUGGGAUAACAGUUUGGGAUUCAGGUUACAAAACACCCCCUUACUGGUCUCAAGAUAUAAACAGAAAUAUACAAUUCAUUGCCCUUCUCAUUAAAGAAGAACUCACCUUAGAAAUAAAGAUACAUUCUAAUAGCUAACUAAGGGAGAAUAUUCUCAUUUUUGACAAUUAUUUGCUGCCAAUAGUCCGUUAAUUUUGAAGUGAUAACAAUCUGUACUUUUCAAUCCUUUUCUGCAACACUUAUAAGUUUGGUGAAAAGGGGCUCUCAAAAGUGCCCUGGGUUUGAGUAUUUACGGUCAGAUGGUGCCAGGGAACUUCUGGCACUAUUGUCAUUACAACAAGCUGCAAUGUUUAUAGUGCUUCAUUAACCUCAUAAUAGGCAGAGUUUUAAGCCAAUGUGUGUCAGUAAACAAAUUGUGAGUUUUCAAUUGUAAUCAUUUUAAAACUUUGUGAUUUCAACAAAAGUGAUAAACCAUUAAAAACAAUGCUGAAUUUUAAUGUACCCCUAAUUUUCUCUAAUGUGUGUGCUUUUUCAUUUUUUUUAUUUAUUAACACUAAUAAAGCAAGCCCUAUAAUGUAGCAUUGCAAGUACACACACUGCCUACAGGUGCUCGUGAUAUAAAUCUGGCACAAAUAUAAUUGUACUGGGCAUCUCAGCAAAAUGGCCACAGGUAUCACUUACUUGUUUGUUUAUAUGUCAAUUUUCGCACACUUCACCCUAGUAAGCUAUUAUUUAUUUAUUUUUAUUUAUUUUUUUACAAUCUUUAUUUUCACAUUUUAUAAAUACACAAAAAAAAUAAAAUAAAGGGAUACAAGCAAAAUUAAAAAUCUUGACUAGUUUUACAAGUGACAAUCCUGCUGGACAACACUGACUAUAUUUCAAAUAAAAACUAGAAUACCAACUUAAAAGUUAAUUCAAAAAGUAUUGAUAGGAACAUUGUAUAAAUUAGAGAAAGUUUGACCAUCCUGGUCUGACCUACCCACUUAUCCCUAAUAUUCACAAACAAAAAGAUGACAGAUACUAUUAAAGAACAUCCUACUGCCCAUAAAACUAUUUGGAAUCAUCAUUUAUGUAUGAAUGCUGCCAUAUGUAGUGUCAUGCAUUGACAUAAUUCUAUUAAAGUUUUUUAAAAAGAGAUAAAAGUUGUUUAUGCACACACAAGGAAAUGUCCUAAGUAAGAUAUCCUGUCUAAUACGAAUCCAUCUCUCAUUUAAUAUAUAGUGGCUUGUGGUUAGCGAUGGUGCAGUAUGAGAGACAGUUUAAUCCUAACUUGUCUGCACUUGGUUCUACCUUUAACUAAGCCAACUGUAUUAAAACAAAAAUUCCAAUUAUGACAUGUUGACCAACAUUAAUGCCAUCUUGGCUGCCAAACCAGCCAGGAACAGAUUCUUUGGUACAUGUACCAUACAGAAGCAAUGCACUCUAUUUGACAGAAAAGGUUAUUACUUAACUCUGUAUAGGCUGGGCAUAUGCCUAAAAUACAGAAAUUAUAAAAAAAAUAUAUCCAGAAAAACGAGGGAUUUAAAUAAGUUACUCAUUUUUUCAACUGUAUAUAACUGCUUUCUAAGAUCGAGCAUUCUAAAUAGUAUUCCUUAGUGUUAGUGACUCAUCCAAGUACAUAGAGAUGGGAUAAGCACUCUAUGGAAACGGCACUGACCAAAGUAUCCAAUGAUCUACUUUCUGCAAAAUCUCGUGGUCAUUACUCUAUCCUAAUUCUCCUUGACCUUUCUGCAGCUUUUGACACUGUUGAUCAUCAACAGCUUCUUCUCAUCCUCCGCAAUAUCGGUCUACAAGAUCUUGGUCUCUCCUGGUGCUCCUCCUACCUCUCCCAUCGCUCUUUCAGUGUUUCUUUCUCUGGCUCUGCUACUUCUCCCCAACUCCUCUCUGUUGGUGUCUCCCAAGGUACAGUCCUUGGUCCCCCUCCAUCUAUACUGCCUCCCUUGGUAAACUCAUUAGCUCCUUUGACUUCCAAUAUAAUUUCUAUGCGCAUGACACACAAAUCUGUCCUCUCCUGAUCUCUCCCCGUCCCUCUUGACUAGUGUCUCUGACCUCUCUGCUAUUUCUAACUGGAUGGCUGCCCACUUCCUUAAACGCAGCUUGACCAAAACUGAAAUUCUGGUCUUUCCUCCCUCAAGUGUUGCUACUCCUGUGUCUGUCUCCCUCCAAGCCGACGGUGCUACCAUCAGCUCCACCACACAGGCUCGCUGCCUUGGAGUUCUCUUUUACUCUGGCCUCUCCUUCACACCUCAUCCUUUACAUUUAGUAGGGAAUCAGGCUGGAAAGUGUAACCAAAAAUCCAGACAUUUACAGAGUACCCACAAGUGCAAUAUACAAAAAAGUAGAACUUUGCCAAGCUAGUAAAACUUCCUCCCAGUUACUGUGGAAUUAAAGGAACACUUCAACAAAAAAAAAAUAAUAACAAUUUACCAGAGACAAAGAUCCAAAGAAAAUAUUCUUGUACCGGUAAUUAACUUUACAUGUUUUCUUUGGGGAUAUAUGGUAUUUUGACUUUGCAGUAACUGCAUAUAUAGUACCUGAAGCUACUGCAAGCCCUCUCCUUCUUCCCCAGCAUAGCCUUUAUGUGACCGUCCAAUCAUAGACUUCUCAAUUGAGAAGUCUUUGCAUUACCUGCUGUCAUUUUGGGAGGUGUGACAAGGUUCAUUGAUAAACGUACGAUUUCUAUUGAAAAUGGAACUUCACGUAGGGUUGUUGAAUGAGGCUAAACAAAUUUGUGGUUCCGUAGUCUGCUUCAUAAGGUCACUUUAUGGGUAAUCCUCUGUAUUGAAGUGCUUUAUGUGUUUGAGGUGUUCCUUUUGUAUAGUUAAAUGACUACCCGUCCUAACAUAGCAGUAUGAUUACUGGAUGAGUUGAGGUUUGCGUUGGACUCCUACAUCACUUCUUCCAUCUUUGUGAUUACACGUGUCUGAGCUUGCAUGAUAUGUAUUGCUCUGGCAAUAUAUCUUUUAAACAGUAGUGGACUUUUACUUUCUGGCUUCCGAUUCGGAAUUCAAUGAUUAAGGCAGAAGACUAAGGCUCAGCGGAAAUUCUCUAUUUAACACAAUUUUAAUCUCAACAGUGAUAUUCUUCAGUGAUAUUCAUCCUGCCGCUUCCAUCUCAAAAACAUUGCGCGCAUCCGACCUUACUUAACGCCAGAUGUGACUAAGGUGCUGGUCUAUUCCACUGUCUUUUCUCUACUUGACUACUGUAAUCUGCUUCUCAGUGGUCUUACGUGCUCCCAACUAGCGUUGUUACAGGCCAUAAGGAAUGCGGCGGCGAGACUCAUCUUCCUGUCCGCCCGCACCUCCCAUGCCUUACCUUUAUGUCAGUCCCUACAUUGGCUUCCUGUAAGAUAUAGGGCUCAAUUUAAAAUUCUGGUUCUCGCUUUCAAAUCUCUAGAUAAUGCUGCCCCCACUUAUCUAUUCUCCCUAAAACUCAAGUAUGUCCUGUUUAGGCCCUUACGCUCUGCUGAAGACUUACGUCUAUCUUCUGUCCGUACUCCCACCUCUGAUGCUCGCCUUCAAGACUUCUCGAGGGCUGCACCGUUCCUGUGGAACUCACUUCCCUCCUCUGUUAGAUGCUCACCCAGUCUCCACUCCUUCAAAAAAUCAUUAAAAACCCACUUCUUUUUAAAAGCGUAUCAAUUAAACUGGUAAUAGCUUCCGACUGAUUCCUCUCUUGCAACUGUCAUUAGUCUAAUACUAUCCUUACCUUUUGUGUCACUUUACCCCACUCCAUCUAGCAUGUAAGCUCAUUGAGCAGGGCCCUCAACCCCUCUGUUCCUGUGUGUCCAACUUGUCACAACUACAUGUUUGUUCGUCCACCCAGUGUAAAGCGCUGCGGAAUUUGUUUGUUGGUGCUAUAUAAAUAAUAACAUAAUAAUAAUAAUAAAGGGGGUGCAGUGAAUCAGGUGCCUUAGCUCACCAGGCAGCAACUAAGUAAAUAAAAAGUGUUGUCCGUUGUCCCCUGCAACCCGUGACUUCCGUUUUAUUAAUCUGUUCACAUACUUCAGCCAGUUGCAUUCCCUCAUCCAUACACUUAUGCAAUUCCACACCCCCAUUAACUCCCAUUCAUUCAGUCAUACUCCUACCCACCCAGUCACAUACCAAAUAACCUACCCACAAUCACCUACAAAGGUACCUAAUAAAAUCCUGCAGCCUGGCACCAUUCAUUUUUGGCACACCCCUGCGAGUAGAUAAGACUGGAAGCUGCUCAGAAAACACUUGGCUAUCACCUUGUGAUAGAAUAAUUUUUACAGUUCUCAGCUUUUUAUUAUUAUUAUUAUUAUUGCCAUUUAUAUAGCACCAACAGAUUCUGUAGCGUUUUACAAUAGUAUAAGAGGGGGGAUUUAACUAUAAAUUGGACAAUUACAAGAAAACUUACAGGAACGAUAGGUUGAACGGACCCUGCUCAAACGAGCUUACAGUGUUUAAAACAUUGAUUUUGUCCAACUGCUGAACUGAGCAAGUGUUUCACAAGGUCGUGGUAAGAUCCAUUCAGAUGCCUGUGGCUACUUUUGGUGUUGUUUCAGACAUAUGUGGCAAAGUUAUCAGAUGAGGUAUCAUCAAUUAUGAACCCAGGCACUACUGAUAAAACAUUCGGAGCACAUACCGAAUGCAUGCAUAGAUGUCUCCAGAUUCAAUUUGAUCAUUGAACCUUUGAUAUUAUGUAAAUGUAAGACGAUAUACUUUCACACGGAUGCAAUGCAUAUUGUUUACAAUUAUUGAAUAAGCAAAGUGUUACAUGAUUUAAUGCACAUUAAGUUUUCGUAUAACUAUAUUUCAUAUAUUGGCAUCAAUGGCAUGAAUUGGGCUAUUAUAAAAUGACAUAAUCAGAAAUGUUUCUCAUCUCUUUUUUAAUCAAUAACCAGUAGAAUCAGCACUUUUCAGUCAUGUGUCACUAAUGUCAACUUUUCAGUUAACAAACUCACCCAAAUUAAUAACAUUUCCUAUGAAAUAUCUCUACUGAAACUGAAAUAUUAGUGAAGUGCAUGGCUAUUUCAGAAUACCACGUAAGCUAAAAGAACACUCCAUUUUAUUUUUAUUAACAAUUUAGUAGAUACACCCCACAAGACAACAUGCAUUUAUUAUUUAUUAUUGUCUGCAUGUUUUCAUUGGGUUUAUAAAAAAAAAAAAAAAAAGAAACAGCUUGCAAAAGAUGCAGACCUACUAUCUGCAGCCUUUGCAAUCACUCACCCUAAAAUCAGCAAAGGUUUGAGAAGAAUUCAAACAUUUUUACCAAGAUGGAUACAUCUGUGAUUUUUAUAUAUUUUUUUUUUCUAAUCUGUCUUGGGAUAUAGAUGUUGUUAUUGUUACUAUAUUAAAUGGAAACCUUUGAUGUGUUUUUAAAGAGACUUGAGGCACAGGAAGUAUAUCCGGUUUCUUUCACACACUUGAGACACAAAACCUUUAAUUUCCUGGAUAUUCUUCUACUACGGAGAUAUUCAGAAAUUGUUGGAUCCCAGGGGAUGUGCGGAUAGUCUUUGAGCUUGUUAUAAAACCAGGAAGGCAUAGACAAAGCAGGUUUAUUCUCUUUCCAUCAACUUUAACUAGCAAGGACAUCGUGUUCAAUUGCCAAGGAGUUUGUGAGGAAGUAUUUUGAGCAAAGACACAAUGAAAUUACUCAUCGUUAUGGUGAUUCUGUAGAAGGCUGAUGCCACACAGUGGAUUUAUACAUUUUAUGAAUUUCUCAACAGAAAAACUCUAUUUAGAUAAUCAUUUGUAAAUCCAUUAAGUGCCCUAUAAGGCAAUACCACUCCAUCUCCUGUUUAUUUAAGAGUGUUUGUUUCUACAGAUAUCUCUUGCUCCGGAGACCGAAUCGCAUUACCCUUCUGCCAGGCCUUGAUGAAUCUAGAUCGCUGCUCUUUACCAAUGGUCCAAACUCUAUGCUGCAAGACCUGUCAAUCUCAUCUCCUAGGCCCUCGUGAGCAUGGUAAACAGCAGCUGUCCCGGAGGUGAGAAUGGGAGGCAUGUCUGCUGUCUCAGGGACUAGAUGGGCUGCACUCAAGGCUCACUACAUGAAAAUGCUAACAUUGGUAGGUUAUACUUGGCCCUUGCUGGAACAAAUACAUGGAGAUCUUUCUGCAUCCUCUUUUUUACACCACUUGGGUGGUAUGUUUGAAGCAACCCAUAUGGCAUACCAGUCACGACCAUCUAUAUGUAUUCAUAUAAAUAUCAAAAAGAGACCGAAAAUAAAGUCCCAGCAAAGAAAGGAUUAAUAUAAAGCUGCCAUAUAUCAAUAUAAGCCGUCCAAUGCUACAUAACCUCUGGACCUAUGGUGCUAGCUGUUGGCAUGUGACCUCUAUUUGACCUCGGUUGAUGCCCCGCUGGCUGGCCAGUGAGGGACCCAAGUCUUCCUACAAUAUUGGACUUUCUGGUGCUCUAGAUGUGUAAUGAUGCACUAUGGCAUUAUUAUUUUUUAAUAGUAUAAUCGUGUUUCAUGUACAAACUGUGAGGAGGUCUGUGUCCAUUCUCUGGUUUAUAAUAUGUAUUAUUCAUUUUACUAGCAUUGUGCACAGAUGAUUGGCAUGCAUGAGGGGAAAUAAGAAACCCUAAAUCUACCAAGGAUUUGCACUCAUUGCUGCAGAACCCACCUGCAUUAAGGAGUAGUAGGAGUGCCAAGUUAAAACACAAAGCCACUGGCUACUUUGCUUGUGGAAAUAAAUUCUGCACUAGUUACUGGAUUGAAAGGAGAGACUUUGAGAAUUAUACACUGUUUAAGAGAAGUGAGGUCCUAUAUAGGUUUAUAGUUAUGCAAUAAUUUGCUUUAAAAUAUUGGUGCUAUAAAACAAAUCAUUUUUAUAUUCCUACAUGUUAUGGUGUGCCUGUAAAAACCCACAUAUGAUUAACACACAUAUAAAGCCCUACAGCUGAGCCAAAGUACUCUGAUCCUUAUAACAUGGUGCUUACUGGGACACUACAAUCACAAGAACCAAUGCAGCUUAAUGUAGUGAUUCUGGUGUCUAUAGUAUGUCCCUACAGUGUUAGCACUGUAAACUCUGCCUUUUCAUAGUAAAGGCAUUGUUUACAUUGCUGGCUAGUAAGACCUCUAGUGGCAAUCACUCAGAGUGUUUCCAAGCUCUGCAUGGAAGCGUUUAACGUUCCCCAUAAGACGCUGAUCAGUGAAGCGCUUUGCCGCAUAUGCACAUUUUCUGUAGGAAAGCAUUGUAUUGGCUGAAAUUAUCAAGACUGAUGAUCUCAGCCAUGGAGGCAGAGCCAGCCGCAGCAAGGAAGAAAAGGUGAGUAAAGUAACCUUUUUAUUGCAAAGAGAGGGGCAGGUAACUUAAACAGCCACUUGUUCCUUUACGUUUAGUAGGGAAUCAGGCUGGAAAGUGUAACCAAAAAUCCAGACAUUUACAGAGUACCCACAAGUGCAAUAUACAAAAAAGUAGAACUUUGCCAAGCUAGUAAAACUUCCUCCCAGUUACUGUGGAAUUAAAGGAACACUUCAACAACAAAAAAAUAAUAACAAUUUACCAGAGACAAAGAUCCAAAGAAAAUAUUCUUGUACCGGUAAUUAACUUUACAUGUUUUCUUUGGGGAUAUAUGGUAUUUUGACUUUGCAGUAACUGCAUAUAUAGUACCUGAAGCUACUGCAAGCCCUCUCCUUCUUCCCCAGCAUAGCCUUUAUGUGACCGUCCAAUCAUAGACUUCUCAAUUGAGAAGUCUUUGCAUUACCUGCUGUCAUUUUGGGAGGUGUGACAAGGUUCAUUGAUAAACGUACGAUUUCUAUUGAAAAUGGAACUUCACGUAGGGUUGUUGAAUGAGGCUAAACAAAUUUGUGGUUCCAUAGUCUGCUUCAUAAGGUCACUUUAUGGGUAAUCCUCUGUAUUGAAGUGCUUUAUGUGUUUGAGGUGUUCCUUUUGUAUAGUUAAAUGACUACCCGUCCUAACAUAGCAGUAUGAUUACUGGAUGAGUUGAGGUUUGCGUUGGACUCCUACAUCACUUCUUCCAUCUUUGUGAUUACACGUGUCUGAGCUUGCAUGAUAUGUAUUGCUCUGGCAAUAUAUCUUUUAAACAGUAGUGGACUUUUACUUUCUGGCUUCCGAUUCGGAAUUCAAUGAUUAAGGCAGAAGACUAAGGCUCAGCGGAAAUUCUCUAUUUAACACAAUUUUAAUCUCAACAGUGAUAUUCUUCAGACGUUGCUCAGGUUUUACAUUUUGGUGCUAAAUUGGUAUAACCACUGAACAGGACCACUGCAGGCAUGAGCUACAAAACAAACCUGUCUGAUAUGUUAAAGCAGGCUUACAGUAGCUAAGUGUUGGGAUACGCUCUGAAAGAUGCUGUUACAAGAGUGGGUUUUUAUUUUAUCACAAUCAUGCCAAUUAAAAACAAACUUUUCAUUGUCUGUGUCGACUUUUAAUUCUAUAAUUUUUGCUAAAUAAAUAUAUUUCACCAAUUGGUUUCUGUAUAACACAAAACUGAUGCUGCUGUAAUUGAUAGGAUAGGAAACCAUAAUAGCCAAACAGUUCUUUAUACUUGCAUGAGGUGUCACAUUCCUGAAGUCGUAUGAACCACAAUCCAUAGACAAUGGGGCAUUCAUCAAACUGUAAAUAUAUACAAAAAGAGUGCCUUCUGCAAGGCUGCGAUUAGAGACCAUGAGGCCAUGUAUGACUUUUUUUUUUUAAUUUUUUAUCCUUGAGUCAGUACUAUUAAUUAAAAAUGCAUAAUAAAAUGUUUGGUUCAAGAGAGUUGUUUUUUUAUUUUUAUUAUUAUUUUUUUAUGCCUAAUGCUGACUACCAAGAAUGUAUUAUUUGCCUUUUUGCCAUAUUUGGUCUGUAUUUUAUAAAGAAUUAAAAAAAAA